CCUGAGACCCGUGCUCCUCCCCUCACAUUGUGAACAAUAAGCGGCGGACUCAGCGCUCGGACAGCAGCGCGCACGGUACCGGCCGCCUCGCACCGGAGCUCUCAGUGCGGCCAGUGGAUGGUGGCAGUGUAAGGAUAUAGCUGUCACUGAGCGGGCUUUUAUUGGUUUUAAAAAAAAAAAGAGAGAAAAAAAAAAAAAGGCUUUAAUAUCAGGUGACCCCCCCCCACAACAGACAAAAGGCGCAUUGCUGUCACCCCAUUUCUAGCUAGCCACCCGCCGGGUGGAAGGAUACAGCCGCUAUGCCGGGACUCUGAACCCCCUGUUUUCGCUAAGUAGUGCGCGCGGAUGGGUACAUAACUGACUGCUUGGCGUUGUGUGGUGUGUCCGUGAGAAUAAGGUACCGCCGGCUGUGGUGGCGGAGAGCUUUCUAUCUCGCUCUCUCUCAGUAAAGAAGUAGUGCGCGGAGGGAUCAGCGCCUGGCUGGGCUCAGCUGAUCGGUGAGACGGCGGAGGAGAGCGGAGACACCCGGGGGCAGCGCGGCGGAGACAGAGGUACCCGGGGAGGGGGGCGAUGGGGGACUCUGUCCCGGGGUCUCUUUUACUCGGUGCGUCAUCGGCUGGGGCCCUGGCAGCCAUAGGCAGAGAGAGCCAGGACUCUGCUAAUAGACCUUACACAAUAUACCCUCAGCAAUGGCAGCCAGCCAGGGCCACCUACCGACACAGGGGCUAUGUACUAACCUGGGGGGCGAGAGCAGCGCUAUCUGUCCACAAUAUCCUCCGAAUAGACAGAUACACUGCUGGUAGUACAUAGCUAGGCCUACACUGUAUGUAUGGGGCCAUGGGGGAGGGGGUAAUACUCCAUAUCACUCUAUAUCAGCCCUCACAGGCACAACAAUGUAUCACUAUCAUCCUCCUCCUCCUUGUAUCACUAUCCUCCUCCUCCUCCUUGUAUCACUAUCCUCCUCCUCCUCCUUGUAUCACUAUCCUCCUCCUCCUCCUUGUAUCACUAUCCUCCUCCUCCUUGUAUCACUAUCCUCCUCCUCACUCCUUGUAUCACUAUCCUCCUCCUCCUCCUUUGUAUCCUAUCCUCCUCCCCUCAUCCUUGUAUCACUAUCCUCCUCCCUCCUUGUAUCACUAUCCUCCCCUCCUCCUCGUAUCACUAUCCUCCUCUCCUCCCCUUGUAUCACUAUCCUCCUCCUCCUCCUCCCUUGUAUCACUAUCCUCCUCCUCCUCCUUGUAUCACUAUCCUCCUCACUCCUUGUAUCACUAUCCUCCUCACCCUUGUAUACUAUCCUCCCCUCCUCCUUGUAUCACUAUCCUCCUCCUCCUUGUAUCACUAUCCUCCUCCUCAUCACUAUCCUCCUCCUCCUUGUAUCACUAUCCUCCUCCUCCUUGUAUCACUAUCCUCCUCCUCCUUGUAUCACUAUCCUCUCCUCCUUGUAUCACUAUCCUCCCCUCCUCCUUGUAUCACCAUCACUCCUCCUUGUAUCACUGUAUCCUCCCCUCCUCCCUUGUAUCACUAUCCUCUGCCUCCUCCUCCUCCUUGUAUCACUGUCUAUAGCUCACUGUUUUUUUUUUGUUUUUUUAAACAAGUUCUCCCAUAUUCAGUUUUCUAUUGAGAAACUCAGACUUUAUUUUAGUGUAAUACUAUUUAUAAUUUAUUCUUUGUAUUACAUAUGUCUUUUUGUGGCAUACAGUAAAUUACAUAUAGUGUGUGUGUGUGUGUGUGUGUGUGUGUGUCUAUAUCUAUAGUUGGCAAUAUAUGGUGGUUUGUGUUGAGGGUUGGUAUUGUGCUGUUUUUUGUGUUCGUAGUAUGAUGACCUGUAUAUAGGUACAUGGCUUUGUGUUUAUCUUGCCUUAUUGUUUAUUAGAGGGCUGCCAGUAUGUGUUUUCUUAGGAUUGUAGGGUUUACUGUGUUUAUUGUAUACAAUACACAGUAUUGUGAUAGUCUAUAUGUGCGAUUGGCUGACAUUUGGUGAUCCCACCUAUGACUGGGGUCAAUGGUGGGGUAAGGUGGUCUUUUUUAAUUUGGAUUUAUCAUAUAUAUUAUAUAUACACACACUCUUUGUGUGUGUGUGGCUGCUUUAGCCCUGCUGUAAAAUAUCUCAAAUUUUUUAUUUUUUUCCUCUCUAUUUUUGUUCUAUGGGGAAUCUCCAUUCAUAGAUUAAAUUAUGGGCCUCCGUUUCAGGUCUGUCACUGUAUUAAAUGCUAUACACUGACAUUUUUUAUUUUUAGCAUGCAAGCUGUAUUUUUGAUCUGCUCAGUGUUUUAAACCUUUUUUUUUUUAAACAAGGUUAUUGUUGUAAGUUCAGAGUGACCUGCAAUGAAAACAAUGUCAGCUUCCUGUCUCUCUGAUUUGGUCAGCCAUCUUCAUUUGUUUCGUCCACCAGAAUGCAACCUAUAUUUUGGGGUGAUGUAACCCAAUUAAUGUGUAACAAAUCACUUUUUAUAUAUCUUUAUUGGUGUCUUGUUAGCAAGGCCUUCUUUGUGUUUUCACAGCAGCUUCCUGUUAUUGUUCUUGCAGUGGGAUUUGGCCUAGUGACGUUGUGUGGUUAUUAAAGGGCUUAUCCUAUAUUUGUAACAACCAAUGCUUUUCCUGUAUGUGUUUGUAUGUUGUGUUUUUUUUCACUAUAUAUCAGGGCUUAUGGGCUGUCCCCUACAUAUUUGAGUGUUUCCGCUUAAUUACACUUUAGUUUUUUUGUUAUGCAUGCAUUAUAGUUUAGUCAUGCAUAAUUUAUUUGGGAGCAUUGCAAAAGGAUUUACCUGUUUGUUAUGGAAGUUACAUUUGGGCUUGUAUGUUGUCUUAUUUUAAAGGUCAUUGGGGUUUACAGUAAUAUUUAGGUUUGUAGAGUGCAGAGGGUGUCUAAUGGCAAUACAAAUAUGGCUGUAACAUGAAGGCAACUAUAUGUUGUGUUAGGGGCUUCAGUGAGGUUUGAUGGAAACAUUUAUGAUUCAUGGGGAUUGGCAACAUGUCGAACCUGCAUUAAUUGAUUGGUAUAAAUGGAUCAGGGCAGAGUGAAGUCCAUGUUUUGUUAAGUUACAUGUAUGAUUAUUUUAUAUGUGUGCAGCUGCAUUGUUUGUUAUUGGCUUUCAGGAGUGUGCAACAAUUCAGCUGCAUGUUGGUAUAUAGGGGAUUAUUAGUAUGGACGUGGCAUAAGGGGUGUAUUUUGGGCAGUACAUUUCUUGAGGUUUGUAUGAUAUAUUUCUUGUUUGUAAUUUGUUAUAUAUCCAUAUUUUUUAUUCCUCUAACUUAUUUUCUAUUUAUUUUUUAAUAUAACUUGGUGGCUUUUGUUUGGUAUGGGUAUACCUAUUAAAGUCAGUAUAAUGUUAAUUUUAUGUACAUAUCAUUAUAACCAGUGUUUUACAUUGGAACAGGGGUUUUUAACCUAAGGGCUUUGACCUAAACCUAGGUCCCUGUGCUAUUUGAGUGGGUCAGGCCUCAUGCAGCUGCCUGCAAUAAAUUGUUUUAAGUAGUGGCACUGCUUUCCCAGUGUAAGAGAACCAUUGAGGGUGAUGUGUAGGUGUAUGCAGAAUUUCGUUAUAUUGCAUUUAAAGCUUCUUUCUCUCUGGUUUCACACAGAUCAGACCCUUCAGCUGUUUUUACCUGAUAUGGCUGGCUUUUUCUAUGAAGAGACCUGAGGCCUGCUGUGUCACUAUUAAAGGGACAAUAUAGGUACUGAAACAAUUUUAGCCUAAUGAAGCAGUUUUGGUGUAUAUAUCAUGCCCCUGCAGUAUUUUUCAAUGCCAUUUAGGAGUUAAAUCACUUUAUUCAUCCCUAGUCAUACAUCCCUGCAUGUGACUUGAACAGCCAUCCUAAACAUGUUGUGUAAAGCGACAUAGAAUAUUUAAACUUCCUUUAUUUCACAUUGUUUGAUUUAGAAUGUAUUUCUUGCCCUGUUGAUAGCCUGCAGGAGCCGCUCGUGUAUAAUUCAAUUACAUUAUUAUUCAAUUGCAUACACUUCAAACGCAAGUUAACAUCUGAUUGAAAAUUAAACAACUUUUUUUUUUUUUUCUUCAAAUGCAGACUGUCAGUCACAGCCAGGGGAGAUGUGGCUAGGCCACAUAAACAAAAGCAAUUUAACUCUUAAAUUGCUGAUUGAGCAAUGACACUGGAGGGGCAUGCUGCUUCAUUAAUCUAACCUAAAAUUGUGUUGAUGUCUAUAGUAUCCUUUUAAAUGUGACCUCUUUAUUUUACUGAGAAGCACAAGUAACAUCUAGUAGUAGACCUUGACUAUAUGUAAAAAAGCAAAUGUGAUACACACUCUUAAACCACAUUUAGGCAAAUAAUACCAACUAGUUAUCCAUAUUGGAUUUACCUAUUUAUUGAUAUCCAAACCUUACUGGCUUUUGGCUUUAAGAAGUAUGCUCUUUAAAUUCUGCUUAAAACUUACAAGUUUUAUAUUAAGGGAUCACUAAAGUUACCCAGUCCACUUCAACUCAAUUAAGUGGUUUGGGUGCAGUGGUCCUGUCCUUUUAACCCUGCAGUGUUUGUUGCAGUGAUAAAUCUACCUUAUGCUGACAGCUACCUUAGUUGCUUCUGUUGCGCUGACAGAGUAAAACUUGGUCACGUGAAGCAAAGGCCCCUAUAGCAAAGCAUUGAAUCAGUGCUUUCCUAUUGGGAUGCUUGGAUGCGCACGUGGCGUUCACUGUGCAUGUGCAUCAGGUCCCCAAUGCUCCUCUAUUACGUUGCAGGAGGAGGAAUGGUAUGCAGCACAGAGGGAGCCUCUGCACUGGAAAAUGUAAGUAAAAGAUUUAUUUUUAAUAAUGUAUGUGAGUGGGGGGGAAAGGGAAGGGGAGGCACUUUUAACUAGGGACAGGAACACUAAAGCAUUAAGAAUAGUUUUGUACUCCUAAACACUAGUGUUUCUUCAAGUUCUCCAUCUUCAAAUUCACCAAAUUAAUCUGUGAUAUCUCUGUCUUCACUUCUUUUAAGAGAUGUCAAUAUUUUCCCAAAAACUAGUUGCUCGAAUGUGCAUAUACUGGCUACAUGAAGUGUUACAGGAACUGAUAGGGAAGACCCUGCUCAAAUAAACGUCAGUUAAGUGCUCUCACAGACAUGCAUGAGAACUAUAUAGGGGUCUGGAAACUCAUGCAAGUUUCUAGAUGAAGAUCUUGGCAAUACAGUAUUAUAGACCUCUUAUGUACAGCUCAAGAGAUACCGGUUAUAUAUAUUUUUUUUUUUUUUUUUGGACAAGGGGGAGGGGGGGGGAAACAACUUCUAACUCUACCUGUUGUGUCACACAUUACCAUUAAUUGGUAUUUACAUAAGACAGAGUACUCCUUAUGUUUGUCUUGUGUCUUCUAAUUGUAUUACAGUUCCUUAGGAUUUCAUAAAGAUCCUGCCUUAGUGAAAAAUGGACCGUGCUGCCUCACAAAUUAAUAAUAGUAUGUUUUGAGAUUCCUGCAAUGGACAUGGGUCUAGAUCAGUCUAAUUGGGACUGUACUGGGACGAUGUAAUUCAAACGACACAGCACUCCCAAGGUUAAAUCCCUUCUCAUUCAAAGGUGUCCAUGUAUCAUGGAACAUUCUGAUUAUUAACUAUUGUUAUAUAUUUACAAAGGGAACACUUUCAGAUUACUAGCUAUGAGUUAAGGGGACACUAUAGUCACCAGAACAACUACAGCUUAUUGAAUUUGUUCUGGUGAGUAGAAUCAUUACCUUUCUUACUUUUUCAGAGAAAAUGCAGUGUUUACAUUACAGCCUAGUGAUAACUUCACUGACCGCUUCUCAGAUAGCUAUUUAGAGAUCCUUCCUGGGUCAUGGCUGCCUAAAAUGCAUCCAAACAUUCAGUGUCUCCCUCUGCAUGCAGACACUGAACUUUCCUCAUAGAGAUUCAUUGAUUCAAUUCAUCUCUAUGAGGAGAUGCUGAUUGUCCAGGGCUGUGUUUGAAUCAUGCUGGCUCUGCCCCUGAUCUGCCUCUUUGUCAGUCUCAGCCAAUCCUAUGGGAAAGCAUUGUGAGUGGAUCAGGCUACCACUUCUGCUGAUGUCAGCAGGCAGUGGGCAGGUCAAAAGGAAACCGUGACAAAGCAAGCAGCUGCAGACUUGAAUACAAGUAAGAUUUUACUAUAUUUAUGGAGGCAUGAGGGGGGGGGGCAGGGGGUCUAGAUGGUGGUUUUAACACUAUAGGGUUAGGAAUACAUGUUUGUGUUAGUGAUCCUUUAAUUAUUUAAAUUUACUGUGACGUAUUGGGGAUAUAAAAAAAAACUACAUCCACUGUCAUUAUGGUAAUAAACACUUGAAGGGUUAUAUAUUUUUUUUUUUUUUUUUGUUUACUAUUUUUUUUGUAUUACAACUUUUAAAAAAUUGUUUUUUUUUAAAUGCAUACAGAUUUUGAAUUUUAUAUAAAAAGUGUGUGUGUGUGUGUGUCUUUGUCUUUUGUAGGUUUCCAUUCUCCUCUUUCCACUUCAACCAGGAAGUGGCUACGAUAUUGGCCAUUCACUGUUGUUGUAUUGACACAAGUGAAAGUAGCACUGCAGGUGUGUGCUGUCACAUGCAUUCAGUGAUCCCCUGCAGAAAUCAAUGGAAAUUGAUCACGCUUAUACUUCUCAUGUAGUGAGUGUUACACUCAAUGCAGUGUAUAGAAUUAUUUUUUUCUACUUUCACUUGUGUCAAUAGAACAACAGUGAAUGGCCAAUAUCGUAGCCACUUCCUGGUUGAAGUGGAAAGAGAAGAAUGGAUAUAUAUCUAUAUCUAUAUAUCUAUCUCUCUCCCCCCCUCUGAUGUGAUGUUACUACCGCAAAGGAUUCUGGGUGGGAUUAUGCAAAUUAGUUUAACAAAGAAUCCAAUUUUUGCCUCAAUACAAUUUAAACAUGGAUUCCUUAUGAGUUUGUUUGCUGUAUACAACAGCUUUGAAACACAACUUAGGAAAAAGAUGCAAAGCCGGUGAACCACUCACGGACAGCUGUUUCAUUGUUAAUGCAAAUCCUCAGCAUGAGGUUGAUUACUGGUUGGUUAUUGAGGCUUGGGAAGCAAAAACUAAAUUGGGGAAACUAUCCACAGACUUCAGGUGGAAGGUGUUCUCUCUGAGGAAGCUAUCAUAUAUUGCAUAUAUGUAUAAUAUAUUAUAAAAUGAUUUUAGAAUAUAAAGGAUAGAGAGAUAGAAUAAUAUAUAUAUUAUACUCCCUCUCCCAGAAUAUUACAUGCAAUCUAUAAAACAAGGAGUGUACAUAGAACAGUAUCAGACCUCUGAAAAGUAUAAGCAUGCAUAUGGACUCAGUACUUGGUUUGGGCCCCUUUUGCAGCAAUUUCUGCCUCAAUGCGGCGUGGCAUGGAAGCUAUCAGCCUCUGGCACUGCUGAGGUGUUAUGGAAGACCAGGUGCUUCAAUAGCGGCCUUCUGCAUUGUUCGGUCUCAUGUCUCAUCUUUCUCUUGGCAAUGCUUCAUAGACUCUCUAUGGGGUUCAGGUCAGGCGAGUUUGCUGGCCAAUCAAGCACCGUAAUCCCACGGUCAUUGAACCAGGGGUUGGUGCUUUUGGCAGUGUGGGCAGCUGCUGGAAAAUAAAGUCAGCAUCCCCGUAAAGCUCAUCUGCGGAAGGAAGCAUGAAGCGCUCCAAAAUCUCCUGGUAGACGACUGCGUUGACCCUUGACUUAAUAGAGCACAGUGGACCAACACCAGCAGUUGACGUGGCUCCACAAAUCAACACAGACUGUGGAAACUUAACACUGGACUUCAAGCAUCUUGCAGUGUGUGCCUCUCCAUUCUUCCUCCAGACUCUGGGUCCCUUGUUUUCCAAAUGAGAUGCAAAAGUUGCUCUCAUCAGAAAAGAGGACUUUGGACCACUGAGCAACAGACCAGAUCUGUUUUUUCUUUAGCCCAGGUAAGACGCUUCUGACGUUUGUUGUUCAGGAUCGGCUUGACAAGAGGAAUAUGACAUCUGAAGCCCAUGUCCAGGAUCCGUUUGUGUGUGGUGGCUCUUAAUGCACUGACUCCAGCCUCAGUCCACUUCUUGUGAAAGUCCCCAACUAGGGAUGCACUGAAAUGGAAAUUCUGGGCCGAAACUGUAAAUUCAGGAUGCCCUUGGCCGAAAACGGAAAAUGACUUUUCCCUAAAUGAUUUGUAAGGUGUGUGUUUUCUAUAAUUUUUUAUUAGACUUUUUAAUGAAUUGAAUUAAUCUAAUAUGAAAAACUUCCCUUCUCUUUUAGUGCCCUCCCACGCUUAAUGUUCCUCUCCACUCCCUCUUUUUUAGUGUUGUUUCCCCCUCCUCUCCAGUUCCAUAGUGUUCUUUUCUCCCUUCCCCUGUCCGUGUUUUUUUUUAUAGUGUUCCCCCUCCUCUCCUGUCCCAUAGUGUUCCCCCUCCUCUCCUGUCCCAUAGUGUUCCCCCUCCUCUCCUGUCCCAUAGUGUUCCCCUCCUCUCCUGUCCUGGUGUUCCCCCCUCCUCUUACAGGUGUUCCCCUCCUCUCCUGUCCCGUGUUCCCCUCCUCUCCUGUCCCACAGUGUUCCCCUCCUCUCUCCUGUCCCAGUGUUCCCCCUCUCUCCUGUCCCACAGUGUUCCCCCUCCUCUCCUGUCCCCAGUGUUUUCCCCUCUCUCCUGUCCCAGUGUUCCCCCUCCUCUCCUGUCUCCCUCCUGUCCCACAGUGUUCCCCCCUCCUCUCCUGUCCCAGUGUCCCACAGUGUUCCCCCCUCCUCUCCUGUCCCACAGUGUUCCCCCCCUCCUCCCACCCCCCCUCCUCUCCUGUCCCACAGUGUUCCCCUCCUCUCCUGUCCCACAGUGUUUCCCCCCCUCCUCUCCUGUCCCACAGUGUUCCCCCCUCCUCUCCUGUCCCACAGUGUUCCCCUCUCCCCUCUCCUGUCCCCACAGUGUUCCCCCCCCUCCUCUCCUGUCCCACAGUGUUCCCCCCCCCUCUCUGUCCCACAGUGUUUCCCCCCCCUCCUCUCUCCUGUCCCACAGUGUUCCCCCCUCCUCUCUCCUGUCCCACAGUGUUUCCCCCCCCCUCCCCCCCAUCUCUCCUGUCCCACAGUGUUCCCCAUCUCUCCUGUCCUCUCCUGUCCCACAGUGUUCCCCCCCUCCUCUCCUGUCCCUAGUGUUCCCCCCCUCCUCUCCUGUCCCACAGUGUCCCCCCCUCCCCUCCACUUCUCCACUUCUGUCCCACAGUGUUCUUCUUCACUCCCCCCAUUCCCCCAAAAAAAUCUCACAAUUUUUAUUUUUAUUUAUUUUUUUAUUUUUUAUUUGGCAAGUCUGACCCGUUUUCGGCUGAAACGGGAUAGGCCCGUUUUUGGCCAAAAAUGUUGGCAGCCAAAAUUUCGGUGCAUCCCCUAUCCUCAACACAUUUGAAUGGCUUUUUCCUGACAAUCCUCUUCAGGCUGCGGUCAUCCCUGCUGCUUGUGCACCUUUUUAUUCCACAUUUUUCUCUUCCACAUAACUUUCUAUUAAUGUGAUUUGAUGCAGCAUUUUGGGAACAUCCAACUUCCUUCGCAAUUACCUUUUUGAGGCUUUCCCUCCUGGAGGGUGUCAAUGAUGGGUUUUCUGCACAACUGUCAGGUCAGCAGUCUUCUCCAUGAUUAUGAUUCCAACUGAACCAGACUGAGAGACCAUUUAAAGGCUCAGAAACCCUUUGCAGGUGUUAUGGCUUACUUAGCUGGUUAGAGUGGAACACUGUGAGCCUAGAAUAUUCCACCUUUUCACAAUAUUCUAAUUUACUGAGAUUGUGGAUUUGGGGUUUUCAUGAGCUGUAAGCCAUAAUCAUCGCACUUAUGACAAAUCACUGCUUGAACUAUCUUGCUUUGCAUGUAAUGCGUCUAUCUCAUAUGUUUCCCGUUUUAUGUUGCAUUACUGAAGUAAAUUAACCUUGAUUAAUUAUAAUUUUGAGGGACCAGGCAGACAGUCCAGAGAAUUUAAUUGGCAAGCCCUAUAUUUAACCCCGUAACUUUAAAAAAAAAAAAACAUAAAACCUGUACAUGGAUGGUAUUGUUAUACUCGGGAGAUUUAGCUGAACACAAAUGAGUGUUUUAGAAAGUAAAACUUAUCAUGACGAUAUCACCAGUAAAAGUGCAGUUUUUGUUUAAAAUAAAAUAAAUGCAAAACAACAUAACACUAACUUUGGUCAGCGUUUGUGACUAAGUGGCUACUACGAAAGACAGCAAAUACCCCAUUUUGAAUUCCCUGGGUUGUCUACAUUUGAAAAUUGUAUGCUGUGAUGAGGUUAUUUCACAUUCCUGGGCUACCAGAUUUGUCUGCUGGGUCUAUGCAGACAAAUCUGGCAAACUGAAUUGGACCCAGCAGACAAAUCUGGCAAACUGAAUUUGGCAAGCCCUAUAUAUUGACCCUGUGACUUUCCAAAACACCAUAAAACCUGUACAUGGGGGUAUUUUUAUACUCUGGAGAUCUUGCUGAACACAAAAUAUGAGCGUUUUAAAAAGUAAACCUUAUCACGAUUAUGAAAUCUCCAGUAAAGUGCAGUUUUUGUGUAGAUUUUUAUAUAAAAUGCAAAAAACAAAUCUGAACGCUAACUUGGGCAAGCAUUUGUGGCUACUACAAAAGACUGGACAUAUCUUUUGAAUACCCUGGGUUGUCUAAUUUUUCAAAUGGUGUGUCAUGGUGGGGUUAAUUUUCAUUUCUGGGCUGCCAUACCGUCUCAGAGGCAACAUAGCCAAUCUGGCAAAUAGCAAUUACCAGAAAUUGACAAAUCUUAUGUUUGACCCUGUAACUUUCCAAAUCACCAUAACAUUUUCAGUACUUGAGGGGUACUGUUUAGGCAUGCACCAAAAUGAAAUAGAGAAAUCAGGAUGCCCUUUGCUGAAAACCGAAACCAAAAAGGCUUUUUAAUUUUUAUUUAUUUAUUAUUAUUUUUUUAAGUGUGUGUUUGUGUGUGUUUGUGUGUGUUUGUUAUAUAGUGUGUGUGGUGUGGGAUAGGGAUGUGGUUUAUGUUUGUAGGUUAUGUAGAAUGUGUAAGGCACGUAGUGUUGGGGGGGCUAGGGAUAACAGAGUGAGAGGGUGACAUAGCGUGGGGGGGGAUGGUGAAUGGUGGUAGAGUGGGAGGGAGUGGGCAACUGGUGACAGUGAAGUAGGGUGUUAGAAAUUUUUUUUUUUUUUGUGCCAGUGUUCUGGCUGCAGACUGUGCUGUAUGGUGGUCCGGUGGUGUCUCUACAGUCUGCAGCUCACACCGGGCAGAGCUGCAGAUUGGGCUGUAUCUUGCGAGCUCCAGAAGUCAGUGUUGCGGCGUUGUAGACUGUACUGGCAAACAGGGCAAGCUGCCGGACCCCCUCCCGAUGUCGGGUGACCUAUUUUCGGCAGAUGUGACCUUUUUCGGCUGAAAUGGGAUAGGCCUAUUUUCGGUCAAAAAAUAUCGGCGCAUCCCUAGUUACUGUUGUACUCGUGAGACAUUACUCUACACAGUGUUUUAGAGCAGUAAAAUGUAUUCUACUGAUAUCAUCGGUGAAAUGGCAGUUUGUGUGAAAAAUGCAAGAAAAAAAAUAAUCUAAAAGCUAAUUUUGGCCAGGGUUUGUGACUAAGUGGCUACUAAAUAAGACUGCACAUACCCCAUUUUGAAAACCGUGGGUUGUCUAUGUUUUACAAAUGGUAUGCCAUAAUGGGGUUAACUUUCAUUCCUGGGCUGUGAUACAGUCUCAAACAUAGGCCCAGCAAACCAAUCUGUCAAAUUUCAAUGUGCAAACAUAGAUAAAUGGAAAGCCCUACAUUUGACCCCUGUAAGUUUGCAAAAAAACAUAAAACCUGUACAUUGGGGGUACUGUUGUACUCGAGAUGUUGCUGAACACAUAUUGGGGUGUUCUUGGUCAGUAACACACAACAGGAAGUGAGAAUCCAUGCCUAAAGUACAAUGUGAGAGAAAAAUAACACAAAAAUGACUACCAAAAAGUUUGACAAAGACUGGUAGUAGAAUUAGUGCAUGGGAAGUGUUAAAAUACCACCAUUUGAAAUUCCUUAGGGCUGGGGGUAGGCAUCCUUCGGCACUCCAGAUAUUAUGGAUUACAUCCCCCUUAAUGCUCUUACACCCAUAGUGCUAGCAAAGCAUCGUGGGAGGUGUAGUCUAAAACAUCUGGAGUGCCGAAGGUCGCCUAUGCCUGCCCUUGGGUGUCUAAUUUUCAAAAAAUAUAUGGUUUGAUGGGGGUACAUUACAUUGGCCAGCUUCAGAAAUUUCCCAAAUACAACAUGAAAUGUGCACCCUCUAAAUAAGGUCUUUUAGCCCCCAGAGAACCGACACACCUAUACAUGGGGGGUAUCACUGUACUCAGAUGGUGGUGCUGAACACAUAUUGUGGUGUUCUUUGGCAGUAACCCUUAAUGUUCUCCGUACAUGUAUUCUUAAAUUGCUAUGUGUGUCAAAAAAAACUUACUUUUUUUUUUUUAACAUUUGGCAUAGAUUGGUAGUAAAAUGGUAGCAUGAAAAGAGUCAAAAUACCCCAAGUUUAAUACCUUAGGUUGUCUUUUUAAAAAAAAAAGUAUGUAUGUAUAGGGUUAUUCAUAGAUUCCUGACAGAUAUCAGUGUUACACUGUAACUUGCGUUAAUUUUGAAAGAAGGGUUUGGAAAUAGCAAAGUGCUGCUUGUGUAAAAAAUAAAUAAAAAAAAAAAAAGGCUAAGAAUCUGUUAACAUUGGGUAUUUCUAAACUCAGGACAAAAUUUAGAAACUUUUUGGCACGGGUGUUUUUUGGCGGUUGUAGAUGCGUAACAGAUUUUGGGAGUCUUUGUUAGAAAAGGUGUGGGUUUUUAUUUAAAUCAUAUUUUAUAAAAAAAAAAAAAAAAUUAUUGUAAAAUUGAUAUGGUGAAAAUAAUGGUAUCUUUAGAAAGACCAUUUAAUGGCGAGGAAAAACUCUAUAUAAUGUAAAUAAGUAAGAGGGAACAUUUCAGCUAAACACAAACACCGCAGAAAUGUAAAAAGAGCCCUGGUCCUCAGCAGUAAGAAAAUUGGGAAAACAGUCUGGUCACCAAGGGGUUAAAGGAUAAUGGACUUAGUGAGGAAUAUGUAUACAUUUAUACUUUCAACCCUUUUUAUUAUUCUACUGCCCACAUAUUAAUAGGCAAGGGGUUAAGAGAUACAAGGUUAGUAUGAUAAAUGCAUAAGGCAAAGAACUUACUUUCUCUGUAAUUAAAAGGCCCAGAUUUGUUAGUGGGAAGAUACUCUAACUUGUUCUAUGGACUUAAAGGACCACUAUAGUGCCAGGAAAACAUACUUGUUUUCCUGGCACUAUAGUGCCCUGAGGGUGCCCCCACCCUCAGGGACCCCCUCCCGCCCGGCUCUGGAAGGGGAAAGGGGUAAAAACUUACCUUUUUCCAGCGCUGGGCGGAGAGCUCUCCUCCUUCUCUCCUCCUCCAUUCCUCCUCCUGGGCUGAAUGCGCACGCGCGGCAAGAGCUGCGCGCGCAUUCAGCCCGUCGCAUAGGAAAGCAUUUACAGUGCUUUCCUAUGGACGCUUGCGUGCUCUCACUGUGAAAAUCACAGUGAGAAGCACGCAAGCGCCUCUAGUGGCUGUCAAUGAGACAGCCACUACAGGAUUAGGGGGAAGGCUUAACCCAUUCAUAAACAUAGCAGUUUCUCUGAAACUGCUAUGUUUAUAAAAAAAAUGGGUUAACCCUAGAAGGACCUGGCACCCAGACCACUUCAUUAAGCUGAAGUGGUCUGGGUGCCUAGAGUGGUCCUUUAAGUUUGUCUGCACACCACAGCCACUCCAUUAUAUGUAGCUUAUUUCUGUAAAGCAAAGAGUAGUAGUGCUUCCAACAAGCAUACUCUUAAGACUUGUGCCACCUUUUGUUAUAAUAGUUAGACUGCCAGUGGUACUUGUAACAAUAUACUAAACAGACAUGGAGUUGUUUAUCUGUAGCAAAUAACUUUGCUGUGGGACACAAAUCUAAUUAAUUUAUGUUGCCUCACAUAAGGAAUUAAUCUUCAUUAUAGGUUGUAAUUGCCAUAUUAUUCUGGUUGUAAAAUAACGAUUUACUCCUCCUCUUGUCAAAUUCCAUGAGUAUGGCAAAUGCCGCAGCACUGAACUAGAUCUGCAAACCUGUAUCUGGUUACAUAUCCACUAACCUAAUGGCAUCAUUCAUGGCUCUGGAUAUUACUACCCAAUAGUGGAAGAAAUAUGGUGGGUGUGUGUAUGCAAUUUCUUUUUUUUUUUUUUGUCUUUCAGUUGUGGUUGUCUGAGCUCCAAAUGCUGAAUGAUGUAGAAUUAGUAAAGGAAACUAAAGAUUUUGGUACAUGAUCUCUGACUGACGAGGUUAUGUAAUGUACUGUGUUCUGCUGAACAUUUCCUUUCACUAGCAAUGACCUUCAGUGAUUGUCCAAGAUUACUAGAAAAUGUUGAACUGCAUGCCACUCAAACAACCUUGGUCUAAAUUUGGGUAAUCUUUUUGCAUGCAAAUUUGCCUUAAAAUGUUUCUCUACGCUUUACCGGUAAAAAGAGAAGCUUUCUAGUUAAAGCAAUAUAACCUAUAGCUAAUUUUAUUUGAUAUUUUUUUUGGGUGGGAGGGGGGUUUAUUUUUAUAAAUAUUCUUUUAUUUUUUUUUACUUGUCACAUUUGCAUCUACUAGUUGAAAUUAAAAUUUAUAAAGGGACUAGUUUCCAUAGCAACUAUAAACAAUGGCUUAGAGUGCUCUGUCUAGAGGGAAUACAGUGAUAAUUUGCAGCUUACUAAACCCAAACAACCUCAUACACAUGCAUUCUGAAGUGAACAGAGGGAUCUUGUAGAAGUGAGUAAGGAAGCAGAAAAAAAAAAUGGAACUAGCAGGAUUGGUGUGCAGUAUGUGUUUAUUCAUUUUUUCUGAGUGUGUGUAUUUUAAGGGACUCUCUAGGCUCCCAGACAAUUUCUUACCAAUGAAUUGGUCUAGGUGCAAUGUCCCUUUAGUUGUAACAGAGUAAAACUUGGCUAUUUCAAUAUGAUUUUUCUUAAUGAGACAGUUUGAUUGGCACAUUACCUGCCUGUUUUGUUGCCAUGCACACUAGCUUUUAAAUUCUUUCCUAUGGGAAAGCAUUGGAUUGGCUGAGUUCAUCAAGAUUGUUACUGUUCCGAAGAAGGCAAGGCCAGCUGCAGGAAGAGCAGAGCUAGGGGGUGGGAAAAAGGUGUCUAAAUAUAAUUUAUUUUUCUUGCUUGGCGGUGGAGGGAUGUCACCUGUUCUGUGACAUCUGUAUUCCUAACCUCCCACACAUCUAGUGUUCUUUUAAUCCCUUUCUGUUAUGAUUAUCAGCUAAGUGAUGGACUAACUGGAAAUGUAGUAAUCUAGUCGUGUGCCGCUCUUUGUUACGUAGGGAAGCAUUGGGAGGGGCUAAUGCACAUGUGAAGCAAUCGUGAUCUCCUCCUAGGGAUGCAUGAUCUCUCACUCUCUCUGGAGAGCGUAUGUGGAUGCUCCUUAUUAGUUCAAUGUUAAAAAUGUGGGCUACAGGACAUGGGCAUUUAAAAUAAAAAUGUCAACUAUUGUUUGUUGAUUUUUGUGUAUCUGUAAACUGCAUAAAUUACAAAAUACUGUGUAGAUUACUACACCGAUUUGUUGUGUGAGAAAAUCUUAAUCCAAGGAUUGCUAAAUUUUAGACUGGUUUAAAUAUUGCCAGUUAACCAACCAAUUCUGUUAAUGGAAUGUCUAUAGGGUUUGAUGGUUUAAUUUUGGAUUCUGAAAGGAUUCACAUGGAUUACAUCCCACAGCUUCCAUGAGGUUUUUUUUUGUUUGUUUGUUUUUUUUGUUUUUCCUACCAUAGUGUGGCCUGUAAAUGGCUAUUGGUCUGAAAUGCCAACUUAUCCAUGUUAGAAUAGAUUGCCACAUAAACCGUGGAUGGUUAUCUGUAUACUAUGCUUUAAUGUUAAUCUCUAAAAAGACACAUGUACAUGCAAGUGGGGUGUUGCUGUAAUCUGUAAUGUAACUCUGUAGCUUUUUUUUUUUUUUUUUUUUUUGGGGUGGGGGGUGUAUCGGAUAUGUAUAUAGAUUACCAGGUUCCUUUUGUAUAAGGAAAAGGUGUGUGGAGAACCAUGAAAUUUAACUGCAAUCCAACACAGAUACUUCUCGCUGCAGCCAAACAUCCUAUCACAAGAUCAUCAUUCCUGGUAAUCUCUAUUCCAAUCAGAUGUUUUGCGUAGAGAAACAUUGAGGACCUGUGGCACAUAAGUUGAAAUCAUUGUGCCCUUUCAAUCCAAUGUUCUCUUCGAGAUGCAUUACCCAUCCUAUUUCCACAUCCUACGUGAUGAUGCUGAAUGUGAUGACAUUUGAAAAUGUAAAGGGUCUUAAAGAAAUAUUCCAAGUAAAAUAAACAUUAUAGUGUAGUGUCUAUGGUGCCUUCUCCUCCGUCAUAGAAAUCAAACCAUUUAAUUAAGUUUUGACUUCUUACCUCCAGUUGUAUGGAUUAAAAAAAAACAAAAAAACACAAAAAGUUUGCAAAUAAGUAAUAUCCUAAGCUCUGGAAGCUGUACAAAUCUUUUAAAAGAUUACUAAAUGUAAUAAACAAUCCUGACUGUAAAAAGUAGAGCUCAUUAUCACAUUAAGUAGGUGGUGGUGUUUUUUUGUUUUUUUUUGUUUUGUUUGUUUGUUUUGGGGCUUGUAUUGUGUCCUUGGACUGGUGGUGAAAUAACAGAAACCAGAUUACUAGAUGGGAGGGGGGUAUCCACUACAAAAUGAGUGCAGCCUCUCUAGCGAGCUCUAGUUAAAUCCACCUGCCAUAUCUCUAAGUUAUUUUAGUAUUUAAUUUAUUUGUAGAAGUAUAAAUUAGUCUAUAGAUUAACAGUUUUGCUAAAAGGGACACAAACGGUGACUUGGAUAGCCUAAGGGACAUGCUGUAUUCAUUAUGGUACAACCAGUCUCCUGGCGCAGGUCUUAUGUUAUCAUUAAAGUCAAACUUUGUACUAACUCAUUAAGAUCUAGUUCAUCCCUACUUGGAUGGGAUUAAUUGUCUGAGAGUAUCAGCUAUAGCUUUGUCUAUGAAUUUUGUCUAAACACAGAUGCAGUAAAUGUCACAAUUACAGAAGUAGGAACGUCUAUUUGAGAAACAUCUGUCAAGAGGACUGCAGAACUGUGCCAGUGUGCUGUUGUGCCAAUUCUGAUCUUUUUUUUUUUUACGCUCAUUUUGAAAGCGUGUGGUUUUUAUUUAUUUAGUUUUUAGUUUUUUUUUAAUUUUUUUUUUUAUAUAAUGUAUAGUAAUUUUCCGAGUGUUCCUAGAUUAAAGGAACACUAUAGUCACCCAGAUCAUUUUAGCUUUAUGAAGUGGUCUGGGUGCAGUGUCACUGUCCUCUUAACCCUGCACUGUAAAACAUUGCAGUUUUUGUGAAACGUAAAUUUUUACAUUCAAGGUUAAGUCCUCCUCUAAUGGCUGUCAUACGGACAGCCGCUAGAGGCGAUUCCGCUGCACUAACAGUGUGAAAUUGUCACAAUGAUGUGGAAACUGCAUAGGAAAGCAUUGAUUCAGUGCUUUCCUCUGGGAACGUUUGUGCGCGUGGUGGUCACUGCGCAGUGCCUCUUUCAUGACGUCAUAUUUAGUGUGUGUAAUAUUGUGCUUCACUGUCCCUUUAAUACUGCAGAGGCUAGGAGUGCUUGUGGCUAUCUGUUCUAUUUAUAACUGUGAGAUCUGUGUUUAAUAUUUAUGCUCCACGUGUGAACUUGCAUAAGGUCUGAUUUGAUGCAUUGGGCAAUUCAUUUUUUGCUAGACGGAGUUCCAGUAUGUUAACUCUUUCUACAUCCGAUAACCCUGAAAAAGCUUUGGAAGCUACGUGUAAUCAGGCCUUUAUCUGUAAGACAGUAAUUCUGUAUUGGGCAGCGGUGAUGGUCAACCAAUACACUCCAGAUAUAAAGAGGGGAACUGGAGCACAGUUACAGGGUUAAAAAUCUUAUUUACCCAUAGCAAGUACAAAUUUAGCCUUUGUGAAUGUCAUAAAUUUGAUCCUGAUGAAAGUCAUCUAUGCAGGACUGAAACGUUGAUCGUCUUUUAUAUUUUGAAUUAAUAGGUUUUGGACUUUUGAAUCCGUGAGUGCUGCUACCUAAUUGGAAAGAUGGAUACUACUAGCACCCGGUUAUUAAGGGAUUAAAGCGUGAGUGCAAGAGUACAUUUUAGGCUACAGUUCUUAUGUUUAGCAUUUGCCAGCCCUCCUCUUUAACACUGCUCAAAGUUUGACUGUCCAAUCACAAACUUCCCAAUGCAGCUCAAUGAGAAGUCUUUGCAAGGCAGGUACCCUGGGCAAUUGUCUGCCUCUUGAUUUUAGUUCCCCAGAGAUAAACUAGCAGGAAAUAACGGGACUGGUUGUCUGACAGCAAGUUGGCUAUAACAAGGUUAAUCUCUAUAAAAAAUUUUUUAAACUUUUUGUCAAAUGGGGGAGAGGUGGUUAACACACUCUCCACAUAAUACUAAGCACUGUGUGGAGUGUUCCUUUAAUGGCCGGUCAGAUCACCUGCCCCUAGGCAUCUUCUCAUGCAUUGAAUGCCUCUGUAAAUAGGUAUCUAGUCCUCAAAAUCUUCCAUAGUGCAUCAUUCUAUCUUAAACACACAAGAAUAGCAUGUGAACCUGCUCGGGGGUAUAGCGAGUUAGAUUGUACUGGUAAUAUUUAAGAAAAACAAACCACUAUUUCUGACCAUAUAGUGGUAAAACCAGCAUUUAGGAGACUUGCACAUAGAAAGGGUUAAAACGUACCUUAUUUCCAUCUCUCCAUGGGUCUGUAGGCGCGGCCCCUGUCCCUGAUUUGCCUCUUUGGCUGACAUUAUCAGAAAUUAUUUCAGCUAGUCCAAUGCCACAGGUAAAGCAUUGGAUUGGCUGAGAUUGCCAUGUAGGCAGGGAGGGAGCAGGGCCAAACACUAUCCUAACCAAUCAGCAUCUCCUUAGAUGUAUUGAAUCAAUGCACCUAUAUGAGGAAUGUUCAGCAUCUCCAGGCAGAGCUGUCCACUGUGCAGCACUGGCCCAGGAAGCCCCCGUAGUAGCCAUCUGAGUGGCCACUGAAGAUGUAUGUAAACACUGCAUUUUCUCUGGAAAGACAGGGUUUCUGGGGCUGACUAUACUCACCAGAACAACUAAAUUAAACUGUUUUUGUUCUGGUGACUAUGGUGUCUCUUUUAAAGACCUAACAGGAUUUCUGUUGAGUUUUUUUUAGAAUUAAUAUACUGACUGGUUAAAGCAAAGGGAAGAAACAUAAAUUAAUUUAUUUUGAAAUAUCUUUGUAUAGAAUAUGUGGAGAAUAUCAGUGUAGGUUAGCCCAGUCCACAUGGCCUAUCAUUGCUGUCUAGUUUGAACAGAAAUGAUAAUGCAGAACUGCAUUUUCUGCAUUGUUAAAACUGCUAAAGCUGGUAGAAGUCUCUGUAUGUCACAAUGUAUUUGGUGGCUUUUUUUUUUUCUCUCCUCUGUCUGCCAUUUUGUGGAUCCAAAUGGUAUGACACAAAAAAAAUGUGGUGCUUUUUUUAAUGGACUUUGUACCUCAAUCAGUACACAGUUUUUAGAAAUUAUGGAUUUACGAUCUUCUCUUCACAUGGUAACUGCUAAAACUUCUCCUAUCUCCUUAAAGAACCACUAAAGUCACCUAGAUUAUUUCAUCUCAAUUAAGUGGUCUGGGUGCCGUGGUCCUGACACUUUAAUCUUUUAUUGUAAAACCUUGCACUUUUGUGGGGUUACACACAUCUAGUGGCUUUCUGGAAAAAAGUAGAGGUACUUAUCCAUUAAAACUCAUGUUAGAGGGAAACUAGUGCCAGGAACACACACGUUUUCCUGGCAAUGUAGCUUCCCCUUCUGUCGAGGCACUCUCCCGCGGCUCAGCUCCACCCAUACUCCUCCCCCGCUGCUGGUGGGGGAGACGUAAUGCGCAUGAAUGGCAAAGGCUGCGCAUACAUUAGACCUCCCCAUAGAAAAGCAUUAUUCAAUGCUUCCUAAUCGGGAUUCCGGCGACGCUCAACAUACUCAUGCAGAGCGUGGGGACGUCAAACGUCAUUUAAAACACUUUUUUUCGUGUUCUAAGAACACGGAAGCACCAUCUAGCGUCUUGUCUGAGAGAAUUACCCCUGUAAUCAAAACAAUGAGGUUUCUCCAAAACCGCAGUGUUUUGACUAACAGGGCUAAGGGGAGUGGUCUGGAUGCGUACAGUGUCCCUUUAAGCGACCGCUUUUAGGAAAGCCUUGAAUUCAAUGCUUUCCUAUCAGUUCUUGCAUGUGCUCACUACGCAUGCACAUCAGGAUUGAACAGAACAUCAUUGAUCUCAUGCCAGAGAAGGCCAUGGGUCCUGAAUGGCGUUGCAGAGAUAUAAGAAGCGCCAAGGAUGCCUCGGCACUGGAAAAAGGUAAAACAAUCCAUUUUCUUAACUUGGGUAGGGGCUUUAAACCAGAUGGGGGCACAAAUAUUACAGGGUUAGGAAUACAGGUUUGCAUUCCAAAUGUUGGUGUUUUUUAAUUCUCUGCAAGAUUGUAAACUCUUGCUCCCACCCAUGCAGGCAGUAGAUUGGGACAUUAUUGUGGAAAAAGUAUUUUGUAAUGUUGUGGUAGGCCAAAUGAUUUACAAGGAAUGUAGCAGAUCACUUUGUAAGGAACACUAUAUAAUGUCAGGAAUACAAAAGUGUAUUCCUAUUACUACAGUGUUAAAAAUCCAUGUUAGGUUUUUUGGUUGUUUUUUUUUUUUUCCUAUUACCUUGAUGGCUCUGCCUCUUUGGCUGAGAUCAUCAAUCCUGAUCUCUGCUAAUCCAAUGCUUUCCCAUAGGAAAGCAUUGGGAGACUAAUAAGCACCAAUCAGCAUCUCCUCAUAGAGAUGCAUUGAAUCAAUGCAUCUCUAUGCGGAACGUUCAGCGCCUCAAUGCAAAGUAAAUUUAAAGGGAAAAUGUUUAUUUUUAUGUUGGCACUGAGACGGAGUUUGUCCUGCUGCUCUCUCCUCCCAUGAUGUCAUCCAGUGCUUGUCAUAGAGAAGUGCAUGUUACAAAUGGCAGUGUUUUACAUUGCAGGGCUAAAACGCCAGAGACACUACACACAGGAUGCUGAAUUCAGUUUAAUGGAGGAAGAAAAGCAAGUCAAUUUUUAAAUAUGUUUAACCCCUUCAGGACCGGACUGUUUUUGCGAUGUUUGUACGUUAAGGACCAGAGCUAUUUUAACACUUUUGUGGUGUUUGUGUUUAGCUGUAAUUUUCCGCUCUCAUUUACUGUUCCGAUACAAAUUAUAUAUAUAUAUAUUUAUUUUUUUAGGACAAAAAGGGCUUUCUUUACAUACUAUUAUUUUUAUCAUGUCAUAUAAUUUAGUUUUAAAAAAAAUAAUAAAAAUUAAAAAAAAACACGUUUUUUGACUACUUAAAUCUUUUACUGAUCUGCUAAAUAGAUUCAAAAUUUUGUUCUGCGUUUAAAAACACCCAACGUUUACGUAUUUUUUUGCUUUUAUUUGCAAGUUAUAGGGCUAUAAGUACAAGUAGGAAAUUGCUGUUUCAAAAUGUACAUUUUUCAAAUGUAUCGAUAGUGACAUUGUAACACUGUUAUGUCAUAAAUCUCCAAAAAACACCCCACAUGUGUAUAUAUUUUACUUAAACUAGAUAACCCAGGGUAUUCAUCUAAGAAUAUUUUUUAAAAAAAAUAAUAAAAAUUAAAAAAAAACACGUUUUUUGACUACUUAAAUCUUUUACUGAUCUGCUAAAUAGAUUCAAAAUUUUGUUCAAAAACACCCAACGUUUACGUAUUUUUUUGCUUUUAUUUGCAAGUUAUAGGGCUAUAAGUACAAGUAGGAAAUUGCUGUUUCAAAAUGUACAUUUUUCAAAUGUAUCGAUAGUGACAUUGUAACACUGUUAUGUCAUAAAUCUCCAAAAAACACCCCACAUGUGUAUAUAUUUUACUUAAACUAGAUAACCCAGGGUAUUUUUGUUUGGUUUUUUUUCACAUACAUUGCAAUUCAGGUAUAAAUUCACAGAUUCUGUUAGGUGUCCCUGCCAAACACCCCAAUAUGUGUUCAGCAACAUCUCCCGAGUACAGUGAUACCACCCACGUAUAGGUGUGUCGGGUUGUUGGGGGGGCUAAAAGGCCACAUUUGGCAGGUGCGCAUAUCCGUUUCCCAGCUUGGAAUUUUGACAUGUAGUCAACCUGCAUGCAUGUCCUAUUUGGGACAUUUUUGAAGCCAGCCAAUGUAUUUUACCCCCAUCAAACCAUAUAUUUUUGAAGAGUAGACACCCUAGGAUAUUUCACAUGGUGGUAUCUUAACACGUUUCAUGCACUGAAUUCUACCACCAGGCUUUGUCAAAGAUUGAGUUAGUAAAAUUUUUUGUUUUUGUUUUUUUCACACACAUUGUACUUUAGGCAUGAUUUAACAGAUCCUGUAAUGUGUCACUGCCAAACACACCAAUAUGUUCAGCAACAUCUCGUGAGUACAGUGAUACUACUUAUAAAAAUUAUCCACAUAAACAAACAAGGGGUUUAGUAGGUCCCAUACAAGUUUCCCACUUGUCCCCAGGGAGUCAGGACAGCCAGGAGGGUCCAGUUGACCAUCUUUCCCCUCAUAUACAUGAAAGGCAAACGUGUAUCCACUUUCGCUCUCGCACAGUUUGUACAGUUUUAUGCCAUACCUAGAGCGCUUUGGGGGGAUGUAUUGUCUGAACCCUAAUCUCCCUUUGUAUUUCAUUAGCAAUUCAUCUAUAGAUAAAUUUUGUUGUUGGGUAUAAAAUCCAAAAAUUUGUCCUGAAAAUGGUCUAGCAGUGGGCGUAUUUUAUGAAGCCUGUUGUAUUGGGGGUGAUCUUUAGGGUGACAGAAGGUAUUGUCACUGAAAUGUAAAAAUCUCAGCAGGAACGCGUAUCUGGCUCAAGGCAUGGUUUGGGAGAAUACUGGACUAGACCUUAUUGGGUUGGUGCUCCAGUACGAGUGAUUCGAUGGCUUCUUUAUAAUCCCCAUGAGCAUUGAAAGAGCCCAGAAUUUUUUAAGCUCUGGGACAUCUGUGGGAUGCCAGUCAUGCUCCCUGACUGUAUAGCUACCUGGAUUGUUAUCAAUAAAUUGGGUAGCGUACAAGUUAGUUACCCAGAUGGUAUCCCCUAAAAAUAGUUUAUAACACCCACUUUGACAGCAGCCAAUUGUGAGCAAUUGCGGAUCGCUCACAUGCCGCAAUUGGCUGUUACUAUGUGCCUGGGAUGUCUGGCAGAUAGUUAGUGUUAUACAAGCGGGAGCCAUCUUUGAUCGCUUCCCGCAGCCAGUUUUUCGCUAUGACAGUUCAGGACCGUCAGCGGUCCAAACGCACGUUUUACUGCUGACUGUCCUGAAGGGUUAAAAAUUAUGUUUUUUUUUUUUUUUUUUAAAUGUAUAAAUAUAUUUUUGUUAUUAAUGGUGCUGUGACAUAAACAGUUUGUCUGGCAACUUAGUGUCCUAGUUUAAACCAGUCCUGCUUUGCUGCCUGUGUAGCAUGUGUCUGAGGAAGCUCAGAUGAGUCAGCUUGGCAAGGGAAAGUGGGAUUGUUUAGUGACUGCAAAAUUCUGGUGACGUAGGAUUUUUUUUUUUUUUUUGUGUGAUACUCUUGAUAGGAAGGAGUCUGUGUCAUUCUGAGUAAUCUCAACAUAGUGGGUGUUUCAGGCUCUGCCCAUUUUCAUAGCAAAAACUUCCUCCUGUGCAACUUUAUUCUACACGUUCACAGGAGCCUCUUUUUACAGGAUGCUGCACCCUUUUCCUCACUUCCAAAGCUGCGUAGAAAGGGUAAUUUUUCUUAUAAAUUUUGUUUAUCCGUGAAGAUGUUCGUGUUUCAAGUUUUUACUGGGCAGAAAAUAAUAUCCUAGAAGUGGUUUCUGGGGCAGAGCCUAAUGCCUGCUGAAAGGAGGCCUUGUGUAGGGAGGAUUGGGUUAAAGGUCAGCUGUAUUUAUUUGUGUUGCAUUUAAAAAAAAAAAAUAAAUUGUGUGUUCAGAUUUUGUACAUUGUAUACUAUAAGGUACCAGUUAUCUCAAAUGGCUAGUGGACAUAUUUCUCUGUAAAUGUUAUUUAUUCAGUGUUUGUGUAAAUUGUUUUCUUUAGUUUUCAGAAGUAGAUAUAGUUUUAAUUUACCUGCAUCUGGUCAUUCCCAGUUUACUCCCUUUGGUAAAUGCUCGAUGCAGAAUCUGGCCAUAUUAAAACUUUAUUGUCCUUUGCAGGUCAUCUCUAUUUUUUAACUUUGUAAGAACAAAGGAUAAUCCGUGUUGUCCUCUCUAUAAUCUGAAAAUUAAAUCCCUUUUUUUUUUUUUUUCAUGUUUUUUUUUUUUGUUUUUUUGCUACUUUGAUACAGGCAUUAAACUGCUGCCACUAAACAUUCUUCGUUAAACAGUGGGAAAUCCCAUUGUCUUGGCAAAGGUUCCCUCCCAUCAAAUUUGUACACAUCCGUGUUUGGGUUAAUAUUACUCUUGUGUACAAACUUUAAAAAUAAUGGUAAUAAAAUGGCUGCAGGAAUUAACCAAUAUGUGUUAAAUAAUCUAAAUUGAUGAGCUUAAUAUCAGUAAGGGGGGAAAAAACACUACUGUUUUUCUUGGAACUCGUUUUUGUGGUUCGUUGAUCGCUCUCUGCUGGUGGCUAUAACUUUUUUCUAGUUGGCUUGCCACAAAUGCUUUGGCAGGCAGUGUCUAACACAUUUCCAAGUGAGUGCCACAGUAACAAGUAUAACAGGCUGGUCUGGAAUGCAUUACUUUAUCACCAGUGGAAAGUUAAUGGGUACGAUCCACAAAACCUUAAAAUAGUAUAUGCUGUACGUCAGCAAGUGUAACAAACAGAUCACAAUGUAAAUAUACCAAUCGUAGCUUUUAGUCAUGGCACCCAAAUGUGACCUUUUAAAGAGAAAAACACCUUGUUCUUAAUGUAAUAUGAGUACAUUUUUACUACUGUAACCCUAUUCUGUGUACCACAGUAUUCUGAUCUAAAUAUUUAAUUGUUUUGGGUGGGAAGAAAGAAUUCUUGUUAAUUAUGCUGUUUAGCAAAAUGUAUGUCUCUAACAUACUCUCCAUCACAGACUCAUAGAUACUCACACACUCUACUACUACAAGUACACCCACACAUUAACAAUGCUGUUAUUUUAAGCCACCUUUUUUUUACUUGCUCUUUUGCAUCAGGAGGGUGGAUUCACCGCAGCCCAGUGGGGACCAGGUUGGUCAGGUACAGGAAAAGGGCACAAGCUUUGGUAGGCUGCUCUCCUCUUGCACAACUUCUCCUUCUCAAGCACUGGAAGCAAGUGAUCUUAGAUCGCUUCCUUCUAGGUAUCGUCUGAAAUUCAGCCUGAAAUAAUGACAGACAGGAGGGGCUAACACAAGCCGCCUUACAUGUCAGGACUCUGACGUGACUUUGGUGGUCUUCAAGUCAAAGAGCGCGACAAUCAGGGAAGCGAGUCCAGCAACAAACAGUGGCACUUAGGGGAGGAGGAGGCUGCCAGAUAGGAGCAGCACAUUGUCAAUGCACAGAGAAAUUGUCUUUUAUUUUUCUUCCAAAACUGUAACUGUUACUGUACAGAAUAUUAGUACAAACUAUCGGCCUGAAAGGCCACACAUUAUCGGUAUUGGUCGAUCCCUACUUCCUUCUAAUUCACAAUUGAAUCAUUAUCGCUAGCUGCAACUGGACACAUGAAUCUGAAUUAUUCCAACUUGGAUCUCUGUUAGACCAUACUCUGCGGGGAGAUCCCCAGCCUGUUUUCUGGUCCGACAGCCUAAUGUGCCAUAGGUUCUAUAUGCUUGUUACUGAGUUUCAAACUGAACAAGUAUUAUGGAGUUAAGUUUUGGGAUGUUAAACUUUCAUUAUGAAGCUUACAUAUCUUUACUAUAUGGGUAGAUCUAGUUUUUAUGUCUUUAUUAUGAGAAAUUAGGGUUUUAAGAUUGUAUAAGCCUAACACUCUGGUGUAAUGAAUGUAAUCCUUUCUGUGUGUAUGUAAAAAAAAAAUAUAUAUAUAUAAUAUAUAUAUAUAAUAUAUAUAUUAUAUAUAAUAUAUAUAUAUAUAAUAUAUAUAUAUAUAUUAUAUAUAUAUAUAUAUAUAUAUAUAUAUAUAUAUAUAUAUAUAUAUAUAUAUAUAUAUAUAUAUAUAUAUAUAUAUAUAUUUUAUAUAUUCUAAUCUAUCCAAUACCCUCUGGAAAGCAAUCCUUCUUGCUAAUGGGCGGGUGUGCCACCUGGCAGUGUCUUUGCAAGACAUCACAUACCAGUGUUUCCAUUUCACAGUGAAUGUGAAGGCAUGCAGACCACUACAAUUGUAAUUGGAUAGUUAAUUUAAGCAUGUCUUUGGUACAGUUUAAAUCCAAUAAUUAAUUACACCCUGUUUUGUUUAAUGGACGCUUUUAUACAUGCACAGGCUCAUGCACAAUCCUAUUGCCACACUUUUUCUUUUCUUCUACUUCUCAACCUAAAGGUUUAGGUUUUGGUCUAGUGCUCAAAGACAAAAAAAAUCUUCCAGUACCUAGGUUUUUAUAGAGUUAGUCUAGCAUUUUAUAAGUAAUAAUUAUCCUGUAUAUUAGAAAAAGCAGCUGUUUCAUCUUCCUCGAUGCUUUGCCAGUAUUGUUUCUGAAAUGGUUACAGCUUGUUCCCCUGGUUACUCUUAUCCAAAUAGGACCCCUGCACAUAAGCACAGGUAGCAUUAACCCUUUAAGGAUGGAUUCAGUUGUUCUGAACCAAAACUAUCUUUGAAUUUGUGCUAUGCUCAACCAUAAUUUUCCACUUUUCAUAUUAAAGGGAUCCUACAGUGCCAGGAAAACAAAGCUGUUUUCCUGGCACUAUAGGGUUACUAGGUUCCCCCUCCCCCUGGGCCCACCUCCCCCUUAAGCCACUUACCUAAAUCCAACGCCAAUGUCCCUCAGACUUGACGUCGGCGGGGGAUACCAAAUGGCAUGUGCGGCAAUGGCGCGUGCCUUAGACCUCCCCACAGGAAAGCUUUAUUCAAUGGUUUUCUAUGGAGAAAAUCUGACGCUGGAGGUCUGUGAGGACAUCCAGCGUUAUAUAACUGAACAAAAGUCAGUUUAGAUUCUGAAAGCCCUCUAGUGGCUGUAAGACAGCCACAGAGGACAGACUUGGAGCUGCAAUGUAAACAUUGCAGUUCUCUGGAACUGCAAUGUAUUACAUUGCAGCACUAAGUGCAAAAAGGUCACAGCACCCAGACCACUUCAAUUAGCUGAAAUUGUCUGGGUGCCUACAGUGUCCCUUUUAAGUGGAGAAAAUAAAUAAAAUAAUAAAUAUAUAUAUUUUUUUAUUUUUUUUUAGGACAAAUAGGGCUUGUAUUUUGACAGAACAUAGUUUUAUAUAUGGAACCUACUUUAAUAUAAGCACAACUUUUAGUAUGAGAAAUGUCUUUGUAGAAAUAUAUGUAUGUUUUUGUUUAUACUUGUACAAAAUAUGAACAUCAAUAUUAAAACAUUCAUAUAAGUACAACAGUGCUCCAGGUUUGCUGAGCCUUUUGCCCCACUUUUUUUUUUUUUUUUAAAUCAUCCUUGUCUUUUACUGCAAUGAAACACCCCCAUAUUUCAUCCAUGUCCCAUGAGCUCAACAAUACCACCAUGUACAGGUUUUAUUGGAAUUUACAGUUCCAUAUAUAGAGCCUGCCCAUUUCACUCUUCAUACACUGAAAAUUGUCAUUGAUUUUCUAUAUCCCUUUUGAGGUGGUAUGGUUGCCUUGGAAAUAAAAUUUCCUCUGUUAUGGCAAACCAUAUAAAUAAAACCAAAAAAGUAGACUGCACAGGGUAUUCCAAAUUUUCAUUUUUUUUUUUUUUAUUUUAGCCACUUUGUAAUAGUUUUAUAAAGUCAGGGGAUCCACAAGCUUGAAUAAUAGUCUGCAUAACAAGACAAUAAUUUGACAAAGGCUGCUGACUGAGUUAUCAGGGCAAGCUGAGGUCCGGAAUCCAGAGUAACAUAGUUAUUGACUUAAUAUUUUUUAUUUUAUUUUAUUUUUCGACCAUCUUUAUUUUGAGAUUUUACAAACAUUGUAUAAACAAUUUGUUCAGUCGAGGAACAUAGCAGAGUGGUUUUGCGCCCAGCCUCCCAGCGUUCGCCGCUGCACCACACUUGUGUGGUGUAGACAGCUUCAGUGGUCAACGCUACCCCUCUUGGUAUAUGUUCUGUUAUAUGUUCCCCUUAUUAUACUACCGUACACCCUCAACCUCCCUACAAGCGUCCUUGAGUCACGGUUCCGCUGUGCCUUAGGUUUAUGGUUAGCAGGGGCACCGUAUAGGCACCCUGACUUUGACCUCAUCAUCUACGUGCCCCGGAUGCAGGAAUUGUGGGCUACUUUAUGCUUAUCCGCGGGAAGGGGCACGGAAAUCCAUGACCUGUGUGAUAUCUGCUGGGCGCGUAACCGUUUAUGGGUUGUGUGCCAAAAUUCUUCCUGCUCAGGCUAGUGCAUCCUCCGUUCCUGUCGUGGAGGGGAUAGGUGAACUUGGAAAAACUUGUAUAACUGGGAUAGGCACAAAGUGCCCUAGUUCUCAUGAAUGUGCGUGUCAUUCAGUAAGUAAGUGGGCUUAAUUGUUAAAGUAAUGUGCCCCAGAAGGUUUACCUCCCACGUCACUCCCUACCUUUCCGAUGGGACGGGUUCUCAUUCUGGGGUGGCGGUCCAAUAAGUCUGUGUCCAAGGUGGGUAGAGGAGGGGGGGGAAAAAAGAGGUGGGGGGGAGGCAAAGCCGAAAGCCCCGGGCAAGGGGAUCCAUCCCCAUCCUCCGGGCCCACCGCCACAGUGUACAUCUUACUCUGCCCCCGAGGUCCCCACACCGCGGGGUCUGCGGCCCAUGUAGUCUAUCCAGGGAGCCCAUAAUCUAGUGCAUUGAACUGUUGUCAUGUAGGUCUCCUGUCAGGCUCUCCAUUUGAUAUAUUUCCUCCACCUUCUCCAUCCAUUCUGAGAUCGUAGGGAUUGCUUGAGUCCUCCACUUAGCUGGUAUCAGGCUCUUUGCUGCAUUCAAGAAAUGUUUCGUGAGGAAUCUCUUGUAUCUCCCAAUGGGCAUCAUGGUGUGGUGGAGUAACAUUGGGAGUGGUUGCAGAGGAAUAUCGGAGUCCAGGAUCUCAUGCAGUUUGUCGUGGAUUUGUUACCAAAAGCAGGCAAUAGCUGGGCACGACCACCAUACGUGUAAAUCCGUACCUUCCGCGGUGCCGCACCACCAGCAGCUAGACGUCUGGGCGAGACCCAUGCGGAAAAGUCGUGUCUGUGUCCUGUACCAGCAGGUCAUGAGUUUAUAAUUAAGCUCCUGGAGCUUGGCGCUAAUCGUCCCUUUAUGCGACAGUAUUUGGAUCUUCUCCCAGUCGGCCUCUGACAACACGUGCCCCGUGGCCUGCUCCCAAUUCGCUUGGUAAGGUUUGACUUAAUAUUUUAACUUUGGUCCUCUUCAAAGCGGUUAAAAAUGCAUACAUCAUGUAGAGAUGGGCAGGAGGAGCAAUAGGAACUAACUCCUUGUUUUUUGUAACCGUCUACAGUUUUUCUGAGGUGACUUUUUGUGGGUGGGAUUCUCCAAGGAAAGUUCCUGUCACAAAGUCUCUAAACAUCUUUGCAUUCAAAGGUUGUAAGGAUUAGAGGUCUGGCUAAAGAAAAUAUCUGAUAAAAGCACACAUUGAUUGUGGACUCCAGUCAGGUUAUGUAUAUGGCAAGUGAUUUUCUUUAUUUUUUUUUUUUUUUUGUUCUACUCAACAAUGCACUUUAGUGUUUUUUAGUUUUCUGUAUCACUUCUACUGACUGAAAUUGCCUCUGUACAUUAAUCAUGAAGUGUGGACAGUAUGUACAUGUUAUAAUUUUUUGAUCUGUAUACCAAAUGGCCAGCGCUUUGUCAUGGCACAAAUCAAUUUUUGUGCCUUUACGGAUUUUACUACACAUCUGCUUCUGGUGGCAACUUUUUUUUUUUUUUUCUCCUACAAUCUAUGGUGUGUACAAUUUUUUUAAAUCUAUGCCAAUUCAAUAAAUGUCUACCCAUAAAUGACUUUUGUUCACCAGGAAAGGACCCACACAGUUCUGCUGUUUGUGCCCAUAUAAUCAAGGCAGUCUGGUGGAUCCUUCAUAAAUGAGAAAUUCCCCUAGAAUAGCUAGUAUCACAAUUUUGAAAAUGUAAUUACAUAGUAAGGUCCCGUAGAUGGAAUAUAUUUAUUGAAAAGCAGCCUUUCCUUGGGUUUCUUAAGGAAUCCUUUUCAUACAGGUGUUCUGGUUAGGGUGUAGUUUUCAUAAAUGUUUUCGGUGGCCUAAUUUUGAACAGCCUGUCAUGCAUGGGGACAUUUCUAGAAUGACACUGGUUGUUGGGGCCUGUGAGUGGUCUCUUAUGAUAUCCUUGAUCAUUAAAUUCUUCGACAUGCAGUCUGUUCUGAAGAAUGUGACAAAUGCGAGAAGUAACUAUUUUCAUAUUUCUUUUUUCUUCAAAUCUGUAUAAAUUUAUGAAAACGGACAGCACAAUGUAGACAGAGAAUUUGGUGCAGUUUAAAAGAGCAAAAGCACUCCCAGCAUGACCGCAUACUUCAUGUUGGUCCUCAGGACAAAAGCACUGUACAGUAUAUAACAACUUAUUUUGAAACCCGUUGACACUUUAUUAAUAAGAUUUUAAUGCACGGCUGCUUUUUGAGGAAUAUAUCUUUUAAAAAUGCGUGUAUGCUGAAAUCAGUUUAUUUUUUUACUUCAAUUGUCACAAUUUGUUUCAUUGUUUUCUUUGGGUUGGUGGGAGGGUGUGUGAGAUUUUUUUAUUAUUUAAAUUUAUUAGCAUUUUUCUAAAGAAAAAGGGUGUACCUUUUUUGGUGUACCUUUCCUGCUUGGUUGCUGUAUUUUUAUUUUAUCUUUUAUAGACAUGUUACAUAGCUGAAAAGACACUUGCAUCCAUCAAAUUCAGCCUUCCUUACAUAUGUUUUUGCUGAUGCCAGCUCAAUGGUCACAUAAAUGUGUGGGGUUGUUUUUGUUUGGUUUUUCUCUCUCCAAAUUACAUUAUACACUGUUGCAGACACCUCGUGAAAUUUUUUGAAGUGUGUGUGUGUGUAUAAAUAUACUGUGUAUCAAAAAAAUACCGGCACUCUGAGUUUUCUUCAUCCGAUUUUAAUUUAUGAAUCCAAAAGAUGUCAACGUUUCAGCUCCCGGUCGGAGCUUUCAUCAGGACACAUGAAAGCUCCGACCGGGAGCUGAAACGUUGACUUUUUUGGAUUCAUAAAUUAAAUCGGAUGAAGAAAACCUAGAGUGCCGUUUUUUUUUCCUGUAUUGUCAUUACUGAGCACCGGGUAUUUAAUAAUUUUUUUUAUUAUUUUUUUAGUUGGAGUGCAAGGGGUCUAUCCAUUUUUAUAUAUAUAUAUAUAUUGCAAAAUUGUCACUGUUGGCACGCAUUCCCAAGGCGCGUUGUGUUUUUUUUUUUUUUUUCUCUCAUUAAUUACUUGUGGGAAUAAUAGUUUCCUAUGUCUCCUCUGUGGACUGUGACUCUUUUUGUAUAUAAUUCCUGUUUUUAGAUUUAGGCAUUUGACAGUCUUUGGACCUGGUCGCCAAAAGCUCUGCAUAGCAUGCAUUUGUAGGUGUCUUGUGUGGUGGUGUUCCCCUCCCCAUAUUAUAAGUAAUCAGGCCAAUUUUAUAAUUUGAGGAGUGCAUUGUUUCUUUAAAUGAAAACUCUCUAAUCACAAAACCAACUAGUGCUUAUUCAGUUGGUCUUCAUGUAUAUAUCAAUUCCCUUGCCUUCUACCUGUUCAAUUCUCUGCCAUUUAGGAGGUAAAUCACUUUAUGUAUCCCUAGCCACACCUCCCUUGGCUGACACGCACUGACUUGCUGCACACUUCCUAAACAAAAAAUAGCCAACUUUUUUUUUUUUUUUUUUUAACUUCCCUUAUUCCACCAUGUGUUUAAUUUAGAAGUUCUCUUUUAAUAGCCCGCAUGUUUGAUUAAAGGUUAGUUUGCAGGACACACUGUGCUGGAUAUGAUUAGAAAAUUUAAAAAACAAAACAAUCAUGCAUACUGUGUGUCACAGCCAGGGGAAAUGUGGCUAGGGCUGCAUAAAAUGAAAAACAAAGUUCAGAUAAAUGACAUCAAAUUCAUAAAUGUUUCAGGUGAUGUGUAGUUCACGGUGUUUUCAAAGUUUACCUAAUUGUUAUUGCCAUGAAAUCCCCAUAUGUAGAAAACGUUUAUGAAGAUUGUAAAAAAAGUUUCCAUGGGGAACUUGUCAUUGCUCUGGGAUUUACACAAUUAACUACACCUUAAAAAUCACCUAUAACUCUUUUUAACCUGUUGUGUAUAUCUGUUUUGGGGUUUGUUUGUUUUUUGGGGUGGGGGUGGGGGGACUUGCUCCAUAUUAAAUUAUGUGCUCUUAUUAAUUACAUUUUAUAAAAAAGCUUAGAAAAUGACCUCAUAAUCCAUAUCAGGCAAAGCAAAACCGUUAGAACAAUGUUUGGGUUUCUCCACCUCAAUUCUGUCUCCUCUCAUCUUUAUUCUUUCUUUUUGACUGCUUGGUGCAAGAAGCAGAGCUUAGACUAAUAACUAAGAUGGAGGCACCUCGUUGCCAAAGAGAUAUUGACGUUCAAACUUUGUAUUACGAAGGCGUGAAAAAUAUAAAAUAAAAUUUUUCCAUUGGAGUAUAAGAAUAUAUUUUAAAAACUACUUGGUAGAUCAUUGCCACAAUAAAAAUGCAUAUGUAUUGAUUGCUAUAUUAAUUUACAUUGAGUUAUAUCUAAAUACAGUUUGCAAACACUACAGAUCUCUUGUAUGAAUCCUUUGCAAACCCUCUACUUCUUACCCUGUCCAGACUUUCUGUGGUUGUCCAAUCACAGACUUCCCACUACCGUUCAAUGAGAAGUCUUUGCAAAGCAGGUGCUCUGAGCAAUUGCUGGCUGACUAGUUUAGCUCCCCUAAAAGUGCCACUUUCUCUUGACACCGUGCACGUGAGUAAGAUAAAUUUAGUUGUUUUGAGUGUUUUUUUGGGGUAUAGAGAUAAGUAAAAGUAAUAGUAAAAAUAAUCUGGGAUGUGACCGUUCCCCCUUAAGGACACAUGACAUGUCUGACAUGUCAUGAUUCCAUUUUAUUCCAGAAGCUUGGUCCUUAAGUGGUUAAAGAAUGUUUGCGUGUAAUUGAGUGUGGGUUUUUUUUUUGUUUUGUUGGGGGCAGGGGGGCCUGGGCAAUAUCCAUCCCAAUGUGUAAUUGCAAAUGCAAACAGAUCACAUGGUCUGCUUGAAUAUCAGGCAUUGGAAAGUACUGUACCCAGUACAAAAGUGUAAAUUGUGCUAUAGUUUAUACUUUACUUUCUGUCUACUGGAGUCAGUACUAGAACAAUGGUCAUGCAUGCUGAUGUAGCUAGAAGUCUGUGUUUUUGCUGUUGGAUCCUUAACAGUGCGAUAUAUAUUUAUAUAGAAUCUAUCUCAAGGUAUAGGUAUAAUGCUGAAGGAUCCUGUCCUACAUUAAAGGAAGGGGAGAGGGUUUUUGUUUUGUUUUUUUCUCCUUCAAAGAAAAUAGAUUUUUAUAUUUAAUGAAUUAUGACGUAUUGAUGAAAAAUAUUAAAACCUAUCUUUAAUGAUGUUUCUGCACAGACUGGGUAUUUUGCCUUUCUAAAGUUUAUAGAUUGCUGGAAUUGGCAAUGUUUGGGACAAGUACAAGAAUCUGUUAAGGAGAUUUAUUUUAAUACUAGCAGUCCUACUUAAAGGACCACUAUAGUGCUCUGAGGGUGCCCCCACCCUCAGGGUCCCCCUCCCUCCCGGCUCAGGAAAGGGGUUAAAACUUACCUUUUUCCAGCGCUGGGCGGAGAGCUCUCCUCUUCUCCUCCCCGUCGGCUAAAUGCGCACACGCGGCAAGAGCUGCGCGCGCAUUCGGCUGGUAACAUAGGAAAGCAUUCAUAAUGCUUUCCUAUGGACGCUGGCGUGCUCUCACUGUGAAAAUCACAGUGAGAAGCACGCAAGCGCCUCUAGUGGCUGUCAAUGAGACAGCCACUAGAGGAAAUAGGGGAAGGCUUAACCCAUUCAUAAACAUAGCCGUUUCUCUGAAACGGCUAUGUUUAUGAAAAAAUGGGUUAACCCUAGCUGGACCAGGCACCCAGACCACUUCAUUCAGCUGAAGUGGUCUGGGUGCCUAGAGUGGUCCUUUAACCGAGCAAAUUAACACCACUUUGCAAAGUAGAGUGUAGUUUGCUUAAAUAAGUCAUAAUAAAUAGGCUACUUUUUGUCAAGCCAUUUUUUAGAAGCAAGAAUUUUCUUUGGGCUCUACAUAGCAACAUUUUAGGUUUUAUAACCGAGUAACAUUUUGUUUAGGCUAUAUAUAAAAAAAAUUUCCCAGAAAUAAUUUGAAAUCGGCAAUAUUAGAUGUUAACCCCGGCUGCCCGAAUUGUCCCACACGUGUAUUUUGUUUCCCCAAACCCCUUUUCAUGUAUUAUUUAAUCAUCUACCUCUGUGUCAGUCAUCUCAAUUGUCCUCAUCCUGGCAGUGAUGCUGCAUCUCUGCUUUUUCCUGCCCUUUCUUCUCCACACAGGUCAGAUCUUGUGCAUACUUACUGUGUGCAUGUCUGGAAAGUAAGAUUAUAUUAGGCAUGCAUAGAUACAAGAGACUCACGAUCUGUGACCUCAAGGAACACAAUGGAAAGCUAAGCAUCAUGUUGUGUUUUGGGGGGGUUGUGUUUUUUUUUUUUUGUUUUUUUUUUUUUACAAAUGAAGUAAGCUUUACUUAAGCUCCACCUUUUUUCAUGUUUUGUUAAAGUGAAUAGAAUGCAGACAAAUAAGAGGGGAAUCAAAUGAGAUGACAGAGCUACUUUUUUGUUAGGGGUGUGUCCAAGAGAAAAUUAAAGGUGGAUUCCAGUAUUCUAAUCGGCGAUGGUUGAAUAUGCUAUGUACGCACUAUAAUAUUGAUUUGGGAUUUCUUUUUCUUUUUUUUUUGAUUAACACAAAAAUGGUGGUGGUUGUCUGGUAUUGUUUAAGGACAUCGUUUUCAGUACUCUAUUAUUUCGCUUAUAUUUAAAAUCACAAAAUUAAACCAGUGUUGAUCUGUGUGGGAUCUAUAUACUAUUCUGAUUUAAGGUUACUACUAGAAAGACUUGGAGUGGGAGAACAGUUAUGGAAUGACUUGCAGAAUGUGUUAGGAGGGAUAGGCUACUUUUUGUUAAGCCAUUGUUUAGAAGCAACACUUUUGUUUGGGCUCUACAGAGCACCAUUUUAGGUUUUAUAGCAGAGCAACAUUUUAGGUUUUAUAGCAGAGCAACAUUUUAGGUUUUAUAGCAGAGCAACAUUGUAGGUUUUAACAAUUUUUUUCCCCCUUCUUUUUACAGUGAAUGGUAGUAUCUAGAAAGGGUAUGUCCCUUCAGGAGAGAGGUGCCAAUGUCCAGCCGGCUUAAUAACAAUCCAGGGGGGUCACUGCGACGUUCACAGAGGAACACUGCUGGGGCCCAGCCGCAAGAGGACACCACUGGAGGAAGGUGAGACAUCAGUUUGCUCAUUAAGAUUCUCUUCCAAGUAGUGGAACCAACAACAACGAAGUUUACCUAACUUGUCUGAAUGUUCUAUAGACAAAAAUUAGAAAUCUACACCUGUCAAGCUCACUGGCGGACCCUAAAUUCCACGUUGUGGUUCAAAAUACAGUGUAAAACAACAAACAUUUAGUUAUUAUUAUUGACAUUAACGGGACUCCAUAAACACUAUGCUCUAUUGUAGUUUUUAUAGUGUAAUGAAGACAUCGAGCAGUUGCAAAAUUUAAUACAGUAUUUUUCUAAUUUUAAAGGGACACUAUAGUCACACAGACCACUUCAGCUCAAUUAAGUGGUAUGGGUGGCAGGUCUCUCGGGUUUUAACCCUUCAGAUGCAAACCUAGCCGUUUCAGAGAAACGGCUAUGUUUACAUUUGUGGUUAAUCCAGCCUCUAGUGGCAGUCUUCCGGACAGCCACUAGAUGUGCAUCUGCGACGCUGGAUGCGAAUUUCGCAUCCAUCGCACAGAGCGUCCAUAGCAAAGCAUUGAGAAAUGCUUUCCUGUGGACUCUUUGAAUGCGCGUGCGGCACUUGUCGUGCGUGCGCAUUCCGCUCCACUAGGGGUCGGAUGGGGAGGAGAGGUCACCAGCACUGAGGGAGUCUGGCGCUGGAAUAAGGUAAGCUGCCGAAGGGGUUUUAACCCCUUCAGCGCCAUGGGAGGGGGAACCUGAGGGUGGGGGCACACUCAGUGCCCUAUGGUGUCAGGAAAACUUCUUUGUUUUCCUGACACUAUAGUGAUCCUUUAAUAAAUUCUCAGCAACCAAUCUGCACCCCUCCUCUUAUAUCAUUAUGAAGAAUUGUACCUAUCAAUAGAGGAAGCAGGAUUCUCAGUAGAUCUUGCGCAUGUUCAGAAAUACCGUAGCCUAUUUAAAGUAAUAAGUGUUGAUUUUUCUUUCUGAAAGAAUAGUUAGAAACUAUUUUCUACUUCUGCAUCAUAUAUUAUUUGACAAUUUUUAAUGGUAAUAGAGGCUGUAGUUGGAUUAAAAAUAUAUAUAUAUAUAUAUAUAUAUAUAUAUAUAUAUAUAUAUAUAUAUAUAUAUAUAUAUAUAUAUAUAUAUAUAUAUAUAUAUAUAUAUAAUUUUUUUUUCUCUACAUAAAACUUUUUUUUUCACUAAAUUUCAUUUACUAUUUAUAUAGUUUAUAGAUUAGAUGUUGUAGUUAAAACCAUCUCAUUUUGGUAUAUAGCAACUGAUCUUAUCCCAUAAGGAAUGUCGUUUGAACAAUUGGGAUAAUCUGAUGACAGCCGCAAUAUGGCUGCUUUCUGUUUAUACACAGACUGUUUCACAGUUGUGUGACCCAGUCUGGUUUUUUCUUUAGGAACGCUAUGGACGCACAUGCAGUGUGUGGACUAACAAUGUCACAGCCUUCCUUAUCAUGCAUGAGCUGCACACACAAUUGGGAAAUAAUUGAUACAAGCAACCCAUAACAUAAGUAUUCCAGACUGCCUGAUAAAAAUCCAUUGUGAUUUGACUUUUAGCAGAAAGUGCUUUUUAUGAUCGUUGCCACUACAAUCUGAAUGGACUGAGUGCUGUAAAUACCAUACAAUAAUACAUAGUGCUUAUGGUAUUUGGACUGACCCAUUAAGGCAUUAUAUGCUUGACAAAUUUGUUUGGAAUAUAGGAGCCAGCUAAAAAAGUUAGGAGCCAGUCAUUUUCAACGAGAGUGCAAUUCUUAAAGGGACACUAUAGUAACCAGAACCACUACAGCUUGAUGUAGUUUUUCUGGUGUCUAUAGCCUGUCCCUGCAGGCGUUUCUGUGUAAACACUGCCUUUUCUGUAAAAACGCAGAGUUUACAUUGCUGCUUAGUAACACCUCUAGUGACAGUCAUUCAGAUGGCCACGAGAGUCCUGGGUCACUGCUGCACCACGUGCAGCACCCAGGUUCAUUGUCUCCAAGCUCUGCAUGGAGGCACUGAAUGUUCCUCAUAGAGAUUGAUUGAUGUAAUGCAUCUCUAAAAGGAGAUGCAGAUUGGUACAUUUGCUACGCAUGCACAAAAUCCUCCCAAUGCUUUCUUAAGGGAAAGCAUUGGCUUAGCUGAGAUCAUAAAGAUUGAUCAUCUCAGCCAUGACAAAACUGGCACGGCGUGGGAAAAUGGGAAGAAAGGUGAGUAAAAACACCUUCCCCAUGCGAUCGGAGGGGAAGAUACCUAAACGCACGCACACACUCUGACAGGCUCACUUACACACACACAAACUCUUGACAGGCUCUCACACACUCUUACACUGACAACAGGCUUGUACGCACACUCUGACAGGCUCUUUCUCACACACAUUUUUGUUUUAAUUGAAACCCACUCAGCCUCCCUAGCUUUUGGGAGAGCUGAGUGGCUCUUUCCUGGGGUCCAGUGGGGCUUCUCUCUUGCUGUGUGCAAAGGAGCAGUACUCUGCCUGUAGCUCCUCUCUGCUCCUUCGCGCUCUGUAAUGAUGCCGGGGCUGGAAUGACAUCAUAUUCCGGCUCCUGACAUCAUUAGACAGCGCGAGGGAGCAGAGAGCAGCUACAGAGUACUGCUCCCUCGCACGCUGCCCAUAAUGUUCCUGCGGCCAGCCGCAUCCAAUAUUCCCCAUGACGGCCGCCGUCAAAGCUCCCUCCCACACUAACUAGAGAGCUGGCAAAUCUCAGAUGCCAGGGCAAAAUUUCUAAUCACCGUGGCGAUCUGGUGUCUAAGAUUUGUCGAAACAUGAUAUAGGCCAUAUAAAAAAAUAAAAUAAACCUGCUCACGUUUGAUAGAAGGGGAUUCCUGCUGCACAGUUCCGGAAACUCUAAGUAACAGUCCAGUCAGCGUACGCCAUCUCAGUCCAGGGUUCCCAGAUUUUUUUUCUCGAAAUUUAAGCAUAGAGUUCCUCACCAGUGCCGUCAGCUUAUCUAUAAGGUAGUUGUCUUUUUAUGUUAUCAAUUACUGUUGAGAUGGUUUGAGCCAGCCCAGAGCCAAGGCUCAUCUAGCUGCUAAGGUUAUCUUAUGUAGAAGCUUUUGUUCUGGCCUAGUCCAUCCACCAAUAGACCUAUUUACCAGGCACACCCAUGGGUUCAUAGUAGGUCUGCGGUGUAAAACCUGUUCUAAAACAUCUCCCAAUCUUUCCCAAAAGGAUAGCAUUUGAGGGCAAUCCCACCACAUAUGCAGCUAUGUGCUGCAGAGGCCAGUGCCUCUCCCACACACAUUUGUUGGGGUCAUACGGUACAGUUUCACAAUAUUUGAAGGUACUUAAAGUGACACUGUAGGCACCAAGAACACUUCAGCUAAUUUAAGUUGUCUGGGUGAAUUGUCCCUUUUGCAUUUAGAGCUGCAAUGUAAACAUUGCAGUUUCUCUGAAACUGUGUUUAACAUUGCAGCACUAAGUCUGCCCGCAGUUGCUGUCAACCAGACAGCCACUAGAGCGCUUCCUAAAAACAGACCUUUGGUACGGUGUCUGACGAUGGACGUCCUCCCGUUCUGCAUGAGGAGAUCAGUGUCAGAUUUUCCUCCCAUAGGAAAGCAUUGAUUCAAUCCUUUCCUAUGGGGAGGUAUAAUGCAACUUUUCUGGGAAAAGGUACGUAAAUAAGUAUUUAUUUUUUUAAUAACCCUUUUUAUUUACCCUGUGGGGAGGUGUGGGCGCAAGGGAGAGUUGGUGGGAGGGUGCUGUAUUGCCUGGAAUACAGCUUUGCACUCCUGGCACUUAUAGUAUCGCUUUAAAUUUGCAGUUUUUGGAGUGAACUCUACCAUGACUAGUAAGCGACUUAUCCAGUUGUUAUGCUCCUGGAUAAGCAGUGCUUUAUGACACAUCGGGGAUUCUGAACACUUGUUCAUUUAUCAGCUUUCUACUGUGGAGGAAAAAAAACAAAUACAAUUAUAAUAUUGAAGAAAGAGUGAAAACAUCAGAGGCUGGGAGGGAGGUACAGAGGGGCUGGACAUGCGGUACAAAUAAAAAAUUAAAAGCACACCGUAAAUAACUACCUACCCUUCACAAUGCAGACAUCCUGUAGGUAAUAGCACUGCUUAUCUGAUAAUAUCAAUCUUCUCUGUCCUUCUGUUUUAUGUUGGCAUUGAUAAUUUAUACUGUCUUGGUUAUCUGUCACAUAAAAGGCAAUUAUUAUUAUUUUUGGAACUAGUGAACAAGGAUCAAAAAUUCCAAUGCAUUUCUAAAACUUGUACUUAUUGCUUGUCCGGUAUUUCACUUAUGUGCAGUUUUAUUUUUGUACAUUAGUUGAUUAUUUCAUCUGCACUUUCUACCUUUGCCUGUCAAUUGUUCGUCUUGCUUAAAGUUAAAGCAAGACAUGCUGUAAGCAUCUGUUAUGAGCAUUGUAAGAUGCACACUGUUCAUCCCACUAUAAAGAGCAGGACAUAUACGUAUAAUUAACCAAGCAAAUCUUUUUAAACUAUAUGUAGAGAGGUCACCAGCAUAUAGAUACAAGUAGAAAGGUCCAGGCCCUCCAAGAAAUUGACUAGGCAAAAUUUGAUGAAACCCAACAGUCAGCAACGUUGCGAUGCAAUUAGUAUUUUUACAAGUAUAUUUUGGAGAAACACAAAAAAAAUUGAAGAUGGAGAAACCCACGUACGAUCUAAAAAUUGGAAAUGUAGAAGCAAGCGCAUGGCGCCACUGGGCCCAAGAUGGUAAUGCUCUCGGGCGGCUGCUCCGAUUUCUCUGAGGAGCUCUCGGACACAGAGGAGGAUUUUCUGCCUGCUUCAGCGCCGAAGGCUUCAACAUGUCUGGAUGCCUUCCCGGUGUCUACCACGGUCCUGAAAGCCCUCCAAGAGUAUCUGCAGAAAAAUAUACUAGCAGACAUUAUAGCGAUCCGCAGUGACCUGCGGAGUCUAACAGGGCGCGUUGGAGCUCUAGAGAGUACCGCUAACUCAAGCACCCAGCAGACAGCUGUACUCCAGCAGGAGUUGCAGGAAUUGAGGCCGCAAAACCUGUCACAUGAAUGCUGCCUUGCGGAUCAAAACACCCGGCAUAAUAACCUUAAAAUCAGGGGAGUCUCGGAGGAAGUCCCAGAGGUUGAACUACCACGCUGUCUGAGACCCUUUCUAUCUGCCCUGCUGACCUCCGACAGGCCAAAGCAAUUACCUUGGAUGGAGUCUUUCGGAUCCCCAAACCUGCCAAGGCACCGGCUGAGGCCUCCUGGGACCUAAUCACCGUCCAAAAUGGGAGAGACUAAGCGGCGGUCCUCACAGCCCUGAAGGUUAACUCUCCUUUCCAAUUCGAGAAUGUCGCUGACGAUCUAUAAAGCAACACUCGGGCCUGGAGAAGGUCACUGACCACUCACAUCCAUACUUCAAAAGCAUGAAAUCUGAUACAGCUGGCGCAUCUCCCGUUCACUCGUAGUGCAGAAAGGAAACACAGCGCAUGUCAUACAAGAUCUCCAGAGUUCAGCAGCACUACUGAAAGACCUGGGUCUACCCCAAGACUCGCUUAGCCAGCCAGAGAAUCACAUGGCACCUCAAGCACCCCAUACCGGGGACCCAGCUAGAAGUGCCCUGUUUAUUCUGUGAAGGGGCACUCUGGACUCAUACGUGGCUGUCACCACCUGAAUGGGAACUCACACAGCCCAUCGGGCACUGUUUUAAUUGUUUAGUUUGACUUGCGUUAACAUUCUGUUUACCUUACAUUACAACACCAACGACUUAAAGGACCUCUAGGUCUCAAGCCCUGCUAAUUCACCCAGGGCUGACAGCUCGCUUUAACUACCUACCGCCCCAAAGUAAAACAGGCCUAACAAAGGCCGCAAGUUAAUCUUAAUGGGAACACAUACCAAUCCACUAGCUGGGAGUUUGGCUCCUCCCUACCUUCUCACCAAGCGCUUUCCUCUUAGUGCUGAAGCCUAUCAGAUACAUAUCGCCUAAUCUUCCCAUGCCUGUGGACUGCUAUUCCUAUCUGCCCAGGCAAUAAAAGGCUUGUAACCCACCAACUAGGGGUAUGUGGACUCCAUACGGAGAGCAUAGGCACACUGACUACCUCGCCCACUUACACAUGAUAAAAGGGCCACCCUCCUGUUUAAACGGGAUUCUUCUCGCAGUUACGCACUUAUUACAUUUCAUUUUAAUCAGUAGUAUGAUGCAUGGGGCUGAAUAUUACUGGAGCCACGUGUGGCUAUCUCCCAGCCAUGCUGUUGUCUCGACCAGUCACUUAAACUGCAUGUCCACGCCACCGUGGCAGCUUACACUCCCUUGUUGUUCUAUUGUUUUAUUUAGUUUUACUUUCCUUUAAUUUUUACUGAUAUGUCUGAUAUACCUGUGACCGAACACUACUUGAGACGCCAACGGCAUACCCAACGGUCCGCUUGCCUCUCUAUUCUGUAAUCCACAGGCUCGCUGCAUACAGUCACUAGCUUGUGACAGAAUAAUUUGUGCUCACGUCUGCAGUGUUAUUGUUGGAAUUAUUGGUUUCUUAAAACAUAAAAAUCCUGUGCGGUCACAGCCAUGCUAUUGUCUUGACAUGUUGACUUACCAGUGCUUGUUCAUGCCGUCCUGGCUGCGCAAGCUUAUUUGUUAUGCCUUGCACAACAAAAAAUAAAGAAUUAAAAAAUAAAACAUCGGAAACUAUUACUUUACGGAGAGGGUAGUGGAUGUAUGGAAUAGCCUUUCUGCUGAAAUGGUAGAGGUUAAGCAUGCGUGGGAUAUGCAUAAGGCUAUCCUAACUAUAAGAUAAGGCCAGAGACUAAUGAAAGUAUUUAGAAAAUUGGGCAGACUAGAUGGGCCAAAUGGUUCUUAUCUGUCGUCACAUUCUAUGUAUAAUAGCAGUGUUCCCUAUUUUUGUUUACAUUUUAUGUAGCUGUGAAAAUUGCAAACUGUAUGCUUGCCAGUAGUUUGAAAAGGGAUUUGUUCUAGAAAUGUAUAUACCUGUAUUCAUAUAUAUUUUUUUUUUUCUGACUGGGUUCUCUCUUGGUUUUUCAGCAACAGAUCUCAGUUAGAGCAGGCAGAACAUAAGGCCCCUAGCCUUCCUCAGAGCAGAAAAUCUCUUUCUAAGACCCCUAAAGUGCAGUCUAAAACAGCUUCUGGCCAGUCCAGAGGAUACAGCUCUAAAAGGUAAUUUUGUUAACCGUUUUUUUUUUACUUUCUGUUUUUCCUUUUUUUAUUUAUAUAUAAAAUUUCAAUCUGUAUCCUACAUGCCAGCCCAAAUCUACUUGUUGCUGGGCUCAAAGCUGUCUCUUAAUGACUGAUGGGGUUUUAUGAAAAAUUGCAUGCAUAUCUUCAAAUGAAUGUUAUUAAAUAAAAUAAAAAAAAGAACCAUGAAUGCAAUUUCAGGUUUAAUUUUACAUACUACAUUAAAAAAAAAUCACUUUUUUUUUAUUUUUAUUUUUUUUAAUUAAGGGGAAAGUUCUGUUUUGCUUAUCCUGUGACACAUUACACGUCACAUAUUAAUUUUUUUUUUUUUUAAUUUUCUUUUUGACAUGGCCCUCUCUAUAAUGUUUGCAAAUAGGUUCUUUGGUAAACCAAGAUUUCACUGUAUACUUUGCACCUUUUGCGUUAAGCUGAUGAAUAAAUAAAUGGCUUAUGUUUUCAAUUGGCAAUGACUGCAAAACAUACACAGAGUUGAUGACUAGUAUCAUCUUGGGUAGGUAUGUUUGUAAUUUGCAGAUUGUGCUGAUACAGAUGAUUAUUGCUUCUUUGUUCAUAAGAUUGCUAUUGCAAUGGAUACUGUGCAAACAGCCAUCUUUGUUCAUUGGGAGGAAUAUAUCCCAUAAUGUUCGGAGUUUUGGAAUGUUAGAAGGGUCAUUUAAGGCCUAGUGACAGCAUGUUGGCAUGGCUAUAAAGGCACAAAAGUUCAUGGAAAAUUUAGGCAUAACUUUGAAUGUAUUUGUUAGCAGUUUGGCUUGCACAAUAUAUAGAUGAUAUCUUGCCUGUACAGUGGCAUAAGACCAUAGUGUGCAACCGAUCAUGUCCGGUUUAUCUUCACUUAAAAUCAUUACUAAGCAAUGAUUAUAUCACUUGAAGGAACACUCUAACACUAUUAAUCAUAUUAUAGUGUUGGUGUAAUUUUCAGCCUCUAGAUUCAGGGCCCAUCCUUUAGAAACAUGGGGGAAAAAAAUAUUUUAUCCAGACCAUCCUGAUCUUGUCACCAAAGCUGCUUCAUCCGUAUUAACAAUCUUUUUCCAAUCAGAGAUUUCUUAUAGUGAAGCAUUGAGGACCUGCAGCACAUGUGCACAUUCUCAUAGAAAAGCAUUAUUACAAUGCUUCUCUGAGACACCUUUUCGAAUGGCUUAAUGAGGAAUACCUCUAGCACUAGUAACUUGUUCUUACAAAUGUAAACAUUGCCGUUUCUAAGAAGGUACAGGGUCACUAAACCAAAACCACUACAUUAAAAUGUAAUGCUUUUAGUGCUUAAAGUGUCACUUUAAAGCUAUUCAAUAUUUUCAAAGUCAUCAAAACAACUUUAGCCUAAUGAAGCAGUUUUGGUGUGUAGAUCAUGCCUUUGCAGUCCCACUGCUCAAUUCUCUGCCAUUUAGGAGUUUAAACACUUUAUGAACCCUAGUCACACAUCCCUCAUGUGAUUUGCACAGCCUUCCUAAACACUUCCUGUAAAGAGUCAUCUGAAGUGUAUCCUUCCUUUAUUGCAAGUUCUGUUUAAUUUAGGUUUUCUUAUCCCCUGCUAUGUUAAUAACUUGCUAGACCCUGCAAGAGCCUCCUGUAUGUGAUUAAAGUUCAAUUUACAGAGAAAGUGAUACAAUUGUUUAAGGUAAAUUACAUCUGAUUGAAAGUAAAACAAUUUUUUUUUAUUUUUCACACAGGCUGUCAGUCAGAGCCGGGGGAGGUUUGACAAGGGCUGCAUAAACAAAGUGAUUUAACUCCUAAAUGGCAGUGAAUUGAGCAGUGAAACCUGGGAGGCAUGAUCUAUACUCUAAAACUGCUUAAUUAAGCUAAAAUUGUUUAGGUGACUAUAGUGUUCUUUUAAGAGCUGCUAUGAUCUUUCUUUACCUACUUACCAGUGUUCUAUAGGCUGCUGGGUGAAACACUAAUGUAACACUCAAAAAUACAAAAUUAGCCCUGGCACUCAAACUCCCACCGCUCCUGGACUGCAGCGACGGCUAUAGUAUGAUCAGCCCAAAUGCAUAGAACAAAAGCAAAGUUAUCCCAAUUUCCUACGCAUAUUUUUAAGAGGAGGUUUUGGUACUACUCCAUUAGCCAUUAAAGUGCAAGCUCGCCUACCCCACCAAUGAGAGUUCUACACAACAAUGCACUUUGCUGCUGUCCUGUUUAUUUAUUAGUGGUAUCUAUAAAGAGUCAACAGAUUCCGCAGCGCUGUACAAUUGGUGGAGAACAUACAAUAUACACAGACAAAUACAAAAGGUAGAGAGGGCUCUGCCUGUAAGCUGAGAUCUAGCCAUUUAAGCUCUUUUAUACAAAGAGCAUAGCUAGAUAGCCAGUGAGCUUACAAUCUAAAGGAUACCAUGGGGAUUUGAGACAAGAGGUAGCAGGGGAAAUCUGGAAGUGAUGGCUAAAAAAGUAAACAGAGUUGCAGCUAUUGGUUGAAUAUAGAGGGAAUGAAGAGGUGUAUGAGUGAGAAUUUUAAACAGCUGGAGGAGCACGCUAUAAAUUUAAAUUAGGGGGCGUGUGGGUGGGUUAAACCGAGUAGAAUUGAAGAGGCUUGAGCAAAGAUGGUAUGGGACAUGGGCCUAGGGAGAGAGUAGAGAAAAAACGUUAUAUCAAGGUAUUUAUAGCUCGGAGUAGCAAGCAUGGGGGGAGCAGAGGUAGAGGACACAGUUGUGAUCUAAAAUUUAGAAUUUUACCAAUCAAAUCCUAACGGCCAGAUUAUUACUUAAUAUAUGUAGCUGCAAGUACAAGAUACUACAGUAGUACACUAUAGAUAACAAUGAAAACUAUAUUCUAAGUAAUCUAGUGGCAAAGGUGAUGGAAAUCCUGUGGAGCAUCUUCUGAAUUUCAAUGUGUACCUUAAAGAUGUAAAAGGCAAACGUCUGGGAGAGAAAGGGUCUAUUCCUAAUUAGGGAUCGACCGAUAUUUAUUUUUUAGAGCCGAUACCGAUAUUUGAACUUUCAGGGCGAUAGCUGAUAACUUGCCGAUAUUCUGUACAUUUACAAUUUAGAAAAAAAUAAACCUUUCUACAGGUAAAGGCACAAAAUAUACAUGCCACAUGCAGUGCGUUUAGACAGGGGAGCUGCGUGUGUUUGUGUAGUGGAUUCAGUGUGUAUUUGUGUAGUGUGUAUAUAAUGAAUGCAGUGGGUGUUUGUGUUGUGUGUGUGUGUGGUGUGCGUAUAGUGAAUGCAGUGUGUGUGUUUCUGAAGUGAUGUAUUUCUGUAAAAUGGGGGCAUUUUAUUUUUAAUAUUUGUUUUAAUUUUAUUUAUUUUUGUCCCCCCUCCCUGCUUGUUACCUGGCCAGGGAGGGGGGCUAUGGCAUUCCCUGGUGGUCCAGUGGCGUGUACUUAGCAGUGGGGGUCACAACAAGCGAUUACUUACCUUCCCUUCAGCUCCCUGUGUGCAGCACAGAGCGUUGCCAUGGUAACCAGAUGCAACGCUAUGACGGCCGCGGGACUCGCGAGAUUUACACAGGGAGCUGCUGGGAAGGUAACGGCUUGCUGCGGGCCCCCAGGACCGCCGGGCUUGUAAUGGGCCUGGCGGUCCUGUUCUGUAUUAUCGGCAAUAUCAGUAUCUUCAUUGGCCGAUACCGAUCUGGCCGAAAAUACAUAUCGGUAAAACCGAUAAUCGGUCGAUCCCUAUUCUUAAUGAACUCCCCUACACACAUCCCUUGGUAAUAUGAGACAUAUGGGUAUGCAUUUCCCCUUACUGUAACACCAACCCUCUAGACCAGUGGUUCCCCAACCAGUUCUCAUGGGGUAAAAACACAAAUUCUGGAUAGUUGGUGGGCUGUUUUAUUCCAAUGGAGAUCCUGACAAAACCUGGACUGGUUGAUUUGUCUUGAGGAAUGGUUUGAAACACUGCUUUAGACCCAACUCCCCAGGAGAACCACCUGUAGGAGAUUCUCCUCUCAUCUGUCAGAUGGCUGUUAGACUAUUGACAUGUGAGUUGAGAACCUGAUUUUCUUAGAUUUUAACGGAAACCAUAACGUUUGCUGACUAAGGAGGUUUUGAUGUAUAGAUCAGACACCUGCAGUCUCUCUGCCAUUUAGGAGUUAAAUACAUUUUGUUUUGUUUAUGCAUCCAUAGCCACACCUUCCCCGGCUGUGACUCGCUCAAUGAGCAUGAAAACAAAAUGGCUUUUUUUUUUUUUCUUCUUCUUCUUACAGGUAUUAUCAUUUCAGAGGUACAGUGAUUGGCUCAUUCAAUUAUUCUUUAUUUCCUCGUAUUUUACACACACGCACAUGUAAAAAAAAAAAAAAUAAUAAUCUCUGGACAAUAUAACCCAUGGUUAGAUGGGGUAACUGAAUAAAAUGUGUGGGGAUACAAUUUUUUUUGUGUAAGAACUACAGAUAAAAAAAAAGCAUGUAUAACACGCGAAUAACAGUUUUAUACAUAAGAAAAAGGUACAUGUACACAAAACUGAGGCAAAUGUUACUAGACAGCCACUAGAGGGCACUUCCGUGUCCAUAGCACAGGUUUUCGCUGUGUGAGGACCUCAAGCGUUGCUCAAUUUUCAAUUCUUUCCUAUGGAGAGCUCUAAUGAAUGCCACGCACGCGCAUUAGGUCUCCUCAGCCGCCGGGCGGGAUCAGUCUCGCCCACCUGCUGACGUAAUGACUGGGAGGAGCGUCGGCGACCCGAAACCACCACCGAGGGAAAUCGGCAGGGGGCUCAGGUAAGUGACCUGAAGGGGUUUUCACCCCUUCAGCAACCGGAGAUUGGGAGGUGGGAGGGAGAGGGGACCUGCAGUGCCAGGAAAACUGAUUGUUUUCCUGGCCCUGGAGUGUCCCCUUAAGUAUAAAAUUGGAAACGCUUGUUUUGAAAGUCACUGUCCAGCUCCUAAAACAUCUUUAAAGAUGCCAUGUAGCUUUUUAGUUUGCCCAGAUUAUUCUGUACCACCUAUAUAAAAGAUCGCUAAUUACAUUUUUAGAUUUAACCUUGCUCCACUCAUGAUGAAUGUGUGUUAAUAAGUUGUGUAUUUAUAACUUUUUUUUUUUUUUUUUUCUUCUUCUUCUUUUCCCUCUCCCCACCUACUCUACAGGGGUUGUAGCUCUUCUUCUGUUGUAUUACCACAAUCAGAGGAUCCUGAUCGGACAAACACGUCAGAAAGUGAAAGGCCUAAGAAAGAAAACCCGCGUGGUGUGAAACGUAGUGCUAGCCCUGAUUAUAGCCGGACCAACUCCCCCAGCUCUGCUAAGAAAUCCAAAGCACUUCAGCACACUGAGCCCUCUGGAGGGACAAAGCGACCAAAUAAACUCAAGAAAAGACAAGCCAGCCAGGAGCAACCUACUCCACUCACAUCAUUGCCGUCUACAAGCAAAGCCCACGGCAGGAAGGGUGGAGCCCCCGGCACCUCCCCGCUCCACAAAAGAAAAAGGACGGAUAGCUCGUCUUGUGUGACUAUCAGUAGCGCGGCCGUUUUAUCGACCGGUGCAGAACACAGACCUCCAAAACCCUCCAAGCUGGCUUCAAAAUCAGCCACCUCAGCCAAAGCUGGGUGUAGCACCAUUACAGAUUCUUCUUCUUCUGCCUCCACCUCUUCUUCCUCUUCCUCCGCUGUUGCCUCUGUCUCUUCUGCUGCAGGUGCCCGUGUGAAACAAGGAAAGGAUCAGAAUAAAGCCAGGCGCUCUCGCUCUGCUUCUAGCCCAAGCCCCAGGAGAAGUAGCCGGGAGAAGGAGCAGGCAAAAGCCAGCAGCUCCUCCAAGUUUGAUUGGGCAGCUCGUUUCAGCCCUAAAGUCAGCUUCCCAAAAACAAAACUAUCCCUUCCUGGGUCUUCCAAAGCUGAGACAUCAAAACCUGGACCUUCAGGAUUACAGGCUAAGCUCGCAAGUAAGUUAAAUGCAAAAUAAACACUCCUUUAAAUAACCUAGCCAUAAAGGGGGAUUUUAAGCACCAUAGCCACUACAGCUGAAAGGUUGACAAAAUAAAAGCACACAGUCCAGCCUCUUAUUCAGAAAAUGCAGCCAUUUUAAUUCUGUGUUCUCUCCAAAGAUGUCCACCCUUCAGUGCCAGUGGUUGGCUGCAAGCAAUGGCCUUGCAUGCACAAAGCCUAUAAUUGCUGUGUAACGUUUGACAGUUAAUGGGAAUGAAACUUCUAUAUUAUGAGUAACAAGCAAAGAAUCGGGCUUUGGGUUUCCUGAAGACCCUAUUUUUGUUAAACGUCUCAAAUAGUAUAAGAGGCAAGUUGUGAUAUGACAUCAGUAAGGUGACCAAGGCAAAUGAAGGCCUGUGUGAACUCCUAUCGCCAAAAAUACACCUACACAAAAUGUGUGCAGAUGGCCCAUGUAACCUUCUGCCUGACUAAACACACGUGCAGAUAUCAGACUUUGGGAUCUACGGCCUGCGUGCAUGCACACUGUGUUGUGUGCCGAUGGCCUUGUUUGUCUGUGUAACCAACUGUUAAGUUUUCUCACCUAGGCACAAAAUGUUAUGGAAAACGUAGAUGGAGUAGCACAAAAGUAACGGACAACUUUUUAUUUGCCGUAAGAGUGUGGUUCAUCUUUAAAUUGCUUUAGGUGACAUGUACUAGAAUGAGGCCAUGUGGCUGUUCAACUUUAAGAAUAAUUUAUUGAGAUAAGUAAUGCUACGGGGCAGGGGGGGUGUUUCUGUUUUUUGGGCCACUUUGUGGCACAUCUAUGUUCAGGGCACACUGUCAUCUUUUCAAGAAAUGCUGUAUGAAUACAUGCUUGCUCUAGCAUUCCUUCAAUAGUACAGUCAGGGCCCAUGCACAGCAGGGAUUCAUUUAGUUGUCUGUGUCAAAUCCAUUAUAAUUUUUUAAAUAGCUCUUACCCUGUGUAAAUUCUCAUGGAAUUAUUUACAAAACACUGAAUUUUGUCCAGAAGGACAAAUUACAGUGAAAACGACAGAAUGCCGACCGCAGUGACAAUUCUCAUUAUUAUUUCUGGCAUUUAUAUAGCACCAACAUAUUCCGCAGUGCAUUACAAUAUUCUAAAAGGGGGAAAUUUAACAAUAAAUGAGUCAAACACAAUGUGUCAGGAACAGUAGUUUGAGGGCACUCUCAUAUUUACUAAUGCCAAAUACGGUUGGAAUUCGGUCAGCCAGAGUGAAUCUGCAGCAAUCGAAUGAAUGCAUUCAGUGUUCAGAUUAAAAUAUGUGCCUUCACUGUCCUAUAAAAAGUAUAAGAAUUGGAAAAUUCACAAAGCGCCAAUUUUGGAACUGAAUUCAUCCAGCAUGCAAAUAACCAAAUUAUCAUUCACUUUCAUCCAAACUAACAAUUUUAGGUACUGUAAUUAUGUGGUGGCAUGUCAGUGCUUCCCAACAUCCACAUUAAAUAGUUUAAAAUAAGUCUUAUAUGGCUCAGUAAGACACCCAUACUGCACUAAUGAAGGUUUAACUCUUCCCUAUGCACCUUCCUGCCAAGUGGCAGGUGCGGGCUUGUCUACCAUUAGGAGCCUGCCCAGCCUUUAGAAAUGCGCCAUGGGUAAAAUGACAGGAGGGGUAUAGUGUUGUUCCCCCACCUGGCCUUUUCAAAAUAAGCAAGGGGAGUAGACCCAUCCUCCCCCACUUGCAGCAGGUGGGGGCCCUAAAUAUAAUAUUCAGUAGAAGCACCUAAGGUUCUCCAACACAGUCAAGAGAUAUGCCAAGACCGUGUAAGGACUACUUAUCGUAGCUUCACCUUUUGUCAAGCAUAGGAGAUGUACUACUGCCAUAAAGUCCCUUUUCUUCUCAGCUGUCACUUGUGACAACUGUAGGGAGAAAGGCACGAUCUAUGGAGGAUCCCACGUUCCUACAGGAUCCUCCAUAGACCUCUGUGUUGUAAUUUGUGUGUGAGCUGUUUUGACAGGAGCUGAAGAGUACCUGCUAGAAGACCAUGGCAUCAGCUGUGAGGGGCAGGUUUAGGUAAGUAAAUCGCACCCUGCAGCCACCUGACCGCCGUGGAUCUUUUUAAUUAAGAGCCGCUUUAAUGAAAAUAGAGAUUACUUUGAUCCAUAAAAAGACAUGGUUUAUAUAGUGUUCAUUCUGUUACUUUGUUGUUUUAGUUUUUUUGUUUUUUUUAUGAUCUAUUUCUGUAAUAGUCUAUAUGUUGUGCUUCUUUUGUAGCUGGAGUUCAGCAAAUAACCAAAUACAUUUACUUGGCUUCACAUCCUAAUGGUUACUUAGGCAUGUAAAGGCUAAGAAUGUAAAGAUGGAAAUUGAAACUGGUUUUAUAUUGUAGUUUAUUUAGUUUGUAUGAAUUUGUAGUGGACAGACAACUAUUCAUAUUGCAAUAGAGAUCUUUGGACCUCAUGAUCAUCUCUCAUGAUCCUCUCUUGAAUGGAGCUUAAAUAGAAGUUUAGUUCAGCAUUAGUUAAAGGGACACUAUAGUCACCCAGACCACUUCAUCUCAUCGAAAUGUUCUGAGUGCAAUGCCCCUGUCACUUGUAGUCCUGCUAUAUAAAUCAUUUUUUAUUUUUUUGCGACACUGCAAUAAUUACCUUGCAGGACUAAGACUUCCUCCAGUGGCUGUCAAUUAGACACUGCAUGAGGACAUCCAACUUCAGUAAAAUCCCCAUGGGAAAGCAAUGAAGCAGUGCUUUCCUAUGGGUUUGGCCUGAAGCUCUCGCCGUGCAUGGGAUAAUGUUUGAGGCUGAGUGAUGACGCAGCGCCAAGGGACAUCUGGUGAGUAAAUAUGUGGCUUUUGUUUUUUUUUUUUUUGUUUUAUAUACCCAGAUUUGUUUUUCUCACACCAAAGUAUCCCUUUAAAUGUUAACUGUUAAAUGUAAAAUCUCUUAAGUUUGGAAAAAUAGCACCUCAGAGGUAAUAAAACAUUAUACAAAUAUAUUCGGGCCCACUACAAACCAUUAUCUGGAAAUCUAUUCAUAAACAGCUGGAAGAAAGAUUUAAUCUAAGGCAAAGAAAAGGGUUUUUAUUUUAUUUUUAUUUUUUUACAGUAAGAGCAAUAAUGAAUUCUCUGCCUGAAGAGGUGGUUUUAUCCAUACAGAUGUUUAAACUGCAAUUGGAUAAAUACUUGCAAAAACAUAACAUACAGGGAUAUAAUUUCUAAUUAGUGGGGUAAUAGCUGCUUGAUCCAAGGAGACAUCUGGCUGCUAUUUUGGGGUCAAGAAGGAAUUUUUUCCUAGUUUGUUGCAAAAUUGGUGCUUCAGACUAGGUUUUAUUUGUGCUUUCUUUUGGAUCAACAGCAAAAACAUAUAUGUGAGGAAGGCUGAACUUGAUGGACGCAAGUCUUUUUUCAGCUAUGUAACUAUGUAACUGGAUGGAAAUUGGUUUCCUUAUUCCAUUGAUAACUGAUCAAUAACCAUUAAUGUAAAUUUUGGAUUGCAAUUUUAUUUCAGAUUUGAGGAAGUCCACUAAAAAGCGAAGUGAGUCACCACCUGCUGAGCUCCCCAGCCUGAGGCGGAGCACACGCCAAAAGACCACGGGCUCCUGUGCUAGUACCAGGUACAAAUAUUGAUGACUGGCCUCGAUGCUCUUUUAUUAGCCUGUAUGUACCAGUGGCAGACUAUUCCUGUUUGUGUAUCUGUGCAUAACGAUACAGGAAUUUAGGCCUUGUGUGGGAAUCACUGGCUACAAAUUUUACAAAAUCUAUCUUCUCCAAGCCAGGAUCUUUUGAGUGAAAUCCUUACUAUUGGAUUUUCUGGGGAAAUCGUCUGUCUGGAUUUUAAACCUGUUCAUUUUUUCUCCUUGCAGUCGGCGAGGCUCUGGCCUGGGCAAGCGAGCAGCAGCUGAAGCUCGCCGACAGGAGAAGAUGGCAGAUCCUGAUAACCAGGAGGGUGCAAAUUCUUCUGCUGCUCGCACAGAUGAAACUGCUCAGGGAGCUGCAGGUGAGUUCUAGUGGCAAUAGCUGGCAAAUCAUGGAAAUGGUUUACAUUUUAAAUCUUUGUGUUUCAAUGUGGGGCAAUUGUUGUGGUGUGUUUUUUUUUUUUUUUUUUUUUUUUUUAUCUGUCUUAAGAUGAUUUCCACUUCAUUGUUCUGCAGCAGAAGACAUUUAUAUUUGUAAAACGACUUUUCCUGCAAAUAUAUAAAAUAGACAAUCUAGUCCAAAGGUCAUUUCACAAGCAAUUGCAUUUGUUACUGAGCUAGUUUUGAUGUUGACCUGAUAAGUAUUAGGUUUUCUUUACACAAAUUAACAACCUAAGGUGUGAGUUUACCUGUGCCUGCACUCUCCUAUUUAUUCUAGGGAAGUAUUCCUUGCUGUAUAGGGAUCCACCACUAAAAUAGCAUGUUGUUUGGAGGGCAGCCGUUGCUACACUUUCAAUGUAUGCAUGGCAUAGUCUUCUUGCUAUGGCAUCACCGGCACUUCCUCUGCACUGGUUUAUUUUAAAGUGCUUUUUAUCUUUUUGCUUUUUAAAACUACAUGUAAGUGAUCAUCUUGAUUGUGUCUAAGGGUGUUAAGGUAAUUUUUUCCUCCUCGACAAAUGUUAUUUCAGCACACAAUAAAGGAGAAAAUUUUAUGUUAAGGAUUUCAAAUGUCAUUAUUCCAGUAAUAACAAUGAAGCAUGGAUUUCAGGUUUAACGAGAACACCUGGAGAAAGAUUUGCAUCUCUUCUCUUCCCUUCAGCUUCUAGCUCUGUGGCAGGUGCUGUGGGAAUGACCACGUCUGGGGAAAGCGAGAGUGAUGACUCUGAAAUGGGACGUCUUCAAGGUAAAUAUAUUGUUUCUGUAAAUAUAUUGUGUUGCCUUCACCUGUGAAGGAAGGCAAUGCUAAAGUUACAGUUGUCUAGAUAAAGAAUUAUCGAAUAUCAAGACUGUGUAAGGUCUUGAUACACAGCAUGUUGUUUUCUGAAUUUCUGGUAAGCCAAACAGGUAAUUUGCUAUUUUUACAAUUAUGUGGGUGUCUGAACCACCUAUAGCCCUCAUUGUAUCAUCUGCAUGAUCAACACAUGUAGCAUUUCUUACAACCUAUACUGAACCAAUCAUCGUAUGGUAGUGGUACAAUUGUACAAGUGUUCUAGCAGUUGAGACUCCUCCUGUACUUUCUGAUUUCAUGUCCUCUGGUAUCUAAUAGGUAUCUGGCACCUUUAGGAAAGCUUGACUUUUGGGCCAAUCAUUCUUGAGCUGGGGGUGCAGUAGGUGUGUAAAAUAGAUUCUUUGCCAUUCUAUAGCAAUCCAUUAUGGGAUUGUCCAGCAACAUGGGUGUGAAUUUGACUCCCAUCCCUGUUUUUUUUUUUUUGUUUGUUUUUUAAAUCUAUAAUUUAGAGGGCUAUUCCUGCAAAUAAAGCCAAGAUGGGUCUGUCCCUAGACACUAAAAUGUUUUUAUUUUUUAUGUAAUUGAACAAGGCAGUUUAUCAAUUAUUCAUUAUUUUACUUGUUUUUCAAAAUUCCCCCAAGGUUUUAAAAUUGUACGUCUUCUGAAACUGAGUAACCCCCAUUUUGUUAUGUACUCCCUUCCUUAUUCAUGCUGGGCAGUGACAAAUCAAAUGCUUUUUGUAGAGAAGCAUUGUUAACUUAUUUGGAAACUAUGAAAAUAGAUAUUGGUAAUAAAUAAUUAAAUACUUUUUCAAACUAUAUAAAUAAAACGCUUGUUUUGUAAUUCUGUUCCAAAUUGUACUGAACUGUAAGGUGUUUUUUUUAUUUUUUUUAUUUCUUCUUGCUUAGUCUGACUUCAUCUGACCUCAUACAUGAUGCAACUUUGCACUAGCAGGCAGUUAACAGGGCCUGUGUCCCACAUCCCCUUCUCUCCAGGAAGUGUAAAGGGAGACUGUGUGAUGUGUGGCUGGGACUACAUAACAGUGUUUUAAUUCCUAAACAGCUGAGAAUUGAGGAGUGAGACUUUAGGGUCAUGAUCUAUACACUCAAACCACUUCAGCUAAAGUUGUUUUGGUGCUUAGACAGUUACUUUAAUGAAACACUUAAAGCACGUUGACCCCUUUUCUCUCUACUAAAGUGUUUUUGCAUUUUUUUUAAAUUUUUUUUUUCUAGUUAAUUUUUUAAAAAUGUUGUAUGCAUAGCCACUUUUACAUUUGAGCGCCAAACCUUUUUAUUUUUUAUUUUUUUUAUUUUUUUGGUCUGUCUGGUCGGGGCACAUAUACAUGUAUUUUGAAAUCUUGGCUAACCUCACAUAAUUGUGUUAAAACCAGUGAAGGUGUGUGCUAAAAUUGAUGAAUGUUAAGACAAAUUCAAGUAUUAAGGGGUCACCAUUUAUUUAUUUUUUCCAGUAAAUACCAGCCCAUCCACCCAGUUUGUAAUCUUGCUUUAUAGCAUGACUCUUCACACGCAUGAAGUUCCCUCUAACAACAUUCUUAAAUACUUCAGAACAUUUUUCAUAUCCGCAGCCAUCUUAAAGUGCUAUGCACAAAUGUCUUGUAAACUCUAGAUUUUAAUAUUGCAAGCAUGUGUUCCCAAGUUGUUGAGAUCUGUCAAAUUAAUGUGUAUUAAGAUGAUGUGGCGAUCAACUCGAGUACCUUUGUCAAAGUCGACUAUUGCCAUUCUAUUUAAAAAUCUAAGCAAACUGAAUCUUUGUCAAAAAGAACCGAUAUGGUGGAAUUUAUUAUUGUGCAUUCCUAAACAUGUUUACUUUUAAAGUAAUCCAGUACUUUAUUGGUGGCUUAAGACGUGGAAUUGGACCUAUUCCAGGGUCUUGUAUAUAUAUUACACAUUGACCCAAUAUUGUGUCCUACUUUAUGUAUUGCAAGAAAAUAACUUGUAAUAAAGACUGCCUUCAUACAAAACUCACCCAAGACUUGUGUUUACUCAUUUUACCCAGAACAAUCUAAUUUGUUUUGGCACACUUUAAUUUCUCACUAAAAAGAUUUGGGAAAUAUCAGUGUUCUUGACUUGUAAAGUGUGGUGGACAAAAUUUCUUCUAUAAUUUUCUUUGAUCACCUAUAGGUAAAUUUAAAAAAAAAAAAAAAUAUAUAAAUAUAUAUAUAUAUAUAUAUAUAUAUAUAUAUAUAUAUAUAUAUAUAUAUAUAUAUAUAUAUAUAAUUUUUUUUCAAAAUGCAAUGUAAAAUUGUGUUUUUUUGUUGUUUUUUUUUUUGUUUUUUUUUUUCUGUAUUAUCAAAUGGUGCAAUUUUUAAGUUUAUGGUUCUCAUGCAUAAGCUCAUAUUCCUUACCCACAGCAUUACUGGAGGCACGUGGUCUUCCUCCUCACCUCUUUGGUCCCCUAGGACCUCGUAUGUCCCAGCUGUUUCAUAGAACCAUCGGAAGUGGGGCAAGUAAGUAUGACUAACCAUGUGGUUCCCUAUUCUUUUUAUUAUUUAUAAAGCGCCAACAAAUUCCACCGUGCUCUACCAAAAACCUAUAUGACGCACAAGAUCAGAGGAUGUUGAGGGACAUGCUCAUUCUUGAAACUUGAUUGGUAAAAAGGUGUACUAAUCUAUGUAUGUGCAAGAUCUUUAUAAAUAUUAAGUUGUGUACAAACAGAGUAUUUUUCAUCCGUAUAUUCCAUAGAGCUACAUUGCAUUAAAGAAUAUAAAUAUAUUGGUGCAGAUUUGUUCUUGUGUACUGGUAUACAUGUAUCUAAUCUAUGCGGGGUAUACUAUUUUCACUCUCCUGCUUGCAGCUGGCAAGUGGGAACCAUGUUGCGUUUAUAAUGAUACUCCGUAUAUUGGUGUAACUGGGUUUUCGGCAAUAAAAUGUACGCAUAUAUUUUAAAUUGAAGAAAUGUAAGGAGAAUCCGUGUCCAUGUGGUUUGUUUUAACGAAGUACCAUCUUCUACAGGCUCCAAGGCCCAGCAGCUCCUGCAGGGUCUCCAAGCCACAGAUGAAAGUCAGCAACUCCAGGCUGUAAUAGAAAUGUGCCAGCUGCUAGUGAUGGGAAAUGAGGAGACUCUGGGAGGGUUCCCAGUAAAGAGCGUGGUGCCUGCUUUGGUAAGUAAUUACCUUUCUCUGCCAUUUGCACCUCUGAUUUUCAAGUGAUAACAUACUUGUUUUGUUCAGGUAAUUAAACAAGCUGCAAAUUCUAUCUUUGCAGAUAACAUUGUUGCAGAUGGAGCACAACUUUGACAUUGUAAGUUGUUUGUGGUUUUUUUUAUAAUUUAGGAAUCUCAGAUUAUGGUUAUUUUUCAUAUCUACUAGAGCAUGGAUAGGCAACCUUAGGCACUCCAGAUGUUGUGGACUACAUGCCCCAUAAUGAUCGUACACCCGUAAUGCUGGCAAGCAUCAUGGGAGGUGUAGUCGAAAACAUCUGCAGUGCCGACGGUUGGCUAUGCCUGUACCAGGGUAUAAUUUAUGGCACCCUGUUGGAUGGUUGCAGUUUUCUGUGAUCUUGUUAAUAUGUUCAUUAGGGAGACUAAUGAACUCUAAUCUUUUGAGCACUGACCUUAAUCACCUUGGAAUUUCCAGACUUUUUGCCAUGAAUUAGAGAAGUCACAGGUGCACUCAUGUGCACCCCCCAAAAAAUAAUAAUCACGGUUUAGUAAACUUAAUACACAUUAAAACUAUACAUACAUACAUGUAGCUGGUCACUAAACUAGCAAUUAACACCUGGUGUUUGCUGUUCUUUACAGAUGAACCAUGCCUGUCGAGCCUUAACUUAUAUGAUGGAGGCACUUCCUCGUUCCUCUGCUGUCGUCGUAGAUGCCAUCCCUGUAUUUUUGGAGAAGGUAAGUGGCAAAUUAAAUAUGUCCUAGAGGACACAUUAACCAUUCACUCCCAUUAGAAAUUUAUAUAUUUUGACCUCUGUACACAUCUCUUCCAGCUGCAAGUCAUUCAGUGCAUUGAUGUAGCUGAACAGGCUCUCACUGCUCUGGAAAUGCUAUCGCGUAGACACAGCAAAGCCAUUCUACAAGCUGUAAGUGCAAUUCAUAAACUGCUUUCCUCUAGUGUCUUUUUAUUUUUUUUUAUUUAUUUUUUUCUUGUAUAUGGUGCCUUGCAUUUUCUAAUGUAAACGUUGGAAAAAUCUGUAACUUUUUUUUUUUCCGCUCUUUCCUCCAGGGAGGGCUUGCCGAUUGCCUCUUGUAUCUAGAGUUCUUCAGUAUCAAUGCUCAGAGGAACGCAUUAGCCAUAGCAGCCAAUUGCUGCCAGAGCAUCAGUCCUGAUGAGUUUCACUUUGUUGCUGAUUCUCUACCAUUGCUGACACAGAGGUUAACCCAUCAGGUGAGCUUCACUCCCCAUCCAGAUUUUGACUGAUCACUAUACAUGUUGAGUGUUCUCUCAUCAUCCGAAAUGGUUAAGUACAGAUUCAGGUAUCAUUUGGCGACUCAUCAGAUUGCUUAUUACUCACCUAAUCACUUGUUUUAAUAACGCUCCACUGCAAGCAGAGCACAUGUCCUCGAGAAACGGUCACUGGCUUUCAUAGACUUUACUCCUAUACAUUUGUAACUGUGACAUCUUCCACCUGUCUCCACUUAUGCAUCGGUCAUGGCAGAAAAUUGCAUUGAUAUAUUUAGUGUAUAUAAUAUGCAAAUGUAUUUAUAUGAAUGUUAUGAAUUACAUUGUGAUUGUUAACUGUUUAUGCUGUGGAUAAUAAGUUUGUGUUGAAAAAUCUAAAUUUAUCCUAUAAUGGAAAUAGUUCACCUGUCCCUCAGUAAGCCUUUUAGUUUACUAUGCAAUUGCGUAUUUGCAGUGAUUUUAUUUUUUUAAAUGGGUAUUGACAGUAACAAAUCUGUGCUUUCAUUUUUUACAUUUGGUUUUUGAUAUUCUUUCUCCAUCAUUGCACCAGGCUCUUUGUAGAACUGUUUAUUUACUGAUCAUGUUGGUUUCACAUCCUGUAGGUAGAGCAGUGGUUCUGUUACAUAGUUGGAUUUUUUUUAAAAGCAACAUUACAUUUUAUAAUCCCAUUAGUUGAAGAUCCUGUUUACUGCGUGACUGCUUUUGUUUAUUUUGUGUAUAUUUGUCAGUUGGAUAUGUACAAAGUUCCAUUAAUUACAGAAGACUAAGCAAAUAUUCUAUUUUACAGGAUAAGAAGUCUGUGGAGAGCACUUGCCUUUGUUUUGCACGACUGGUGGAUAAUUUUCAGCAUGAAGAGGUAAUGCUUCAUUAAUGCUGUUUUUGUUUCUCCUAAUUUUAAGUUGAUUAAAAGCAAGUCUUCAGUUUGAGGGUAUGGAAUCUUGCUUCUUUACACGACUCACUGAAAUAAGGUGUAAACAUUUUGCAGUACCUACCGCCUCUUAUUGAAAAUAAAAUACAGCGUAUUCUCAGUAUAUUCUCUCUCCCUCGCUUGCUCGCUCCCUAUUUUGGCCUAAAAUUUGCCAUUUCCCUGUGAAUUCUUGGUAUAGUGAAUAACCCUGUAUGUGUUUUAUAUAAAACUCUAGCUUGUUAUAAGACAUUCCUUAAUCUUCCCAGGUUUUAGUAUAUGAUUUACAUAAUGUCUACAAAGAUGAAAAUCUCACAUUGUUGGUACUGCAUUUUCUUUAUACACUUUUGAUAUUCUGGGGAAAGGAGAUACGUAUAUUCUCAUGCAACCACAGUUUGUAGAAGGCCAUGUUAUGUUCCUCCUAUAUCUUUUUUAGUGAUUUAUUUAUUUUUAAUACUGCAAUCGAUUUUUGUCUCCAGAAUCUACUGCAGCAAGUGGCUUCACGGGAUCUGCUCACCAACAUCCAGCAACUUUUGGUCGUGACACCACCUAUCCUAAGCUCGGGCAUGUUCAUUAUGGUGGUCCGCAUGUUUUCUUUGAUGUGUUCAAAUUGCCCCAUGUUGGCUGUGCAGCUCAUGAAACAGAGUAAGUUCACGUCACUUGCUUUUAAAGAGAAUGUUAUUGAAUAGCUUAUAUUUUCAAACUAUUCUGUGUGACUUAUUUUUUAUAAUACUCUGUAAAGAUAACGUACACAAUCCUAUUGUGGCGUAUCAAAGCAGUCAGGAAAUUAACUCUCAAAGAGGUUACUCCGAGCACUAUAACAACUUCAUCUAAAGGUUCCAGGGGUUCUCUUACCUUAAGGGGUAAGUUUAACGAAAAAGUGUGCCUCAAACGCCAAUCAUCAGGUCUCCCAGCCGGCAUCAGCUUUUGCAUCUAAAUUUCAUAAAGCGCUGAGUGGCGCCCAGCAGGAUUGCAACUGAUUGGCUUAGAGAGGUCAACUGACUCUCUCAGCCAGUCCGUAACUCCCCAUUUAUAAAACUGGCUUGGAAGAACCGUACGGUUUCCUUUUAGAUGAAGUUGUUAUGGUGCCUAAACUAUCUCUUUAUUGACAAGGAAAUUGGUUUGUUUGCCACUGUCAAAUAAAACCGGCUUUUCUUAAAUUAAUUUUGUGUAGUUGUGCAGAUUUUAUGAUAUAGGUUUCACAACAAACACAAAAGUCGUUGGGAUGUUGGAACACCAUUCAGUAGGGCCAUCUUUGGUUCAGGUUUUAACCACUGCAAGUUGGUGAGGGCUGCUACUCAUUCAUGGAACCAUAUCAAGGUCAGGAUGAUCUUGCGAACGGGAGUUCUUCCAUUUGACAGAGAAUGUGUAUUGGUCAGUGAAAGCUAGACUUGGUUAGAAUGGUUUAUGGGCUAAACAACAAUUACUAUGACAAUUAGAGUUGGAAUAUCAUUAUGGGUUUAAAGGGACUAAGCAGGCAUGGGCUUGUUUAUGGGUCCAUGUCUCCUGGUGUUUCAGGAAAAUUAGAUCAAACACAUGACUGUAAUUUGGUAGUUAUACCAGAAUUGGAAAAUCUGUAGAGCGUCGGCUAAAAUAACCAGAUUGUCAAACGGAUUUCACAUCGUUGCAUAGUUAAUUAACUAGGCUGUUUCCAUAAAUUGAGGAGUUAAAAUGGAGUCUUUAAGUUUAAUUUUGAAAUUGGGAAAAACCACGUGAGCAAAUUCAAUGGCUUAUUUGCAGUUUAAUAUACAACUCUCUUAAUAAUAAAUUACAGAACCUUUGUGUUACAUGACUCCUUUGCUCAGGCUUUUCUCUGCCCAAUGGUUUUUGGGCAUUAUAAAUCCGAACAAAAAAAAUUCAAGACAAAGUUGUGCGAAUUCAUAACUUAGGGGCACUCCAGUUCCCUAACGCACUCUCCCCCGGCUGUCAGAUAAGUGGUCCUGUUACUUCCUGGUUUGCUUCCUGGUGGAGCUAAGCUCAAGAGCAUCUGCCUACAAAAACUUCUCAUUGAGCUGCAUUAUGAAGUCUGAUUAGUCAGAUACAGAACCACUUGGCAGGGUUAGAAGGGGACAACUUGCAAGAGAUCUGUAGCUUAAAGAUGUUUAUACAUACACUGUCAACGAGGAAAAAAAUGCAUAAUUAAAUGCAUGCAUGUUUUCAUUGGGUGGGGGGACACUAUGGGAGAGGGGAGGAGGGGAAAGGACAUGAAGGGACAGGGGAGGAGGAGGGGAAAGGACACGAAGGGAAGUUUUUUCAUAUUAGAUUAAAUUCAUUAAAAAGUCUAAUUAAAUUAUAGGAAAACUUUUUUUUUUUUUUUCCUGUGAGCAGUGUGAUCUUGUUGAAACUUAAGCAAAGUUCAGUUUUUGUUGCGAAGUAAACUUGCCAUUUGUCCAUUGAUGGAGUACAAUGGAUACAGUGAACAUUAGGAGAGAGAAACUUAAAGAAAAAGACUGUGCCACUUUAACUAAAAUUAAAUUUUCACUUUCCUUGUUUUUAACGUUUUACUCUUUUUGCCUUCAAGGUCUUUUUGGGUAUUUUAUUUAUUUUUACCAUGAGAAUGAAAGCAAAACUAGGUCUUAUUCAGUAGCAUUACGUUUCAAACAUUUUUGUACUUAACACAUUGGUUGUUCUUGUUUUUAGAUAUUGCGGAGACCUUGCAUUUCCUUUUAUGUGGGGCUUCUAAUGGCAGCUGCCUGGAGCAAAUUGAUCUGGUCCCUCGAAGUCCACAAGAGCUAUACGAGUUAACAUCACUUAUAUGGUAUGUAUAGUACAGCCAGUAUUGCAAAUACUUAUAUUAAACUGUCUGGUUUUUGAGCGUGUUUGGAUGUGACAUUCUCACUAGUAUAAUUUUAAAUGGCCACCACUAGACUAUAUGAUAGUCAGAAUGUUGCAAUGACACCUAGUUAUAGAUGGGGAAAAAGACGCUAUAAGUUAUUAAACCUAUAGCUUGCACAAUGGCAAUCAAAAUUCACGGUCUCGUUCAUUAUAAAACAGGACUAUUUUCUUAUUGUUCAUUAAUAUUUCCCAAAAAUACCUUGUUUCUUGGAGGUCACCGAUACCUAUGGAAAGUAUUUCUACAUUUGGUAGGGUACCCCAGCAUACUCUCCAGCAAUAAAUGCUUUCAGAUCAGUUAUUGUACAUUUUCAACCCUAUACCCUCUUUACGGGUGAUAAAUGGAAGACUUGUAGAGGCAUGGAUUCUUCGUUCUUAAGACUCCAACCUAAUGGCUCCAUUAUCAAUGUCAGUCAUCCUUGGAAAGAAUGAAAGAUGUUUUGGAUUUUAGAUCCAUUAAUCUUAAAGUAUCUUUAAGAAAAAAAUGUAAGCUUUCUUCAUAUUCCCCUCGUUGAUUUAUUCCAUAUUGCGUUACAUGGUGUAUAUUUAAAUACCGUUGUACUUUUUUACAAUGGUGAAUUCUUUGUGAAUUUUUUUUCAAUUGAUUAAGGAAGAAAUUGUUGUGCUGCAUGUGCCAUUGUGUGUGUUUUGGUCUCACUGUCCCUGUGCUGUUGUUGGAAUGACUGUGUCCUCCCAUUGCUGGCUGUGCUAUAUUUUAUGCAAGGACGAUAGACUACAGUUUUGUGCUAUUAUGAUGGGAUGAGGUUGCAAUGCUACCUGAUGCUGCGGUCUGUCCUGCCUUGCAUUGGUCCUUGUGUGGUUUUGCUGAACUGUGCUCUCUUGCAAUGUUUAGGGCUUUAUACAGCUGCCUGUGAUGUCUUGCAAUAUUUGUGACCAGAGGUUGCUGUUAUUUGGCUGGUGGAUUUUAUAAAGGAACACUAAAUGCAGCCAUACCAUUUCAUCGCAUUGAAUUUGUCUUGAUGCAGUGUUCCUGUCCCCUUAACCCUGCAAUGUAAAAUCUUGCAGUUUCAGAGAAGCUGUAAUGUUUAUAUUGCAGGGUUAAGACUGCCUUUAGUUGCUGUCUACCAUACAGCCACUAGAGGCGCUUCCUGCAGUUUCUUGGAGUUUAACUCUGUGAAACACUGAAUGUCCUUGUGCUUUAUAGGCAACUUAUGGGGAAAGCUUAAAGUAGCACUAUAGGGUCAUUAGAAAAAUAGAAACAUGGAAUGUGACGGCAGAUAAGAACCAUUUGGCCUAUCUAGUCUGCCCAAUUUUCUAAAUACUUUCAUUAGUCCCUGGCCUUAUCUUAAGUUUAGGAUAGCCUUAUGCCUAUCCCACGCAUGCUUAAACUCAUUUACUGUGUUAACCUCUACCACUUCAGCUGGAAGGCUAUUCCAUGCAUCCACUACCCUCUCAGUAAAGUAAUACUUCCUGAUAUUAUUUUUAAACCUUUGUCCUUCUAAUUUAAGACUGUCCUCUUGUUGUGGUUUUUCUUCUUUUAAAUAUAGUCUCCUCCUUUACUGUGUUGAUUUCCUUUAUAUAUUUAAAUGUUUCUAUCAUUUCCCCCGUCUCAUCUUUCCUCCAAGCUAUACAUGUUAAGAUCCUUUAACCUUUCCUGGUAAGUUUUAUCCCGCAAUCCAUGAACCGGUUUAGUAGCCCUUCUCUGAACCCUCUCUACAGUAUCAAUAUCCUUCUGAAGAUACGGUCUCCAGUACUGUGUAAAAUACUCCAAGUGAGGUCUCACCAGUGUUCUGUACAAUGGCAUGAACACUUCCCUCUUUCUACUGCUAAUACCUCUCCCUAUACAACCAAGCAUUCUGAAAAAGGUCCCUCCCCUCCAUCAGGGCCCCUCCUGCUGAGCUGAAGGGGUUAAAACCGCUUCAGCCACUUACCUUAAUCCAGCACCGGGCUCCCUUGGUGCUGCUGACAUCUCCUCUCCGUGCCGACGUCCGCUCUGAAUGCGCAUACGCGGCCAUAGCCACGCGUGCAUUACUCAGUGCUUUUCCUAUGGAAGUCGGCGUCAUCUCACUGUGAUUUUCACACUGAGAAUCGUGGAAGCGGCCUCUAGUGGCUGUCAGGGAGAUGGCCACUAGCAGCUGGAUUAACCCUCAAUGUAAACCUAGCUGUUUACAAGGGGGACCUGGCACCCAGACUACUUCGUUGAGCUGAAGUGGUCUGGGUGCAUAUAGUGAUCCUUUAAUGUGCGCAUUACUUCCCCCUGUUGCUUUUUAUAUCAAGUAUUUUUGGAUCUCUUAGCUUGGUUUAUUUGCAACUGAAAGACUCUGCUGUUUGGAAUAUUUAGAACAGAAUCUAACUGCUGCUUUUGCCAUUUCAGUGAACUGAUGCCGUGCUUACCGAAAGAAGGAAUAUUUGCUGUUGAUACAAUGUUAAAGAAGGGUAAUGCUCAAAACACUGAUGGAGCUAUCUGGCAAUGGAGAGAUGAUCGUGGUCUUUGGCACCCAUACAGCCGAAUAGAUAGCCGCAUUAUCGAGGUAGCAGUUUUAUCAUCAGUGAUUUAAUGUCCUUUGUACUCUACAUCUUUCAGAAUUGAACUUAACCUAGCGAUUUAGUGUGUGUGUGUUUUAUAAUUGUACAUGUUAUACACCUUUAUCGCUAUUGUAGAAAUAUUUAAGGUGGUUUCUAUAUUCAUUCUCAUUUAGAUUAUAAUUUUACUAAAGCUACUUGAAUGAAAGAGAAAACAGGAAAAAAAUUGCGAAUAAUGUAUAUAAUUUUAAUAACUGACAUAAGAUUUCAACAUUUAUAGUACAGCAUGUACAUUUACUGAACCACACCUUGUUAACUUGUCUGUCUACUGAAUGAUGCAUUACAUCAUGUUUAGGUAUGCUGUUAUGUAGUUUGUUUUUGUAGUUUUGUUAUUUUUAGCUUUUGCACGUCUAUGUAAUUUGCUGUAUCUGUUUGCCUUGGUUGCCCCCUCCCCUUCAAUCCCACCUGUUGGCUGUCUAUGGGUAGAUGCAUAUAUGCAUUGUAUAGCUUUGUAUACAUUUCUUCCUACAUACCUUGCUGUCAUGUUCUUCAAACAUCUUGGAGAUUUGUCAAAGCAUAAUUAAAAACGAAUUAGUGCAACACCCUUAAAGUGAAGAUAUUACUAUGGAAUUUGUAGUAAUGUUUUCAUGUUGAUUUCUUCAUCUUUAGAACUUUGCCGCUUUUUAUCUUUACAACAGAGAUCUCCCCCUAUCUUACCCAAACAGCUGUAUUUUAACAUCUGUGUAGAUUAGCAUUACUUAUGACCGUUAGGCAAUGUGUUGUCCUAUAUGGGUGCCAAUUACCAGAGCCUAGAUUAUAAAAAUGAGUUUAUCACUUUCAUGCCUGAGAUUAUCCUAUUUUGUAUGUAUUUUUUUUUAUAUAUAUAUAGUAAACAUUAAUAUGGUAAGUUUUCUAAGAAAAAGGCCCUGUGUUAUGGUGCUUGCCAAGUCUCUAGAAGUGGCCUGACUCUUGCCCAUUGAGAAAUGUCUCCCACUGUUCAGUAGCCCCAAUUUAUUAGGGCAGCUAAGGCAUAUUGUGCUGGGCUACUGAAACACUAUGGAGACCAGCACAGCAGAUAUGAAAGCAUGUCAUAAGUGUUGCCAUUUCUCUUUUGCCUGUGUCGCCAUGGAAUUUUAUUAACUUUUUGUGUCUCAUGGCCAUUUAAUUUAAUUUAAUCUACCAAUUAAUUUAAUCAACCAUUCAAGUUGAGAAUUCUAUUGCGGUUAUUUUACCAGGAAUUAUUUUAAAGCAUCUUAGAGCUGCUUGUGCCAUUAUUUCCUCCAUAAUAUUGCUUUUUUUUUUUUUUUAGAAUUGUAUAAUAUGGUUGCUAACCUGAAUUCACAGGCACAGAAUUUCUUAAUUUGAUUUCACAUAAUAAAAUCACAAAACACUUUAAUGGUAUGACCCAUUGGAUAGAUUGGCAUGUAUAUAGCAUUGGUAACCCAGAGAGGACAAAACACAGUCUAACAUUCUGCGUGACAAAGUCUUGGUGUUUCUAUUCAAGGAUUAUCUCUCUGUUUUAUAUCUGUGUUCUCAGGCAGCCCAUCAGGUUGGUGAGGAUGAAAUAAGUUUGUCUACACUGGGGCGUGUUUAUACUAUUGAUUUUAAUUCUAUGCAGCAAAUCAACGAGGAUACCGGAACUGCACGCGCCAUUCAGAGAAAACCUAAUCCUUUAGCCAAUGCUAACACUAGUAAGUAUUCCACUUUUGCAUUUAAUCUCUUACUAUGAUAUAUAUUAUUUUUCAUUUUGUAGGGUGAAAAUCAUCCAGUAGAUAUAUUUAUUUCUUUAGGGGUUUAAUUUGAUUAGAUAUUUAUUUAUUCCAAUGUGUGUGUUUUGUAUGUGUAUAUGCAGUUGAUAACCACGUUCACUUAUAUCUGUUUUUGAUGAGUUGCUUGACCCACUAGCAUCAGUUUGGAAGUUUUGCAAGGCAGAGGAAAACCGAAAAUGUGUUGGUGCUCAUGGAUUUUUAAACCUAAUAUUUCCCCUUAAUUUUUUUCAGGCCAAUACCCAAAACACUUUAAGCCUUUUGCAUUAUUAAUUGUGCUUGUAAUGUAUACAUUUUUAUUAUGAUGCUUAUCAAUAAUAAGUUGCAAAAAAAAAAUCUGGACCAAACCAUGUCAAAUCUAUCUAGUUGACACCUGGUAUCGUCAGUUAUUUAAAAAGGAAAUUGGUUAAACCAUAUUCAUUCACAAGCUCUUUUUAUAAAGUAGGUUGCAUUGAAUUAAUUAAUGUAUUCAUUUUUUUUAAAUGAUGCAGAUAACAUUAAAAAAACUACUUUUAGUACAUGAAUAAGGUGAGUGGUGCAAAUGUAUGGUAGGGGAAUGAAUACAACAAACUAAUCUUGAUUGUAUAUUAAAAAUCUAUUCCCUGUGCACUUGGUCUUCUAUGGAAAUAAAGGAAGCUGUAAUAUAAGCAAUGGCACGCAGCCCAGUGAUCUCUCAUAAUAUUGCGAUGUCCCUCUUCUUAACAAGUGGUGUUCUCUGCAAGUAUUUGGUUUCGACAGGUUUACUCUACAGCUGUUUUGCUGAUGUGCAGAAAUUCAGAGGAUUCUGUGAAUCUCUUAAAAGAAGUAAUCCAUAAUCUUUUCUUUUGCCUCCUAUAGGUGGACAUUCUGAACUAAAAAGGGAUGAUGCCAGAGCGCAGCUGAUGAAAGAGGACCCUGAGCUUGCCAAGUCUUUUAUUAAGACCUUAUUUGGUGUGCUGUAUGAGGUGUACAGCUCUUCCGCCGGGCCUGCCGUUAGACACAAGUGCCUUAGAGCAAUUCUUAGGAUAAUUUAUUUUGCGGAUGCUGAGCUCCUGAAAGAUGUGUUGAAGAACCACGCAGUGUCCAGGUAUUGUUUGGGCUGAUAUUUGUAAGACUGCCAUUGUUAGGCGGCAGCUGUGUGGAUGGGGAAUCAUCAUUGUAUGUAGGAGCGAUGCAUUUUGCUUGGUCUACCAGCCAUUUUUUGAGUACUGUUAAGUGCAUAGAGUUCCAGAAAAUAUCAAGCACAAAUGUUUUAGCCUAAUUAUUUAUUUAUUUUAUAUUUUCUAGUCACAUUGCGUCAAUGCUGUCAAGUCAGGAUCUCAAAAUUGUAGUAGGAGCUCUUCAAAUGGCAGAGAUUUUAAUGCAGAAGCUACCUGAUAUUUUCAGUGUGUACUUCAGAAGGGAAGGUACGUGAUUUUACUUAUUUAUUGUUGAUAACCCAAUAUUUGUUUUAUGUAUGUCUUAACAUUGACGUUGAUGAAAUAGUUGCACGGUUCGUCUCAUUAGCCAUAUAUUUAUAUAAAUUACUAUAUAUGUAUGUUUGCCAUACAUAUAUAGUACCCUUUCUGCAUGAAUUUUGCACAUUUAUUUGUUUGCCAUCUGUUGAGGUGAUUAGCCUCUUGUCUAUCAGUCAGGUAAACAGGACACAUUUUGUUUUCUCCCUGCCACAGGUGUAAUGCACCAAGUAAAAAAUUUGGCUGAGUCAGAAACUCUGUUAACAAGUCCACCAAAGGUUUGCACAAAUGGCUCUGGCUCUCUGAGCAGCACAACGACCAUAAGCACUGUAGCUGGAAGUGCAGCUGCUGACCUUGGGUCACCCAGCCUACAACACCGGGAUGAUUCACUUGACCUUAGUCCACAAGGGUGAGUGAAAAUCUUUUUGAUAGAGUUGGAAAAUACCCACUGGUGCGCUUACUGCACCAACACUGUACAAAUGUUAUAAACAACAUUAAUUUAGCACCUCAUUGACCAAAUUAGCACAAUAUAUUUUUCACUGUAAUUCUUUUUAACAUGUAAGCCAAAGAAAUCCAUGGCAAUAGUACAAUGACUGCUCCCACCAAUCAGGAGGGUUUUAUUUUAACACUUUGCUUUCACGACUUUAGACGGCUGAGUGAUGUUUUGAAGAGGAAAAGACUGCCAAAACGUGGUCCGAGGAGGCCAAAGUGUUCCCCACCUCGUGAUGAAGACAAAGUAGACAAUCAAGGUGAUAUUUCUGUUCACUUAUGACCAACUUUUAUUUUUUAUUUUAUUUUUUCUAAACUGUUAUGGACACAUUUGUAGAAUGUAAAACAGUCAAAUGUGUUGAAUCUUUACAAGACAUACUAAUAAAAUUUGCUUAAACUUUUAUUAUAUUAAUGUGGCAACCUGAAACAAUUUAAAUCCACACUCAAGACAGGAUUUCACUCUUCCUUCUUUGAAUAUUAUGCAAGAAUGCGUAAAAAAUGAAAUGAAAUAAAGUAUAAUUUUCCUUUUAUAUCCUGUACAACAAUCCCAUGCUGUGCAGAAUGUGCAAGGAGCGGUCGCCAAAGAAGUGACCAAUGCCUCCUUUAAUUUCUGUAAAACUCCUGCCCUAAAUCCCAUACGUUCGAUAAAGAGCAACUCCAAGAAACCUUACUAGGUCCACAAACUCUGUUACUAUUCUGCAGUUGAAAGCCCGCUACUUAACUAUGAGCGAAAGGAAUUGCAUCAUAUAAAACAGUACUUUCAGAGCAGAAAAGAAAAUUUCAAUGUGGUAGUGAGCGUAAAGAAAGGAGUUUCUUUUUUUUUUUUUUCUUUUUUUUUUUUAUCAAUAACAAAGGAACAUUAACAUAACUAUAAUCUUUAACACCAGUUGUUCUAUUUUUAUAUAGGUAUUUUUUUUCACUGUAAAUAUUGUUUAGCUACGUAUUAAACAUAGGGUGCAAUUUGCUAAAUAUACCUUUUCCGAAAUGUAUUAUAUUCAGCCCACUUAAUUUUCAUUGGGUUUUGGGGAAUAAACUAUUUCGAUCUCAAGUCGGGAAAUGAAAGUUGUGCAACCAGUCUAAUAACAAAUGUUUUGUCCAUCCUCUUUGCUCUGAUCGCUGUAAAUAUCAAUGUUCAAAGGAACAUUCCAGGCACCAUAACAACUUUGGCUUAAUGUGUAUAGAUCAUGCCCCUGCUCUUUGUUUAUGUUUAUAUAGCCCUAGCCACACCUCUCUUGCCUGUAACUGACACAGCCUGCAUGAAAACAAAAUGGUUUCAUUUUCACUCAGAUGCAACUUACUUUAAAAGUUUUUAUUUCCUGCUCUGUAAAAGGAACUUUAACACAGGAGGCUCCUGCAUGGUCUAGCAAUCUAUUAACAGAGCUGGAGAUAAAGUGUAAUUAAUUAAAUAGAAUUUGCCAUAAAGGAAAUGUAAACAUUGGUUGACUCAAUACAGAAGUGUUUAGGAAGCCACAGGGACUACAUAAACAAAGGGGUUAACUCCUAAAUGGCAGAGAAUUGUGCAGUGAGACUGCGGGGGCAUGAUCUGUGCACUAAAACUAAUUAAGCUAAAGUGGUUUUGGUGACUAUAGUCUCAUUUUAAAUAACCAUUUACUGAAAAAUAUCUACUUCAGCUAGACUUUUUAUAGUUUGGCCAUAGCACAAAGUUUAAUUCUGUAUUUGUACACAUGUUUGAAUGUUAAUGUCACAUAUAUUAUGACUUCUGUGCAUAUGAACUAUUGCUUUAAGACUUUCUGGAAUUACAGAAUCUUUAACUUUUACUAGUCAGUUGCAAGCCUGUAUGUGAGAAUGCUUUCAAUUAUAGGUUAUUUCUUCCUUUUUUUUGUAUUUAGCCACUGACUUCUUUCCCCCUCCCUCCUGCUGUUCAGCAAAAAGUCCCACAACCACACAGUCCCCAAAAUCCUCAUUCCUGUCCAGCUUAAAUCCAAAGACCUGGGGCAGGCUAAGCACGCAAUCUAACAGCAACAAUAUUGAGCCUGCACGUACAGCAGGGGUCAGUGGAUUGGCAAGGACAGCUUCCAAGGAUACCAUCUCCAACAACAGGUAAGAUCGUUUUAGGUAUUGGUCAUUUCCUCUUUUUCUUUAAACUUUACAUGUUGACAAUGCGAGAUAUAAAGGGUAUUGCCUAUACAAGUCUCUCACUGUGGUCUUGGUAUAUUUUCUUUACAUCUAGCAAGUAUGGAAGAUAGUUGCACUUUCAAAUCCAUUUUUGAAAUGAUUUCCACUUGUAUGUAUUCUCUGAUACAACUAGAUUUUUUUAUUUUUGUUCUUGUUUUCAUUUUAAAGAGAGAGAAUCCGUGGAUGGAUAAAGGAGCAGGCUCACAAGUUUGUGGAACGAUAUUUUAACUCUGAGAACAUGGAUGGGAGUAACCCUGCUCUUAAUGUGCUACAAAGACUUUGCAAUGCCACCGAACAGCUCAAUCUCCAGGUAUGUUUUGCAUACUAUAGGAACAAACAAGUUGCUAAUCUACCUCAGAAAAUCAUUAACCCCUUCAGGACCGGACUGAUUUUGCGAUGUUUGUACAUUAAGGACCAGAGUUAUUUAACACUUUGGUGUUUGUGUUUAGCUGUAAUUUUCCGCUCUCUCAUUUACUGUUCCGAUACAAAUUAUAUAUUGUUGUACUUACUAUUAUUUUUAUCAUGUCAUAUAAUUUAAUUUUAAAGCAAAUAAUAAAAUAUGGUGAAAAAUUAAAAAAAAAAAAAAAAAUUUUUUGACUUCUACUUAAAAAAUCUUUUACUGAUCUACAAAAUCGAAUGAAACAAACGGCUAAAUAGAUAAAAAAAUGUGUCCUGAGUUUAAAAACACCCAAUGUUUACGUGUUUUUUUGCUUUUAUUUGCAAGUUAUAGGGCUAUAAGUACAAGUAGGAUAUUGCUGUUUCAAAAUGUACUUUUUUCAAAUGUAUCAAUAGUGACAUUGUAACACUGUUAUGUCAUAAAUCUCAAAAAAACACCCCACAUGUAUAUAUUUUACUUAAACUAGAUAACCCAGGGUAUUCAUCUAAGAAUAUAUUGAUACUUUCUAUGCAGUCAUUUUACCACAAACCUUUGCCAAACUUUGGAUAGGUAGUUUAUUUUUUUUAUUUUUUUCACAUACAUUGCAUUUCAGGUAUAAAUUCAGAUUCUGUUAGGUGUCCCUGCCAAACACCCCAAUAUGUGUUCAGCAACAUCUCCCGAGUACAGUGAUACCACCCACGUAUAGGUGUGUCGGCUUGCUGGGGGGCUAAAAGGACACAUUUGGCAGGUGCUCAUAUCCAUUUCCCAGCUUGGAAUUUUGACAUGUAGUCAACCUGCAUGCAUGUCCUAUUUGGGACAUUUUUGAAGCCAGCCAAUGUAUUUUACCCCCAUCAAACCAUAUAUUUUUGAAGAGUAGACACCCUAGGAUAUUUCACAUGGUGGUAUCUUAACACGUUUCAUGCACUGAAUUCUACCACCAGGCUUUGUCAAAGAUUGAGUUAGUACAUUUUUUUUUUUUUUUUUCACACACGUACUUUAGGCAUGAAUUAACAGAUCCUGUUAUGUGUUACUGCCAAACAACCCAAUAUGUUCAGCAACAUCUCCCGAGUACAGUGAUACCCCCUGUGUAUAGGGUUGCUGGGUUGUUUGGGGGCCAAAAGGCAACAAUCAGAAUGUGUACAUGUCAGUUUUUCAACUUGAUAUACAGGGAGUGCAGAAUUAUUAGGCAAGUUGUAUUUUUGAGGAUUAAUUUUAUUAUUGAACAACAACCAUGUUCUCAAUGAACCCAAAAAACUCAUUAAUAUCAAAGCUGAAUAUUUUUGGAAGUAGUUUUUAGUUUGUUUUUAGUUUUAGCUAUGUUAGGGGGAUAUCUGUGUGUGCAGGUGACUAUUACUGUGCAUAAUUAUUAGGCAACUUAACAAAAAACAAAUAUAUACCCAUUUCAAUUAUUUAUUAUUACCAGUGAAACCAAUAUAACAUCUCAACAUUCACAAAUAUACAUUUCUGAAAUUCAAAAACAAAACAAAAACAAAUCAGUGACCAAUAUAGCCACCUUUCUUUGCAAGGACACUCAAAAGCCUGCCAUCCAUGGAUUCUGUCAGUGUUUUGAUCUGUUCACCAUCAACAUUGCGUGCAGCAGCAACCACAGCCUCCCAGACACUGUUCAGAGAGGUGUACUGUUUUCCCUCCUUGUAAAUCUCACAUUUGAUGAUGGACCACAGGUUCUCAAUGGGGUUCAGAUCAGGUGAACAAGGAGGCCAUGUCAUUAGAUUUUCUUCUUUUAUACCCUUUCUUGCCAGCCACGCUGUGGAGUACUUGGACGCGUGUGAUGGAGCAUUGUCCUGCAUGAAAAUCAUGUUUUUCUUGAAGGAUGCAGACUUCUUCCUGUACCACUGCUUGAAGAAGGUGUCUUCCAGGAACUGGCAGUAGGACUGGGAGUUGAGCUUGACUCCAUCCUCAACCCGAAAAGGCCCCACAAGCUCAUCUUUGAUGAUACCAGCCCAAACCAGUACUCCACCUCCACCUUGCUGGCGUCUGAGUCGGACUGGAGCUCUCUGCCCUUUACCAAUCCAGCCACGGGCCCGCUGGUUAUGUGUUACUGCCAGAAAACUUGUUAGAGCAAAUGUGGAGGUAGCAAAUGUACAUUUAGCAGCAAUCUUUAAACUGACUCCUGCAAAUAGAAUCUAACUGGAGAUUUGGGGGAAGGAAACUGACUAUCAAAAAAACGGCUGCUUUCCAAAGAGACAAAAAAUAAAAUUAAAAAUUCAUGAACACUCUUACAACUGUUCUGUGUGGUACAGCUUGAAACCUGUUCCUACACACAGUCCUGGUUUCGAAGGGCUGUCUGUCCUUUCCCGUUUUUAAAACAGACCCGGCAAUGUUUCGUGGGGGGGAUUUCUAGCAGUUGGCGGUAGCUUAAAAAUAAAAUGCCUGUACUCAGCUUGCACCGUUGUUGGAAUUUGUCCAUCUCCAUAAAUUGUUAAAGAAAUUUUCAACUGAAAUUGAAGAAAGGUGGUUUUCCCUGGAUUAUUUUUUUAAAAAGCAAAAAUGAGUUGUGGGUUGCUAUUUGCAUCAGAUGGCCACCUUUUUAUACCAUGCUUUUGGUUUUUCGUAAAAUAAGAUAUGGCUGCAUCAGCUGAUCAGCCAAAUCAACACCCCCAUGUACUUAUUAUACGCCCUGAUGCAAACCGGUUUGGACUCUUCUCUGCCCCGGACAGAGACGUCUGACAUGCGUUCGUCAUGGAUGGUGGUUAGCAUGUUGACAUCCUUUCUGUCCCUAAAUUUUAUUGCAAGCACUUCAGCUUUGCGAAGUGCUUUACAUUCGCCUUUUUUUAAUUUUGCAUCUAUGAGAGAUCGUGGAAAGUCUUUGGAAUUUUUUCUGGCAGACGGACACUGCUAUAAAAAUUAUCCACAUAAACAAACAAGGGGUUUAGUAAGUCCCAUACAAGUUUCCCACUUGUCCCCAGGGAGUCAGGACAGCCAGGAGGGUCCAGUUGACCAUCUUUCCCCUCAUAUACAUGAAAGGCAAACGUGUAUCCACUUUCACUUUCGCACAGUUUGUACAGUUUUAUGCCAUACCUAGAGCGCUUUGAGGGGAUGUAUUGUCUGAACCCUAAUCUCCCUUUGUAUUUCUUUAGAGAUUCAUCUAUGGAUACAUUUUGUUGGGGGGUAUAAACAUCUGAAAAUGGUCUAGCAGUGGGCGUAUUUUAUGAAGCCUAUUGUAUUGGGGGUUAUCUCUAGGGUGACAGAGGGUAUUGUCACUGAAAUGUAAAAAUCUCAGCAGUAAUUCGUAUCUGGCUCAAGGCAUGGUUUGGGAGAAUACUGGACUAGACAUUAUUGGGUUGGUGCUCCAGUAUGAGCGAAUCGAUGGCUUCUUUAUAAUCCCCAUGAGCAUUGAAAGAGCACAGAAUUUUUUAAGCUCUGGGACAUCUGUGGGAUGCCAGUCAUGCUCCCUGACUGUAUAGCUACCUGGAUUGUUAUCAAUAAAUUGGGUAGCGUACAAGUUAGUCUGGGAAGCAAUCUCCUCCCAUAUGGUAUCUCCUAAAAAUUGUUCUACAUACUGCAUUGGGAAAAGCCAUCCACUUUAACAUUAAUGCCUGCGUUGGCACUAAAAGGGGGGACGUUGGGCUAGGCUAACUGUGGAGGUACCCAGUCCUCCUCCACAUUCGGCUUAGCAGAGGAAGCCCAGCUUCUUUCUUCAGCCGGCUCACGCACAGAUGACAUCUUGACUAGACGGGUCAGAUAACUGACCUGGGUCAAAGUCUGACGUCAAGAAGGCAUAUGCCUCCUGCAAGUUAUACAUACGCUGCAUGUUUUACACACGACUAAAACAAAUUACAAACACACACUUUUUUUUCUUUCUUCUUUUUUUAUUUUUUAUUUUUUACUAAAACAGACUAACUCCUGUCACAAAAAUCUAAUGGAGAUUUGGGGAAAGAAAACUGACUGACCAAGACACAGAUUUUUAAAACAAAUAUAACCUUUUAAGGACAAAAAAAAUAGACAGUACAAAUGCACUGCUGUAACAGAUCUGGCAGGGAAGGGGUUAAAAGGUGAUUUAUUUAAAAAAAAAAAAAUACUGAUACUUUCUGAUGGUCACUGAGCAUUGCUGCAACAAACUAUCUCGGUCUCUCUCGCCUCACAAAUAGCUACAGAGGAGAGAGGAGCAGAGAUCACUGUCAAAGUCACAGAUCGCUCACACGCCGCUAUUGGCUGUUACUAUCUGCCAGGGAUGUCUGGCAGAUAGUUAGUGUUACACCGGCGGGAGAGAACUUUUGAUCGCUUCCCGCAGCCCGUUUUUCGCUAUGACGGUCCUGAACCAUCAGCGGUCCUGAAGGGGUUAACCUAAUUCUUCAGAAUGAUGAGUAAACAAAAUGGAGCACUGUGGGGAUUUUUGGUUUUGUUUUUUUUUUUCCUCUUUCUCUUUUCUCUCACCCUUAUUCUUUAAACUGAAAAAUUUGGCUCCAUUGUAGAUCAAAAGACAAAUUGGACAUUAUUUUAAUCUCCGAUAUUUUGGUUGACUCUUUUCAGUUCUAUUGUCUGUGUCAAAUAAACCUUAAACUUUAGAAAUAUAUAAUUUUUUUUAUAUAUAUUUUUUUUAAAUGUUUCACUUCUGACUAACCGAUGAGCUGUGUUUAACACUCAAAUCUAAAAGACCCUGAUCGUUUCUCCCUACAUUGGUCUUUGCGUGCUGAUAAGAGUCAAUGCUCUUUGUUAAAUGCCAUGGGGGGCAUCUUCAACAUUUGAAUUCUGUGACUGCUAUUAAAGUUGGUGUCAUCCCAUUUUAUUUUUUGUAUUUUCUUUUACACGUAAUUUUAAAUGGUUUAUUUAUACUUAAUGAUGUUAUUUAUACAUAUAUGGUGUCAAAGGAAAGCUUUAUCUGUUCCUUAAUUUUUUUUUAUUUUUUUUUUAAAGUAUACAAGUGUGGGUGGAUUUAAUGAGAGGAAAAUUACUUUUGAACAUAAACAUUCACAAGUACUUGCAGGGUACACGUUUCUAUGAACCAAAUCUGAUGGAAAAACAGAUAAAAUAGUUGAUCUUUAAAAGAUUCUUGAACCCCACUAUAGUCACAGCUUGGCUAUUUUGCCUCCAUUUUCCCCGUUUGGGAUUAAUUGGUGGAAAUUCUAUGCUUUAUUGAAUAACCCUGUAGGUAUUGACUUAGUCCUUAACGCAACAGCAAUAAUGCGAGAUUGUGAAAAUUUAGUUAUGAGGCCUGCACACUCAACACUCAAAAGUGGAACACUUUGGUUACCAGAAGCAAGCACAUGUAUGACAUUAAAUCAAAAUCUCCUAGAAAGUCAGUAAAUGUGUAGCAAUUGCUUUGAAUUUUUUUCACUAGGUCUCCUUUUAACUGCAGCUCCCCCAUAAACAAUGAACAUAUAAUUAUCCUAGAUCUCUUGCAUUAAACAUGUUUAGUUUGUGUGUUUGCAAUCUUGGCAGAGCAUUUGAGUCUGCGGAUUCCUAAUGUUUUAGAAGUUUUUAUUUAAAAAAAACAAAAAAAUUCUUCCCCUUCCCCAGCUUCUAUUAUUCCACCUGCUCCUCCUUUCUUGCUUCUGUUUGUUUCACAUUCUCACUUUUCACAAUGUUUGCAUUCUUCUCUUAGGUGGAUGGUGGAGUUGAAUGCCUUGUAGAAAUACGAAGCAUAGUGUCAGAGUCUGAUGUGUCUUCAUUUGAAAUCCAGCACAGUGGGUUUGUGAAACAGCUGCUAUUGUAUCUCACAUCAAAAAGUGAAAAAGACAUAGUAAGCCGUGACAUUCGUCUCAAGAGGUUCCUGCACGUUUUUUAUGGUUCUCCUGUAAGUGUCUCAAUACUGUGAUGAAAAAAACAAAAAUGAUGCUGAUCAUUCACUGUCUGCAUGGAAAUAGAUAAUCUAAAUGUUCAAUGUUGAAGACCAUUGAGUGGAAUGGCAUCCCAAAUUUAAAAAAAUAAAUUCUGCACAGUUCUUUUAAAGGGACACUAUAGUCACCUGAACAAUCGCAGCUUAAUGUAGUUGUUUUGGUGAGUAUAGUAUGUCCCUGCAGGCAUUAAUAGGGACAUCUCCAGUGACAGUCACUUAGACUGCCACUAGAUGUGCCUCCUGGGUCAGCGCUGCACAGUGAUCUACAUGGAGGCGUUGAACAGUCCCAAUAGAGAUGCAUUGAUUCAAAGCAUCUCUAUUCGGAGAUGCCGAUUGGCCAGCAUGUCUUUCGUCUCUGCUUCUUGAUCUGCCUCCGUGCUGAGAUCAUCACAAUUGGCUAUCUCAGCCAAUACAAUACCUUCCUAUAGGAAAAAAGGCGGUUGGAGCCCGCACAGUAGACCUGCAUGGCGCUGGAAUAAAGGUGUUUUUAACCUAUUUAAUGGGGGGGUUUAACAUUAUAGGGUUACUGGUUACAACAUUAUAGGGUUAGGAAUACAUGUUUGUAUUCCUGACCCUAUAGUGCACCUGUAACAUUUUCUACAAAAAUAUCAUGUGUGUAUAUUUACUUGGAAUUGCUUUGCAUUUUAUUCACACACAUGCACACAACGUACGUUUUUUUUUUUUUGUUGUUUUUUUUUUAUAUUCUUUAUUUUUUUCAUUGCUUAGAUUUAACAUACACGCUUGUAACGCCACGAUAGUGGGUACAAGCCAAUGGAAUAAAACAUUGUACAGCAUCAUGGCAAUCAAUUUAACAGCACUUUUUUUUUUUUUUUUUUUUUGGCGAUAGAUUAAGGAACAAUACGUUGAGACUAGAUGUUAGGUUACAGUUAACAGUUGGUGCACUUUGCAAUGGCAUUUGGAGAGUUAAUGUUGCUGACGUCUGAUAGAUUAUCUUUAGCUUUAAAGUGAAUCUGGGCUAACACAUGAAGUCCCUUUUUUAAGCAUUAAUCUGGUACAUGAAAUAUGACAGUGUUCUUUAUGAGAGGAGUGAUAGCAGGUCAUGGAAGAUAAGGAGAGAAGGCUUAUACAGUAUAGACAUUAUAGACCUAUCGCUCUGACCUCCUAGAUGCCAUCAGCACCGCAUAGGUAGAUAAGUGCCUAACAAUCCAGGCAGGGGUUAAUGCAUGUCAGUCACAUAUAAUAGAAUGCUUGAAAUAAAUGCAAGGCAGUAACUGAAAUGGUGAAUAACUAGUGAAAGUCCCAGUGAUCCAUAGUUUGCCACUCCUGCUGCUCCGGGCUUGAGUGGGAAUACGGUUCACGCUUGUCCGGCUGUGUGUGUCUCUCCGAUACUGGUAUGCUGGUGCGGUUUAGUGUUUGCUGGGUCUUGAGGUUUCUCCCUCUGGAGGUGCAUGUGCAUCGGGGAGCUCCCCCUUGUGGCUCUCUGCCCGGUGUUGCGGUGAUGAGCGUUGGUAGUCUUGUGUCUCAGGUAAGUGCCAGAGGGCCGGUCGGGACUCCGCCGCAGGUGCAAGCAGUGCGGUUUGGAGAUUGCACGCGAGGUCAGGCCUGGGGUGGUAAGUAUCAGGAGAUGAGCCUUGCAGUGGGCUGUCGCCCUGCUCCUCUUUCACACGAUUCUUGUGCCUGUCAGCAAGUUUGAGCCAAAAGUUGGCGAAGAUUUCAUCCAGGCGCCUCAUUGAUGUCUCCAGACUGCCAUCACAUGGCGUGUCCGCCAUUUUAGUGGUGACUGUACGGGCUGUUGCAGCUGUCCCUUUAGUUUGAUGAGUCGAAGAGUGAGUACCGGGAUGUCCCUCACCUGCAGGGGGGGGGGGGAGGCCCCUUCACCUCUCCUUGCCCUGGCAAGAUGCUCAGCAGGGAAAUCGUCUGUUUCUCCUUAGCUGCCCCCACAGGUAGGCCUCAGAGCUGCAACGGGGUAAAACCACCACUCGAGCGGCUAAAUGUGUCGCUGAUUGUUUACAACCGGAGUUGUCUCGAUUGCUUAAGGGAUGAGUUGCUUUAUUUUGCUCGGUUCUCUAAUUUUGCAGGGAGCUCACACUAAGUGCGUCCGUCUAGCAUGGCGGUCAAGCCCCGCCCCCCCCACAACGUACAUUUCUAAUGGAAUAAUAUUGGGGUAUUCAGCUAACAGAAUUUUAGUGCUGUAAACUUUAUUUUUCACAAAAAAUAAAUAAAAAUUUCAGAUGCUUAUUGGAAUUUUCCUAGAAAAGGAAUGAUCUAUAAAAGUCAUAAACUAAUUUUUCAUCACAGUUGCCUGGAGAAGAGCCACUUGGAAGACUGGAACCAACAGAAAAUGGCAACUUACUGUCACUGAUCCAUAAGAUGAACAACUGUCUAAGUCAGAUGGAGCAGUUCCCAGUCAAAGUGCAUGAUUUUCCAAGCGGAAAUGGGACAGGAAGCCGGUAAGAAUAUUGGAGAAGUAAAAUGCUUUGAGUGGAAUAACUUUGCUCUUGUAUUUUAAAUUUUUUGUUUUAAUUUUGAAUUCCUUUUAUUUUAAACUGCCCAACUUUGACAGAGCCAUCCGGCCAGAGCAGAGCACAAUUUCCAUUUCAAAUAUCCAAAGUCUCCAAAUCCCUCAUCCAUCUGCGCAGCAUAUUAAAGUGCUCUUAAAUAUAAAUGAUAUUUAUAAUAAUGAAAAUUAGGUUUUGCUUGAAAGAAAGCUGCAUUCUCUGCACAUUAUACAAGUCUUUGAGUUCUCCUUUGAUAUGAUCAGAGGAACAUCUUUGUAUCCUUGGUAGUUCAAAUGUUGUGGCUGCAUGUUUUUUUUUUUUCCUUUCUUUCGCUUGAAUAUAAAUGGCAUACUUGCUACAGUACUUGUUUGAGCCAAUGCUUAUUAGCACAUUAAACUUUAUGUAAAUAGAGGCCACGUGCUGGGUGCAGUUUUUAAUCUCAAAAAACAAUCCAUAUUUGAGUAGUAUGUCUUAUAAUAUACAUUCCUAUGAAUCCAUUCAAAAUGACCACUUCUACUUUGGAAAAGAACUGCCUGAUUGUAUUUCUGAUAAAACUACUACUUUUGCAAUUGUUUAAAAAUGCCAGGUGAACUUUAGUGAUUAACAAUGAAAGUACAUUGGCACUGGCAAGUUUGGAUUUCCUGAAAUGUAUAAUUUUAGUGCAAAAUUGGUGCUCUGAUUUGGCUAUUUUCAGGCUGGCUGUUGUGGCCUUAAAUUUCAAAAUCAUUUUGGAUUUUUUUUUUUGACCACUCUCGUGAAUGACCUUUUGAUCGUAAUCUUGCAGAACAAAGUUCAAAGGUUUCUUAUCCAAAAGGUUCUGCACAAUAUAGAGAAAUUUUCUCUUAAGCUCCACCAUGCCAAGUUUAAGGGCACAUUAACCCCUUAAGGACUGUCAAAUGUACAUGUUUUGAUCAAAAUAAAACGUAAACAAAACUUGGAAUUUGAUUAGGUCUGUUCAACCGUAAUGUGAUAAAUUAAGAUUAUUUUUUGUUUGUUUUUGCAUGACAUUUUAACUGUGAAUGUCAUAAUACUGUUUGCUUUUACUGCAAUAAAAUACACAUUUUGUAUUCCGCGAUGUCACAUGUAAAACAGUACCCUCUAUGUACAGGUUUUAUGGUGUUUUGGGAGAUGUUACAAGGUCAAAUAUAGCAUGUUAAAUUUUUCAGUUUUUCACAUUGAAAUUCGUCAGAUUGGUUACGUUGCCUUUGAGACCGUAUGGUAGCCCAGAAAUGAGAAUUACCCCCAUGCUGGCAUUCCAUUAUAUACUUUUCUAUAACUUAUUACAGGUUGCAAGGGGACUACCUGUCAUUCCAGGCACUCCCUCUGCUGGCACUGCUAUGGACGGCUAUUCUGUCCAUGUAUUCGUGAGGUCCUCGCAAGGACCUCAUGAUCACAUGGCCCAGGAGGGCCGGAUCGGCAGCAGGGGUACUCCCUGGGAUGCCAGGUAAGUUCUUCCCCACCCCCAUCGCCGGUGAGCAGGUAAGUCCCCUAGACAGCGGGGACAUACUAUGCUGCCCGCUGGCCUUUAGAGCGGGGUCCCCAAGGAUGGCAUAGCACGCAUACCAUCCCUAAGCGGGUUAAAGGAACAGUGGUUUCCAAACAUUCUCUUUAAGUGUUCCACAGACUGGAGCACACACUUAUCCAACUGACAAUGACUCUGUUUUAUCUGGCAGCACACUCGCAGUACAAUUAUUUUGGGACAGGUUUCUGGCAGAGCAAAAACAUUUAGGGAUAUGACAGGGUCUCUUCUAUCUUUUUUUUUUUUUUUUUUGCUUGGUGUUCUGCUUCAUUUUAUAUAACUUCUAAAUUGUGUGCAGUGUUAACAUUCGAAUGAACAAAUUAACCUGGUCUCUUUCUGCUGUUCUCCAGAGGAUCCCAAGCACUGAAGUUUUUUAAUACUCAUCAGCUGAAGUGCCAGCUACAGAGACACCCAGAUUGUACGAAUGUUAAGCAGUGGAAAGGAGGACCUGUUAAAAUAGACCCCUUGGCCCUUGUACAAGCAAUUGAGAGAUAUUUAGUGGUCAGAGGUAAAUAUGAUACAAAAUUACCAAUGCAACAAACCGUUAAUUCAUACACUGUUGGUAUAGCUUUCUUUUGUGCGUGUUUUUUUUUUUUUUUUCUUUGUGGGUGGGAUGUCUUAUUUGUUUUGCGGUCACAGAGUAAACCAUUGUUUUUCAAAUGCUUUCAUUUGCCAUGUUCUUACUGAGAGCUUGUUUUUAUUUUAUUUUUUUGCUUUCCAGGUUAUGGCAGAGUGAGAGAAGAUGAUGAGGAUAGUGAUGAUGAUGGCUCAGAUGAAGAGAUUGACGAGUCACUGGUAUGAGGAUUAUAUAUGUGUCUUUAAAUGUUUUCCAUUUUUGAGAUGUGACACAUAAGGCAAUUAAAAAUAAAUUAAUAAAAAUAAAAGCUUUUGCUCGGCAGGUAUGAAAGAUCCUAUUUUCACAUCACUCCUAAAAGCUAGAUGUUUCUUCUGUCUCUGUUGAAUUUGAAUUUCACAUAUUUAGCAUAUUUAGCAUAUUUGGUGAAAUGGCACAGUCAGCACAGUUUUCAUUGCAUUUGUCUGUAGACCAUAUUGAGAAUGUAGUUUAACCACACUACAAUUUUUGGCUGCAAAUACCAGGCAGUAUAUGUAAAUUGCCAUUGCUGCUGAACACUUGUGCCUAUAUUACAUGAGCUGAUGUUUUGUACCAUUUUACUUUAAUGCAUAUUAUAAAGUAUUCUUAAAAGCUUGUGAAAUUUGCAGCUAAUCGUCUUGUGUGAUCUGCUUGCUUUCUCCCAGCAUUCCACUGUGCAUUGGUAACCGAUGAUUUCAACUGUUUCUUGAAUGCCCACUGUUCCACAUGAAGCCAAUGUUCAUUGUAAAAUGAACAGGUUUUAAAAUGAUCAGAACUAAAUCAAGGGUUGUCUAUUUUUUUUAUAUUUUUUUUUUGUCCCCGUCCCCCCCAAGGGCUCUAUGAGCUGUGUGAAUAUGCGUGGCCUUUCAUGUUUCUAUUCGCACUAUAAAGUGGUUUAAUUCUGAUUAUAGCAAAUGUUGUCUUAGUGACUUAACCGUUACAUACCUUUCAUUUUUCACCAGAUGACUGACUCUGUAAUUUCCUGUCUAUGUUGUUUAAAAUCCAUGUCUGUAAAGUUGAGGCUUAUAAAUUCCACUCCUCUCAGUAAGUAGAGACUGGAAUAUGUAUGCCUCUUCUAACUCCUGUACUUUCUAAUCCCGUCCUUAAGGCUGCUCAGUUCUUAAAUUCAGGAAACGUACGGCACCGGCUUCAGUUCUACAUUGGAGAUCACUUGCUUCCUUACAAUAUGACUGUGUAUCAGGCUGUUCGGCAAUACAGUAUACAGACAGAAGAGGAGCGAGAGUCCACAGACGAUGAGAGUAACCCCCUUGGCAGGGCUGGCAUCUGGACAAAGACCCACACAAUAUGGUGAAUGUCUAUAUUUUAUGAUUUGGAGUAACUGUUAUAAAACAGACUUAUUCACGAGAUACUUUAAACUUGUGCUAAAAUGUGGAUGUUGUUAGGUACAAGCCUGUAAGAGAAGAAGAGGAGAGCACAAAGGACACAGUGGGGGGAAAGCGUGGUCGAGCCCAAACUGCACCAACUAAAACGUCUCCAAGGAAUUCUAAGAAGCACGAUGAGCUGUGGCACGGUAUGUAUGUGCUUUGAGAGGUCUACGAUAAAAUUCUUUCUCAUUUGGUUUAUUCUUUGUUAGAUUUUCUAGUAGAAAUGUCACAUUAAAUUAUUUUAGUAUUUUUUUAACAUUAAUUACUGGUCACCUUGACGGGUGGAGGAUGGGUAAGGAUUACAUUUUGGAUUAGAAGGUUCAGUCUUGUUUUAAACCAAUUUUGUUAGUCUGACAAACUACCUACUGCUCUUGUGUUAAACAGUUUGCUAAAAAUCUGUAUGGUUUACCUUCAUUAAAGGUAUUUUUUUUUUCCCCUGCCCUGUAAACAUGUCAUUAUUAGUAUGUAUAUAUGGGGAUAUAGUCUGAACUUACUGUGGUUACAUUAACACAGGACCUCCGGUACUUGAGCUGUGAAUCAGUAUUAACCUUGUUUCUGAUCUAUUUUUGCAGAUGGAAUAUGUCCGAAAGUUACAAACCCCUUAGAAAUGUACCUCAUCUCAGUACCUCCUGAUAAUAUCACAUUUGAUGACCCAUCCUUAGAUGUGGUGAUCUUGCUGCGGGUUCUGCACGCCAUCAGUAGAUAUUGGUAUUACUUGUAUGAUGUAAGUCCUGGUAAUGAACUUGAUACCACCAGCAUGUUUUGUAUUCUUCUGUGACUUCUCGUUGAGUAACGUUUUCUUAUAAGACUCUCACAUAAUUACUUCUUUUUGUGUGCAUAUUUGCAAGGCAAGGAAUAUUGAAAACCAUCUCAAUAGGUCUUUCCAUAUUGAUUACAUGUCCCUGACCCCAAUUCAUCUAGAGGACACUGUCAAUGUGUGUAGACAGUUACUUGGGAUAGGACCAUUAUGCCAUGCACUCCCUAUUUGCACACUCUUUAUGCAUGUACAUAAUUGCUUUCUCAUAAGUGCUUAUGCACAGUCAUCCUACACAUUCACCCCUGCAUGCACGAUCUCUGCACAAAUACACCCUGACAUUCACACAGGCUAACAUCGAGCAUCCUUGCAUGCGUGCAGUUACUCACUCCAUGCUUGGGGGGAGGAAGGGGGGGGAGCCUUAACUUUGUCAUGCUUGGUUUUUUUAUGGUUUCGUUGCAGGUAACUUUGAGGACUGGCGGGUUGUUUAGAACUUGCAAAUUUAAAACAUGCUACCAUAAUCUGCACAAUGACCAUUCACCAGAAACUAAACUUUCAUUUUGGAUUUUCCUUCUAGAAUGCAGUUUGCAAAGAGAUAGUUCCCACGAGUGAGUUUAUCAACAGCAAGUUAACUGCAAAGGCCAACAGGCAGCUGCAGGACCCUUUGGUCAUAAUGACAGGAAACAUUCCUACCUGGUUAACAGAACUUGGUAAAACCUGGUAAGUUUAUAAAGUAUAUUUUUUCCUGCUGAGAUAGCCUAGUAUGACUUAUUACAGACGCGAUGCUUCCAUAUGUAUAGUUUCCAUUAAUUUUAUAUUGAAGAAUCAAUAUUUGUGUUAAAUACAUAACUUAAUUUGUACUUUUAGAGAAAAAAAAUAAAAUUAUCUGAUUUGGCUUUCACAAUAUUCAUUUUGCUCCUGUAAUUUAACAAUAGGUGGAAUAAAGCUUUUUGGGUGAACAUUAAUCUGGUAGCAUUAGUGAUUUUUUUUUAUAUAUUUUUUUUAAUUUAUAUAUUUUUUGCUCUUGGUGUCGACCUACUAUUUCAUUUCUCCCAAAAUGUAAUAAUUUCAACAUAAUUUAUGCUCUUUUUUUUUUUUUUUUUCAGUCCAUUUUUCUUCCCAUUUGACACUCGGCAAAUGUUGUUCUAUGUAACCGCAUUUGAUAGAGACAGGGCUAUGCAGAGACUGCUGGACACUAACCCAGAGAUCAACCAGUCUGACUCUCAGGACAGCAGAGUUGCCCCAAGACUGGACAGGAAAAAGGUAGAGUUUACUAGUAAAGCUAAGAUAUACUCUUUUAUGGAUAUUCCGGGUUCUUUCUAGCCAGUUAGUAAUCGGUGUAGUUUUGGUCAUUGUUCUAAGAACAUUCCUUUUUUGUUCUGACGGAAUAUAGUGAAUUGUUGGAGUGGCUUUAUAUUAGGGAAGACAAAUUUAAAGGACAUUAGGAAGGAUUAUACACCUAUAAAAGGAACACUCCAAACACUAUAACAAAUUGACAUUAAGUUAUUUUGGUGUUAGGUCCCUGGUGCUGGCUCAUAUGUAUUUAUGUAUGUAUGAGCUUGCUGGUUGGCUUACAUUGUCAACUAAGCCAAGCAGUGACAUCCCUACCUGAUGCUAUCCAAGCCUUCCAUUAUCUAAGGUUUAGUAUAGUGGGAGGGCAAAACUAUACUGCUCAGGAACACAGCCUUGAGUGUUAAAACCUUUCUGAUUGUUGAACCGGUAAAAGUGAGCCAGCAUCAUUGACAUUCUGCCACCAUAACAACCUAAUUUCAAUUAGGUUGAUAUGGUGCCCAAACUUGUUCUUUAAGUAUUCUUUCUUUACCCUUUUUUUGGGUCUUCCUCCAUCUAUGUUCUAAAGGGGUUCUGUUAUUUUCCCUACUUAGAUUAUAUAGUACUUUUAAGCUACUCUUCCCUCUUAACACUUAAAGGGAAACUCCAGUGCCAGGAAAACAAUCCGUUUUUCCUGGCACUGCAAGUCCCCUCUCCCUCCCACCCCCCAAUCCCCGGUUGCUGAAGGGGUGAAAACCCCUUCAGUCACUUACCACAGGCAGCGACUAUGUCCCACGUCGCUGCUUCUUCCGCCGCUGCCACUCCUCCCAGUGAUUGUGUCGGCCGGUGGGCGAGACUGAUCCUGCCCACCGGCCGGGGAGACCUAAUGCGCAUGCACAUUAGAACUCCCCAUAGGAAAGCAUUGAAAAUGCUUUUCAAUGCUUUCCUAUGGGGAAAUGAGCGACGCUGGAGGUCCUUACCCAGCAUGAGGACUCCCAGCGACGCUGUAGCACAGGUUUCCUGUGCUAGGGACACGGAAGUGCCCUCUAGUGAACAGCCACUAGAGGUGGAGUUAACACUGCAAGGUUUUUAAAAAAAACUGCAAUAAUUACACUUGCAGGGCUAAGAGUAGUGGGAGUUGGCACCCAGACCACUCCAAUGGUGUAGAAGUGGUCUGGGUGCCUGGAGUGUCCCUUUUAAGGAAGGACAAUAAUGCCCUCCAAUAGUUAUUAAAUGGCAUUAAGAUCCCUUGAUUAUUCCAGGAAUUAUGACAUUAGCCACAUCUAAUAUUUAGAGAAACAACAAAGCCUCCUGAAAAUGAAAGAAGAAAAAAAAUCACACAGUUUUCACAGGAGAAAAAGGAAAUAAUGCAAUUGUGUAUACAACCUAUUAUUUAGCACUUUAACCCCUUAAGGGCACAUGACAUGUGUGGCAUGUCAUGAUUCCCUUUUAUUCCAGAAGUUUGGUCCUUAAGGCGUUAAACGUAUUACUAGUAUGUUGAGCAAGUGAAAGAUCUGUUAAACCUAGGAAAGGACAGAAAACACAUAUGUAUUAGGAUGGUUUACAUUGAUUGUGUUUAUAAACGAAUCUCCUUUGGUUUCCUCAGCGCACUGUGAACAGAGAUGAGCUUCUAAAGCAGGCAGAGUCUGUGAUGCAAGAUCUAGGGAGCUCCCGGGCCAUGUUGGAGAUCCAGUAUGAAAAUGAAGUGAGUGUUUUAUUUUACCUUUUAUUAUGGAAUUUAUCAGAUUUACACAGGGAGCCUUACAUGUGUAUAUUUAAGUGUCUUUUUUACCAUAAUUUGCAAAGACCCCAGAUGGCUAUUGCUCUGCUGGGUGUCCGGUGGUCGCAGAGGAAGGGGAGUUAUACUUACCUGUGCCUCGCAGUAUUUGUUUUUUAAUGAAACGUGGCACUUUUUUUUUUUUUAAUUUAUUUGUAUUUCAUAAGAUUUUCUGUUCUGUAGUACUAAUGAUGGUGGGAGGUUUACUGUUCUGCUUUAAGCUAUUAAGGCACAAUGAGUCGAAAUCGAACUGUGUUGAUUGUGUUAUGGUGUGAUGUGUUAUUACAAUUCCCUUUCUUCAUCCAUCUCAGGUUGGGACAGGAUUAGGGCCCACUUUGGAGUUUUAUGCACUUGUAUCUCAGGAAUUACAAAAAGCUGACCUCGGCUUGUGGAGAGGUGAAGAAAUAACACUUCCUAAUCCAAAAGGUAUCCCAUCUUUCUUGAUGGUUUAAUUUUUUUUUUAAAUUAAGGCAGAUUGACAAAAUACUUUACGGUGUUGCUGCUGAUUACUAUAUAUUACUGUGGUGAUAAGUGCUUUUAUAUAUAAAUUGUAAUAAGAUGUAUAAACCCUACGAUCUUGCAGUGUUUAAAAGUGUGCUUUACAGAGCCUUCAGAAAACUCUACCUUCUUUGGAACAAGAACUGCACACACAAUUCUUAGAAUUAAAGUAACUGCUUUCACAAAAAAGACCAGUUGUAGACCUAUAACUGGAGCCUGUUAUAGUCCAACAAGUUGAAGUUCUUUGUUGGCUUAAUGGUCGGUGUUAUGUAUUAUACAGCUACAGCAAUGUUCCGGUACAUGUUUGUUGGCAGGAGACUGUGAAAUCUGCACCUCCUGAAGUACAGAUAUUUUUGCUACAUUGCCUGUCACCAGUAACCACCAAUGCUGGACAAGAUAAUGCAAGGUGGAGGGCACAUCUCACUGCCCCAUUCUUGCUUUUACCCAAUCCAAAUAUCUUCUUGAACAUUUCCUAAAAACAUUGUGAGCUGUGUGUCAGGGGAGCUGUGGUUCGGCUGCAUCAACCGAAACAAGUUAUUUAAAGGACCACUAUAACUUUAGGAAUAUUUCUAAUGCUAUAUAGUGUCCCUAUUGCUGGGUUUAAAAUAAACUUGCAGUGAGCUGGUCUUCAUGCUGCCUUUUCACAUCCCUGACUUAUUAUUAUUUUAUUAUUUGUAUAGCGCUGUACAAUGGGUGGACUAACAGACAUGUAAUUGUAACCAGACAACUGGACGUACAGGAACAGAGGGGUGGAGGGCCCUGCUCCAUUAUACUUGAUCUCCGCUAAUUCAAAGCUUCCGUGUAGGAAACCAUUCGGAGGCUGAUGUGCAUGCCCGCCAAAAUAGCAGGCCAUUUCAAGGAUUUAAAAGACUUUGAGAUUAGGUGGGCUGGGUGCCUGUAGUGUUCCCUUAACUCUUAAAUGGUAGGUAAUAGAGCAGUGAGACUGCAGGGGCAUGAUCGGUACACAAAAGCCACUUAAUUAAGCUGAAGUUUUUUUGGUGCUUAGUGUCCCUUUAAUUAGGAAAUCCAAGAAGUAUGUACUGUAAGCUGAGCCAUCUGCUGCGGUAUAAUGCACAUUUGUGAUGUACAGAUUCAUGUGUGUAAUUAUUUUUAAUCAUUUUUAGGAAACCAAGAAGGGACCAAGUAUAUUCACAGUCUGCAAGGUCUGUUCGCUCUUCCUUUUGGCAGGACAGCAAAGCCAGCACAUAUUGCUAAGGUCAAGAUGAAGUUUCGGUUCCUUGGCAAACUUAUGGCUAAAGCAAUCAUGGACUUCAGACUGGUGAGACCUGUAUUUAUAUGUAAAAACAUAAGUAAUUACUUGAACUUUAUUUUUUGUGAGAACUUGUUCUAUGGUAAUGCUGGCGCAAGAUAAUUUAGGCAUUCAAAUUUCAGAAGCCUUUCAGGAAACCAUAUUAGUGGGAAAACAACAUUGUCAGGAUUUCCAGUAGUUCGAACUACAGAUUUGUUUACUCAUUUAAGACUAUUUUACAGCAAACCUAAAAAGAGACAGUGUACACAUACAAUCAAGAAAUAUUACUAGCGGUGUUAAAAAAUGCUUGCACAGAUUAGGAUAUAAUUUCUUUUUAAUGCAGAUCUGAAAGCAUAAACCUACCUUCUAUAAAAUGUGUUAAUUAUCCCGAUCAUUCAAACCUCUGUAAGCAUUUGUUAAACUACUCUAUUACACAUGGACACGUUUGCUUUUUGGAUUUUCCUUAAAUUAACUUUUUAAAUUACACAAAGUAGGUUAAAAAGUGUUUUAAUUAUUCCCUGUAACUUUGUUUUUAUUGUACUAUAUUCUUUACUGAAAGUGUGAAAUCGUCAUAAGCACUUUUAUUACCUUUAUUUUAUUGCCAAGUAAUGGACUAACACUGAGCUGUUGUCAUUCAGCAAGUGUUCACAAUGGAGGAAUCAGAGUUUGUUCUUAUUUACAAUUAUAUUGCAUUUGACUUUUUUUUUAAUGAAUAAAAGCAUUUCAUCAACCUGAUUUUCAUAUUAACAGCUCAUAACUAUAGACCAUGAUCAAUCGGUUUUUAGUACUUUGUGGAGAUGACUUUUUUUUUAUAAUUUUUUUUUUUUAUAUAUAUAUAUAUAAUUAUUUUUUGCAACAUUGUAUCUUGGUCUCGAAUUGGAAUGUAUUUGAGUGAAAACAUUCAGAGAACUAGCAAAUAUUUAAGCUCUCCAUCUGUAUGCAAAGAGACCAUAAAGAUGCUACAUUUAUGGAGGCAUGAGAGAUCCUGGGGGGCUAGAUGGUGGUUUUAACACUAUAAGAUAAGGAAUACAUGUUUGUGUUCCUGACCCUAUACGAUCCUUUAAGUAUCUUUACUUGUCACUCCUUUUGUGUAUCUGUAUAUAUUGUGAGUUACAUGCUCUAGCAUUUCAUAAAUCUUCCCUGUGAUCUUCAAGUACAAUAAAACUGCAGUGUGAUCCUUGUUGUUUCACCAAAUAACUUCUUUGGAGCAAUGGGGAAUAAGAAUGUCUGGAUGAAGAGCUUGCUUAUAUGCCUUAAAACCUUCAAUUAUUAGGAAGUAAGACAUGCUUAAAUUGCAGAAAAUUAAACCCCAUGGUUUUCCACUGGUGUUCCGUUAGUACAUUGUGUAUCAAUGUAAUGUUUUGUGGACCCAGGACAUACUUGAAAACGAGAGAAAUCUCAGUGUAUCUUUCCUGAAAUGUAUCUUUGCAGAAAAUGAAACCCCAUGCUUUUACACUGGUGUUCAGUUAGUACGUUGUGAUAAAUACUAGCACUGCCUUUCUUUUCUAAUGAAAAGGAAUCAACAGAAGUUAAGAGAAACAAAACAAACUUAAAAACUGCACAUAGAUCUUUAAUUUCAAAAAAGAAAACCAAAGAAAGUGGGUUUAAAAACUGGAAGAACGCGUUUUUUAAAUUUUUUUUAAUUUUUUUUUUUUUUUUUUUUUUUGUCUUGUUAAAUCACAAACAUGUUAGAAUUAUGUGCUCCCUACAUUUUGAUAUUACAAUCUUGACUGUGUACAACCUUUUAGAAAUGUAUUAUCCCCACAGGUGGACAUUCCUCUUGGGCUCCCUUUCUAUAAGUGGAUGUUACGGCAGGAAAGCUCCCUUGCUUCGCACGACUUACUUAACAUUGAUCCUGUUGUGGCCAAGUCUGUUUAUCACCUGGAGGAUAUUGUGAGGCAGAAAAGGAGGCUAGAACAGGAUAAAGCACAGGUUAGAGAGUUUGACUUUUUAUUUUACACGUUUGCAUGAAGAAUGGUUUGUUCUAAAGGUAAAUGCAACCUUUCACUAUGUAUUUAGUUGAUCUGAACUCGUAAAUACAAAUGGCAGUUUAUGGAAAGAAGGUAAAUAAUAUAAACAUGUGUGGUUGCAUAAAGCCUGCUCAUUCCAGGGUUUAAAUAUAAAGCUCCAAUCAAUUGGCUGAUCAACACACUGUAAAUUACUCUCCUCUGAUUACUUUUGUCCUUUAUAUAGCGCCAACAGAUUCCAUAGCGCUUUACAAUAUAAUAAGAGGUGGGGAUUUAACUAUAAAUAGGACAAUCUUGUGCAGCUCUGCAUAUACACGCAAAAAUUGUAUAUACUUUGUCACAUUGCUUCGCAUUGGCAGCAGUGCCUGGACCACAACGGUCAUUUGGGGGGGAGGGGAGGGAGGGAAAAUCAUAUCUGUACAUCUGUGUAUACAUUUGAUUUAAGACACACUAUAUUUGUAUGUGAUCGUAUUUUUUUGUUUUUGUUCCACGAACACCCAUUAAACUACUCUAAUUUAUCAUUGUAACAUUAUUGUGGUUUAUUAGUGAUACAAAUCUUAACUCUUCACAGACCAAAGAGAGUCUGCAAUUUGCACUUGAGAGUCUGAAUAUGAACGGCUGCUCUGUUGAAGAUCUGGGAUUGGAUUUUACAUUGCCUGGCUUCCCAAAUAUUGAGUUAAAAAAAGGAGGAAAGGAUGUUCCUGUCACCAUUCACAACCUGGACGAGUAUGUACGGGUAAGAAAUACAUACAGCUGUUUUCAUACAUGUGAGCACAAUGGCAAAUCCAACAGUUAACCAUCAUCUUAUCUUUGGAAGCUAACUUGGAUUAUUGGGAUUCUGUUUCAAUGUAGAAAUAUGAACGUGCACCAUCAUUUAGAGGCAGGGUUGGGAUACGGAAGAUAAUACAGAGCUCAUCUCCAAGUUAAUUGGGAUUUGGGAUAUAUGCAAAUCUAACUCCUCCAGAAAAUCUUGGAUUUGUCAGGACAGUUUUGAUUUUGGGCACCUGUUGUUCUGUCCUGUUUGCAUUUUGGUCCUCUGCUUCAGGGGUCAGCAGAGACUAGGUCCACAAAAAGUGCAAUGUGUGCAUCACUAGCCACACAAAGCAAGAGUUUUAAAGUUGCUCUGUACAAACCUGGCCAGUACAUAUGCUGCUAAGCAUUGCAAGGAUGCACGUUAGUCUAAGUCCUAUUCCCAAUUGAUUUCUGGAUGGGUUUUCCCCCUCAUGGACAUGUGUCCCACAUUUAUACCUCCUGGUUUUUGGAUGCUAUGCAUUUGUGACAUGGCUGAGGUGGACUAAAGACCUUUUAUGUUUAGUAUUUAUAUAGCAUAAUUGUACAGAGCUGUACAAUUUGAGGAAUACAGACCGUACAAUGUAAACAUACCAGUACCAAGGGUACAGCGGACCCUGUCUUGGGAGCUAAAACUUUGCAUUCCAUAUUUGAGUACAGUGCAAAGUGGAUAUUGAACUUGAAAUAUUGUGGUUAAAAUUGAGAAUUGAGACAAGAAGUUGAAAUGUUAAAGCAACACCUCUAAAACACUUUAGUUUGCUGUAGUUCUUUGAGCUAAGAGUUUCCCCUUUGUCACUUCAUACGUUUAAAUUUCAAUAGAAACUGGAUUUUUUUUAGAUUAAAAUUACAUGGCUGCACUCAUCCAGUUAUUUUACUUCAUGCUAGGACCAUUUUUUUUGUUUUGUUUUUUCCAAACAAUCUCAGCCUGGGGAGGUGUGGCUAGGGCUGCAUGGAGAGAAGCAAGCCUAUUUUAACUCCUAAAUGACAGAUAAUUGAGCAGUGAGACUGCAGAGGCAUUAUGUAUACACACAAACUGCUUCAUUAAUCUUAAGUUGUUUUGGUGACUAUGGUGUCCCUUUUAAAGGCAGUUAACCAAUCAUGCUAUAAAGCAGACUAAAGAGAGGAUGGGUCAGAGACUGAGGAUGUGGUUAGUUCUUGCAGAGUUUGGCAUCAGUUGCAUGAGAGGUGGGGGUUCAGGAGGACUAGGAAUAAAUACUGAGGGUAAAUGCUGAUCCCUGAAAUCUGUUGCAUUAGAGGUGAGGUUUGCAGAUACAAAGCCCAAAGAAAUGAAUGAAAUGGUGACGUUGGCUAUUCAGUGGAAGGUGUAGGACUAGCACUUGAACCCCAGAGCCAUUCUGAUUACAGACAUUGCCUAUUGGAAGCUGGAUUGAACACAGCCAAGCUCUGCUACUGAGCGUACACUAAAGCUAUUGAAUAUAAUUGGAGGCAAGUUACUAUGAAAUGGAUUUUCGACACCUAUCUGAGCUGCUGUGAAAUAGUCUGUAGAUAAAAUCUUAACAUUGUCAUAAAUGGCUGUUACAAGUUACAUUUUAUAUAGCAUAUGGAAACAUGUUAUGUUGUCAAGCAUAUAAACAUAUUCUGCUGCUCUGGUUUAAUGUAUUCUGGUUUUCUUCUUCUCCAAAACUAUUGGCUUUGGAUGUAUGUAUCACUGACAAGUUUGUCUUUCUUGCAGCUUGUAAUAUUUUGGGCCCUGAAUGAAGGUGUUUCCAGGCAGUUUGACUCAUUCAGAGAUGGCUUUGAAUCAGUCUUCCCACUUAAUCACCUGCAGUAUUUUUAUCCGGAGGAGGUUUGUAUUACUUUAAUUUUAUAUGCAUAUUGUUUACAGCAUGUCAUGCUCACAUUCAAUAUUAUUUUCAUUUAAAACAGGAGUUUAGUACUUUAACAACUAUACAUUUUAAAGGAUCCAUAUCUGUAUAAAAUACAUGGCAAAUAAAAGCCAUAUGCUUUAUCAUUUUGCACAAACAGCAAUGUGUUUCUCUUAUUGUAAAUGGCAUGUUGUGGUUUUAAUGAUGCACCUAUCCACAAAUGUUUCUAUAAUGAGUUGUUUUGUUUUUCUUUUGCCUUGUAUAUUAAAGGAAUAUGCCAACCCGAAAUGUGGCCAAAAUUAGAAAUCACGGUUUAGUAGAUAUAUCCUCAAUGGAUAUAUACAAAAACUGCUGUACUUAUGAACUGCAGCCUUUGCAAGCCCUCCCCUUUUAGUCUCUCCUUUUAGUACAGGUUUCUCAUUGAGAGGUGUCUCGUUUUUAUGUGCUGAUUUCUAUGAGAAACUGUCCUACUAGGAUACGGCUUUUAUGGGUUUGGAUCGGUCCUUUAAGAGCAUUAAAAAGGACCCUGCCGUGCAUCUAGAAAUACUGUCUAGCUAUCUGUGUUGACAAAAUAAAUUGCUUCCCCAUAUGCCUUACUUGUACUAUAAAAUUUUAACACACUUCUAAAAACACAUCUUAUUGUAGAGGAUACGGUGCAAGAAAGCUAUGCUAGGAGUCCCUGUCCUCCUCCUUCCUCCCUGAUAAUAAAAUCUUAGGUGGGGAAAAAAGUAAUGGCACUUUGUUUGCCUUCUCUGCCACGAACAAGCCCAUCUAAUUUUUUUAUUUUUUUUCCUGCAAGGUCUGAGACUCUUAAGCAUGUCUGACAUGAAAUGUAAUUUGGUCAUGGCAGUAGUAUUUGGAGUAACCAGAAAGAACAAGAUAGGUCUGUCUUUCCACAUAUGGUGCCUCAAUGUGUCUGUGAGCUUGGAUUUUUGUUUCACAGUAGUCUAGCACCAAGGUUUAACUGGCAGCAUCCAAAAAUUCGAUUUCUUGACUUUUUUCCCCCUGACAAUAGCCCAUGGAGCAUCAUCCUUUAUUACUUAUUGAUUAUUUUUGUGACGUUUUGUGGAGAGGGGGUUUUCCGCUUUUGUAAUCCUUUCUUUCACUCAAUCCGUAUGUUGAUCUGCGUUUAUGUGCAAGGUAGGGACUGAAUGAGAAUAGCAAGUCUCUUCACAUUCUGCAUCUCUAGAUUGGAAGCAUCUAGUUUCCCAGUAUACUUGAUGUUCCAUAUAUUGUCAUCAUCAUACAGGUAUUCUUUAUGUCAAGAGUAUUCCUAAUAUUUCAUGCAGUUCAUUGUAGAUCAGUUAAGUAUUUUUGGAGGCAGAUUUAAAUAUUUUAACAGAUUUAUAGGUCCUGCUGCAAAGAAAGUGUAUUCUGAAUAGCCUAACAGGCCUUGGUAUAUAAAUAAAGCGACACUGCUCCUUUUCGUAAAUGCACUGCAUAUCUGAUAUUUUAGGUAAAUUUAUUUUGUUUUGCAGCUGGAUCAGCUGUUGUGUGGAAGUAAAGGUGAUCCUUGGGAUGUGAAGACUCUGAUGGAGUGCUGCAGACCAGACCAUGGAUACACGCAUGACAGGUAUAUGGUAUAGAGAUAUUGAUAUAGCUUAUUUAUUCAUCAAUACAAUGACUGAGAAUAAGGAGGCUGUAAUCCUACAUUUCCCUCCCAGUAUAUGUCCGUGAAAUUGUAUCCAAUAAAACCACCCCAAUUAUCCCACCAUUUUUCUUUCGCACUCAUAGAUGCUUCAUUCUUUUGUACUUGAUGUAGAUUUUAUGUAUUUGUUUUCAAUUUAUUUUAUUUUUUGCAUUUUUGACCUUAAUUAUUGUAUAUUUUCAUUCAGUAUAAGGAUCAGUAUGUCCCUGCAUACAGUUGUACAUAUAAACUAGUAAACCAAAUAACUUGCGUCAUUCUUGUUCUUUCAGCCGUGCUGUGAAAUCUCUUUUUGAAAUCCUUAGCAGUUUUGACAGUGAGCAGCAGAGACUUUUCCUGCAGUUUGUCACUGGCAGCCCCAGACUCCCAGUUGGAGGUAAGGAAUUGGCAACUCUGCCACAUGCAUAUCGUUUAGGAUCAGCAACAUCAGUGUUCUGUUCAUAAUUAGAUGAUUUGAGACUUUGUACUACAAAUAUUAGUUCUAGAUUUGACCAUGUAUAGUUUGGGGGACAAUGUAAGGAGACUAUACCUGGACUUUAUUUUGUAAUGUUUGCAAUAUUCUGUGUAAUUGAUGGUCAUAUUUAUAUAUAAUCUACCAUAAACCGAAUCAACAAAGUUUAAGUAGUGAAAAUCUUCUGGCUUGUGGACAUUUUAGUCCUCGCAGGGACUGUGAAAUUUUCACAUUGGGUUUGGAACCUAGAGUCCAUGACACACUAGGGCUGAAUUUUCACUCAACCUGUAUAGCUGGACCAGAUAGCAGCAGAGUACAGUAGUAUUUUAACUAUUUACAUAAAUAGCUUGACUUUACUUGGGUGUUAUAAAUGUUUAACCCCUUAAGGACCAAACUUCUGGAAUAAAAGGGAAUCACAUGUCAUGUGUCCUUAAGGGGUUAAAGGAGUAAAAGUACAUUUGUGUAAUGAUCAAAUCACAUCAAUAUAAGCAGGUGCCUAUUGUAAUUUCUCUGUAAUAAUCUGUAUGCUAGGUAUUAUGCAUUUAAUAAUAUUUACAUUUUGUUUUUGCUUUUUGUUUUAUUUUUCUCAUGGGAACAUAGGCUUUCGGAGCCUGAACCCUCCACUGACGAUAGUCCGCAAGACUUUUGAAUCCACCGAAAACCCGGAUGAAUUUCUCCCUUCCGUUAUGACCUGCGUAAACUACCUUAAACUGCCAGACUAUUCUAGCAUUGACAUUAUGCGUCAGAAACUGUUAAUAGCUGCACGUGAAGGACAACAGUCAUUCCACCUUUCCUGAUCCUGAGGAUCUUACCACGGAGCCCAUCUGAAGGAUUAAUAAAUCAUGAUUUCUUUUCUAAAUGUAUCACCAGAGUCAAGGCAACAUGUCCUGCCUUACUGUAGAAAAACCCGAUGCAGAUUAUUACAUAUAAACAGAAAAAAAACAAAGACGCAAGAUCCAUUAAACAGCCUCCUGGACGUUUAAAACUGAUCAGACUCAAGAGUUGUGAUAUAAGUUUGUUUAGAUUUUUUUUUUCUUUGCUUAAAUUAUCCUUUAUUUCAAGAGUGUUGUUUUUAACAUGCUUUGCUGUGUGACUUUAAAUGAGGAGGUGUGUAAAAACAAACCACAAAUCCAACAUGGAGACAAUUUUAAGCUGGAAUAAAAAAAGUAUUGCCAUGCAAAUUAAGAAUAAAACAAAGUGUGUAUCCAUCUAAAUACACACCUCCCUCAGCUUCUUGCCCCCAUCCCUUCUUCUGCCCUCAUGCAAAGUCAGAUUCUGGUUCAGACGUGAAGAAAACACAAAAAAAUCACCAGUUAUUUGAAAAGUUAAACUAGAUAAGCAUUUUUUUUUUCCCCCUCUCUCUCUCGAUACACUGUCCUUGCCCUGAAAUUUGUAAUGUGCAAUUUAUUUUUCUUCCGUGUGCAGACUGACGGCAAGCCCCUCAUUCUUACUUUUGUUUUACCAAAUACCCUUAUCUGGCCUCCAAUCAGUGGCUAUGUUUUUUUGGGGGGGGAGGGGAGGGUGGGUUGGUUUGAUUUGAGCCACAGUCUCCCAUUCUAACUCUUAUCCUGAUGUUAAGGCCAGAGAAGGCAGUCCUUCUAAUAAAUAAGGGCUUGAUUGUUUCUUUAUACUGGCCUUUUCACAGGAAACUUAAAACUGUUUAGACAGUAUAUAAAGAACUGAGUGGCGGGUCUCUCUAUUUUUAUUAUUUUUGGUUUUUUUGCUUAUUUGAUAUUGUAAAAGGAAAAAAAAAACUAUUGGCUGGCUUGUAUUCAUUCAAAUAGAGCCAUAGACUUUCAAAUUAAUGUAAAUUUUUAAAUCCUAUCCAGUUAAAUUCCCUGUUCAAAAGUAAUUUUCUUUCUUCAGUUAUAUUUUUUAAGUAUUGUUCCCUGGUUUUCUUUGGGGGAUUUAAAGAGUUGGAAACGUUUUCACACAGAUGAGAGCAACUGUUCUACAUGUCCUGUUCUAUGUGCUGAUUUCUCAGAUCUGCAAUAAUCUACUUCAUCAGGUUCAUGUUUUUACCUGAAUAUAAAUAAAACCGAAAAAAAGUUUG